CACGCCCCCUGGUGUCAGAGAGCUGCUGGUUGAUUGAUACCAAUUCCUCUCUGCAGUGAUGGCUGCAUGUACAGGGUCUGACAAGCCCACAGUGAGAGAUAUCUUCACCAGCAUGCAGUAUGGGCCAGCUCCUGAGGCUGCCAACGUUGCACAGGUGAUUAGUAGCCAUUUACUAAUAUCAAACUAAGUUCAUCCUCUAUUAGGUGGUGACACAUGCUUUAACCCCUUAAGGACACAUGACAUGUGUGACAUGUCAUGAUUCCCUUUUAUUCCAGAAGUUUGGUCCUUAAGGGGUUAAAGGGGACAUGCAGCAUGUCAUGCCUGUUAUACAUGUAUUUCUUAAGGACCAAGCUUCUGGAAUAAAAGGGAAUCAUGACAUGUCACACAUGUCAUGUGUCCUUAAGGGGUUAAACUGUGCUUAUUUUUAAUAAUAUACUAGACAUGUUGCUACCCUAUUAUUUGGUUGUAGAAUUUGUAACUUGUAGUUGGGUUGCUGUUAAAAAAAAAAAAAAGUUUUAUAUAUCCCCAGCUUUAGUCCAGUUCAUCUGUGUAACUUUUUAUUAUGUUAAAGUAAAGAAUGAAUUGUUAGGAUGCAGAGUUCCUUAUUAUUACUUUACUGAGAGAAGUUAUAGCGUUAUACUGAGUACUGUUAAAAUAUAAUUGGAUUAAAGGACCACUAUAGUGCAAGGAAACCCUCAGGGUCCCCCUCCCCCGGGCUCUGGGGAGAGGAAAGGGGUUAAAACUUACCUUUACCCUUUCUGCUGAAUGCGCACGCGCGGCAAGAGCUGUGCGCGCAUUCAGCCGGUCUCAUAGGAAAGCAUUUACAAUGCUUUCCUAUGGACGCUUGCGUGUUCUCACUGUGAUUUUCACAGUGAGAAUCACGCAAGCGCCUCUAGUGGCUGUCAAUGAGACAGCCACUAGAGGAUUUGAGGGCUGGAUUAACCCAUUUAUAAACAUAGCAGCUGGACCUGGCACCCAGACCACUUCAUUAAGCUGAAGUGGUCUGGGUGCCUAGAGUGGUCCUUUUAAAGUCAUUUGUCUAGCCUUCUGAUUGGACCAUCUCUGGCACUGGUCUGUUACACCACCAUCACUUACUUCAGUUGUAUUUUGGAAGUCACAUUGAAGAACGUUACAGAGUUGACAACAUUCUGCUGAACAGCACUGCAGAUAUUUGGCAUUUACUAAUUAAAACUGAGGACAAGUCUAUGGUGCUGCAUGAUACAUGGUGGUUAGAAUUAGGGUUUGGUCCUAGUUUGGUGGUUAUUCAGGUUGAGACAAACUCUGGUUGAAAUUGAUAGGAGUUACAGUCAAAAGCAUCCUGGAAUCAGGUACCCACUAAGUCACCCAGUUAUAUACGUUCAUUUACCUUAAACACCACUAAACCAUAAGUGCAGUUACUUUUGAUUGAUUGAAAGUUCUUUUCUGCGUUACUUUAAAAAAAAAAAAAAAAAACACUUUUCAGCAGUAUUUUAACAGCGCUGUGCUUUCCUUAUGACUGUAGCCAGGGCAGGGGAUGACAGGUUUAUCCUGUAAAAAUUCCAGAUCCCACUGUUCAUAAAUAGUGCACUGGUUUCACACCAAAUACUAUAGAGUUUAUUGACAAAACACCAAAUUCUAGUGAAUUAAGUCACAACUUUUAUGUUUUGGUUCAAACUUAGCAAUAUUGUAUUCUUUUUGCAACAUUUCAGUGUUGAUUGAAUUAACUCAUGCAGUUUAUUGCAGGCUAUGUACAGAUCAAAGAAUAAUUUCGAGGUCUUUUUCCCAAAAUGGGCAUUUACCAUGGAAUUGCUCAUUUGAAGCGAAAAUAAUUGAACUGGAUAAAUGCUCUAGUGACAUUUCCAUUUCACUUAUUUUGAUCUGAGUGUUUAAUUCCCUGGUUAAAUCCCAUCUGCUCCUUAUUAGGUGAAUAACGCUUUUGGGGAUUCCAUUUAUCCACGACAAAUGGUUAAUGCCAAUUUGACCAGGCCAAAUUCCACUUAUUCGUAUGAGGAAGUUGAAAUAUCCAAAUAUUUAAUAUCCCAAUGUGAGGGGAUGUGCAUUUGGUUGCAGAGGGACAUCAAUCAUAGAGUCUUUGUACUAUAACCACUCCCUUUAAAGUUAAAACCUAAGCAUUAUUACAUCUACAGUGCACUCUAGUGGGUAUGGUGCCAGGAGUCCACUGACACCAUCUUAAUAUUAGGAUUCAAAUUUCAGGUUGACACAUGUUGUGGUCCACUGGAAGCUUCUUCACAGGGAUUGUCAAAGCUGAAGUUUUCCUUCCACAUUAGCAAAAAUACGUUUGUUCAGUUUCAGAAUCCAAUGGCUGAGGAGCAUCAACUGACACUCUUAGCCAAUGAAUUCUGUCUGAAGACAAGCUAAACUGAUUUCACCGAUACAUAACUAGGUACAGGUACUCUAUGAAGAGUGGCUGGAUUGCAUGCACGCAAAGGACCCGGGUAAGUGUCAAACCCUUUGAAACCAGUCUGACUCUUAAUAUUUUGACAAAGCUAAUGUACUCCUGUCACCAUGGUGCUUAUAGAGCCCCUUUAACUACAGCAUUAUUUAGACCAGGAGUAGGCAACCUUUGGCAAUCCAGAUCUUUUGAACUACCAUCUCCCCUGAUGCUUUGUCAGCAUUAUGUCUGUAAGAGUAUUAUAGGAGAUGUAGUCCGUAACAUCUGGAGUCUUGAAGAUUACCUACCCCUGAUUUAGACCUAUAGUUCUUAUCCCUCUUAUGAUGAGGACCCAAAUAAUGUUCAUUGUUUUAUCUCAGUGACCCAUUCUUCAAUUCAAAGGGCCUGAUUAAAAUUUUAAAAUGACUCAAGAUAUUGUCAUUGACCCAGCAGGUUGUAAACGUUGAUCUAGGAAAUGACUUUGGUUUUGUAAAUUGUGUCACUGUUUUCAUAUUUCAGUAUAUAUGACAGUUGUGCCUUUUCAAUUUGUUGUCCAUCAAACAGGUUAUUGUGUCUUUUCCUGUCCUCAAUGACGCUUAGUAUACAAGAAUGUGGCUUCCUCUUUGAGGUUUCUGCAUAAAUGAUUGCAUCUAUUACGAGUGGAAUGCCUGGAUUCACUUAUGGAACAAUGGAGUACGUGUAGCAGUUUUCAUAUACAAUGGUUAAAGUGGACUUUUUCCAAAAAAAGUGCUCAGUUUAUGGAGGGAGGGGAGAUCAAGGCUUUCUAUUGCAGGCGCGCUACCUGCAAAGGGAGAAGCUAGCUACCUCUGCCGCUAGCAGAUUUGUGCACAGAAUUGACUAAGGUAGUCCGGGCUGCAGAAGUCAUAUGUGCCAAGUUUGUAAUGGUCUCCAGCACAAAUGUGCAAAUAUGUCUGAAAGUGCAGAAUUUCAAGCAGAAACUCUGCGCAUACAGAUUAUGACCAUGACCUCUUCUCAAAGCAGAAGGGGUCACAGUGGUUUGAGUAAGUCUUAAAACUGUUUAGCAGUGGUUUGACAAAACGUGAGAUUCUUCCCGCCAUGUAGAGACUGCCCCUCCCUCCUCAGCCACAUUGAUAAUACUAUGCUAAAUUUUCUUUUCCACACAGUCUAGCAAAUUGGAAGGAUCCCUCUUUCCUCCACAGAACUGUGAGACAGUGUGUGUAAACUGAUUGCAGCCACAGUAUUGCUGGUAUCAGUUUACAGAUCAGUCCCAUUCAUCCUGUUUCAUGAGUGGAACUGCAGCUGGGGUAUAUACUACUUAUCCUAUAAUGUGCUGGUGUUCAGUGGUUAUUGGAUACGAUAAGACCCCAUAGAUCAGAAUGAAAGGCUUCUGACUGGUGGAGACUCCUGGUCAGCAAGUGGUCUGUCUGUUACUAACUGUACAUGUGCAGUAGCUUUAGGAAGUUGUUUGUUUUUUGUUUACUUUUUGCAUUUGAUUUUUUUCCUUAUUCAUUUAAAAAAAUUGGGGUGUCAGUUUCUGACAUGUGUAGUGUUUUAAUUAACCUACUGGUAUACCUCCUAUGGGGAGUGAAGUGAGGCAAACAUGUACCAAGCUUGUUCCUCGUCCCAUACCCUGCAAUAGUGGCUAAUAAAUGGAACAUCUUCCCUAUAUAAUCAACCCGUGUGCAUCGAUAAAAAGUAAAACAUUAUUGGGGGUCCUUAUACAUUUUCAUGUUUCUGCAAUGGGGAUGUGGGUUGCAAUAAUAAAGCAGAUGUGUUGGCCUGUGUGGUGGACCACCGGGCACCCCGACUGGGUACCUCCGCCAAUCAUGCUUCUUACAACUCACUGAGUACCAUAAGCACCGCACCAGACACCAUAACCACUGUAGCCCACUUAGCCGCCGCAGCUUGGCUGGGGUCUCAUUUUCCCUUCCCAUCCUGGACCAAACACCUGGAUCCAGCUCUCAGUGGGAAGACCUCUCCUCCAAGAGAGUAUAGCUUGUAUAGCAAGUGAUUAUAGCAGGUAUAGCUUUCCACACAGACAUUAGUCGAGACUUAAUGCUGGGGGUCAUCUGUUUAAUCCAGCCAAAUGGCCCACUUAUACAAAAUCUGAGCACAGUGACACACUCUGAAACACACCCACCACGUGCCAUAAAAUACAGUGUCAUUUUGACUCAGCAUAAAAUACAAAAUAUUAAAAACACAUAAAAAUACACAUUUCCCACAUAGGAACCCCCACAGUCUAUACAUCCCUGGAUAGCAUGUAUCUGAGCGCCCAACAUUUCCGAAAAAUGCUCCGACCCCAAGAACACAGCUGAAUCGUCACCGGGGUAAAGUUCUAACCGGCCGCACACAUGGUCUUAUGCCCAAAACAGUUCCAUGAAUUCAGGGGUUGCGGCUGGUCCCGUUCGGGAGUUCCAUGCGACCAAAAUACCGAACAUAAUCCCUAAGUAUAACGUGGAGCUUGUUCACCUCAUUCAGAUGAACGAUUCCACCGAAUACUUUAGGAUCUAAAGUACCGAACGCAGACAGGAUGGAAGUUCAGCGGUAUUCGCGAGGUCGAGUGUCUGAUUUUAGUUCCGUGCACUCGACGGCCAAACACCGCUGCCUGCGUUUGCGCGAACAAGAUUGCCGCCACCACGUGUUCGGGUUUACGAACGACGGCCACUCAGACGAACAGUUAGAACACUCCUGGCAGAAUCGUUACAAUGUGUCAAUAAUGUUUAACAAGCUCCCGGGUGGUCUUUAGUUCGGGAGUUGAUUCGGUUCCCGAACUGAUAAGAAAAUCUCACGAACCAAGUCUUUUCCCAUGGCAUUUACAGGGCCCAUAGUCUUUUGGCAGGACGCUGGCAAGGAGCCCGUGGCAAGAUCACGUUUGCCACAGCCUGUAUCUUCCAGCUGCAAUUUAGAUAUAUUUCAAAACCAGCAGCUUCACAGCCACUGCUACGUAUUGUUUCCUUUUCUAACUGUGUGAUGUACAUUAGAACAGCGAGGAGCUGGGUGAGCUGUGAUUGGUUAAAGAGCUGUUACAGGGCCUCCACCUCCUGUACAGUAAUGUGCUGGGCUCAAUAAUGUACAAAGGUUUCUUUAUAGUUUGCCAUUCACAUUACAUUUUAACUGGGUCCCUGCGGAAGCCGUACCUCAACGCAACCUUUUGUGUUUUUUUUUUUUUUUCCUUAAAGGACGAGGUUGUUAAUAAUCGUCAGGAAACUAUUGCAUGUGUCCCUUUUUGCUUUUCAGCAAUUAGUAUUGUGAUAUUUUUAAAGAACGAGACCUACUUUAGUUGAAAUAAUAUUAAUUUUGCAAUCUGUUUUUGUUUAUACCGAACACUAUUUAUCUUCUGUUUGACCGCCAUUACUACUAUUAUUGUAACUGAUAUUUUGUAAUUGUCUCAUUUAUUGUUACAUUUCUACUUUAUAAUAAUGUAAAGAGCUGUGGAAUAUGUUGACGCAAUAUAAAUAGCAAUAAUAAAAAAUAACACUGCUGUAGGACUUAAAGGGUUAUUUACUAAGCUCCUAAUUUUUGUGAAUUAAAUCUGAAUGAUAAAACAGGCAAAAGAAAUGCUGGUGUUGAAAAAAAUUAUCCAUUUAAUUUCCUCUAUAGUCAUUAUUUGGUUUUAAUUUGUGAAGGUUCGUAGCUUCUUGAAUAAACAUUUAAGGUUAAUCCUUGCUAUGCCCUAUGGUUUUCUUUUUUAACUUAUUUUUUUUUGUCCUCAACAAUUCACUCGCUGGGGCUUAUUCACUAAACAAUGCAUUGUAGUAAACUGAAAGCAGAAUUGUAAUUUACAGAAAAAUAUCACAACUAUAUUCACAGCUUUAAAGUGAAACCGUAACUUCACUGGAUUGUUGAUAUAAUGUUUCCCCAAUUAUUAACAAACACUGUAUAUUUUUGAGAUGUGUGAAAAAUACAAUUAAACCUAGAACUCCACACACCUCUAUCCUAGAACAUCCAUCUUGUGGAGUGGUCCUUUAAUAACAGGGAGACAAGUGCUUUAUGGGUAAUUAGUACCCUCAUUUAACCCCAGUUUAUAAAAGCGCUGAUUUCUAUGAGAAAUCAGCGCUUUUAUAAAUGAAAUGGGGAACUCCCCCUGGCUGUCAAUCAAACGGCCAAGAAGGAUUCCUUUCUACUUGCUAAUGGAAGUGGCAGGCACGCUCUACUUGAGCGCUCCCUAACAGACCUCAGACCAGCUUCAGAAGUGCACAAGCGGCGGGCGCGCAUGCACGUCACUGUGUGUGAGUGUGCACGAACGAGCCCACGUGCACGUGGGGGCUAAGUCACUGGCUUCUCAAUGAGUUAUUUCCCUGUGAAGAGACUGAAAGUCUCUUCUGGGAAAAAGGAGGGGAGGGGCUGAAUAAGGCUGCAGUCAUAAGAACUGCAGCUUUUGUAAUCUAUUUUAGACGAUACUCCCAAUGAAUACAUGCAUAAAAAUACGCAUAUAUGUAUUCAUUGGGGGUAUAUCUACUAAACUGUGAGGGUUUUUUGGGGGGUGAGUUGGAAGAGUUGAGUGGUCCUUUAAUCAUUGUUCUAGGCAGGUGGUUUGCAGUAGAAUAUCUUCCAACGUAAUGAUGGCUCACCUUCUAACCUACAUUUUGCAUUUUAGUUUCCGGUUUAUUACUGUUUGAUAUUUAGUAAAUAAUACCACUCUACAUCUUCUGGUACUGGUUAUAGUGCUCAUAUACGUUUUGGAAAUUAAUUAUUCUACAUGUAAUUCUUUAUUUAUUACCUCCCAAAAUAGUAACCAGUUAAAGGGACACUCCAGUCACCCAGACCACUCCAGCGUAACUGAAAUUCCCAUAGGAAAGCAUUGAAUAAUGCUUUCCUAUGGGGAGGUCUAAUGCGCGGCCAGGAAGGGAGGAGAGUAGGCAGAGCCUGACCCAGCACCGAGGGACAUCGGCGCUGGACUCCAGUAAGUCAAUGGAGGGGUUUUCAGCAACUUGGGAUGGGGUGUAGGAGGGAGAGGAGCACUGUAAGGUCCUGCAGUGCCAAGAAAAAUGUUUUCCUGGCAUUGGAGAGUCCCUUUAAUUUAUCAAUAUCUUUGAGUAAUGUAUAGUUUUGUUACUUAAAGGAAAACAGCAGGCGCUGUAUAUGCUUCAUCUCAUUGAAGUGAUUAUAGUAUCUGGAAGCCCCUGGCACUGUCCUUUUAUUUAGCGUUAAACAGCUGUUAAUGGUUUUAUCUUUUACUGCUAAGUAGUCGCCAGCAGCCCAUUCCCUCUAUGCUGCUGUGGAUAGUGAGAUAGUAUUAGCCUGAGCAAUAAUGGACAACUGUGAUUGGCUGAGAGUGUCAGCAGGCUGCUUGUAGCCUUGCAGAGCACCAUUUGUCGGUAUGAAUUAGUGUGACUACAAGGAAGUGUUUUAUUUUUGCUUUAGCCACGCCUCUUAUGGGCUGUGGGUAGCAAGGGAUCUUGAUUUUUUUUUUUUUUUAAGUGCUCGAAAAUAGUUUAUCACUGAAUGGAGGGACAGCGCCAGAGAACUCCAGGCACUAUAACCAAUUCUCACAAAUGAAAUAGUUAUAGUGACUACUGUGUCCUUUUAGUGGUUUAUUCACUAAAUAGCCACUGUAGUGAACUAAAAACCACAUUGCAAAGUUCUGGCUAAAAUAAUUAAUUAGUGACUGUAAGCUCUUUUGAUCAGGGUCCUCCUCAAUCUACUGUUCCUGUCUCAUUUAUUUUUAAAUUUCUCUUCCUAUAAUAUUGUAGAGCGCUGUGGAAUAUGUUGGCACUAUAUAAAUGCCAAAAAUAAUAAUAAUAAUAAUUAGAGAAUUUUUCCAUAUCUGCUAUUUUGGCCUAAAUGUUGAAAUUCAAUAUACAGAUCACUAUUUAAAGGAACACUAUAGUGUGAGGAAUACAAAUGUGUAUUCCUGACACUAUAAUUCUAAAAGACCUAUUCAGGCCCCCAGCCCACCUUACCUCCGGUUAAAAAGGUGAUUCACAGAUCUUUUUUCAGCGCCGCACAGGUUCGGUCGCGGCUGGCUCCGUCCCCUUGGCUAAGAUCAUCCAAUUUGAUGAUCUCAGCCAAUCCAAUGCUUUCCCACUGCCCUUAGGAAAGCAUUGGGAGGCUAUCAUGCAUGUGUUGCAAAACUCUGCUCUGCGCCAAUCAACAUCUCCUCAUAGAAAUGCAUUGAGUCAGUGCAGCUCUAUGGGGAAAGUUCAGCACCUCCAUGCAGAGUGUGGUGCUGAACGUUACUGACCCAGGAAGUCCCUCUAGUAGCCGUGUGAGUGACUGGCACUGGAGGUGUUACUAGGCAGCAAUGUAAACUCUGCCUUUUCUCUUAUAGUGUGACCAGCGUAGUGCAGCAAUUAAAGGGCCAAUAUAGUCGCCAAACAACUUUAGCUUGAUGAAGCAGUUGUAGUGUAUAUAUCAUGCCUCUAAAGUUUUACUGCUCAAUUCUCUGCCAUUUAGUUGGGAAAUCACUUUUGUUUCUGUUUAUUUAGCCAUACCUCCCCUGGCUCUGAAAAGGCAGUGUUUACAUUAAAAUACCUGCAGGAACAGGUUAUAGGCAACAGAACAAGUACAUUAAGCUGCAGUUGUUCUGGUGACUAUUGUAUCACUUUAAUGAAUUAACCUUCUCUUAUUUUGAUUCAAUGUAUUAUAAUGCUAUGAUGCUUUAAUUAAUUACCAGGUACUCUGUGUGAAUGGUAUAUGUAUGUGCUGUUUUGAUACACUGUUUUCUUUAAUAGUUUAUGGCUCAUGCAGGAUGUUAGUUGACAGUUAAUUUUCAUUUUUCUUCCACUUGCCUGCUGUAUUCUGUAUUGCCAAUAUAGAUUGUGAGCACGUUUGAUCAGGGCAUUCUUGGCUAUAAUAUCCAUUUUCUAUAAAUGUCAAGCGUUGCAGAAUAUGUUGGAGCUCUAUAAAUGAUAAUAAAAAAAAUCAUGUAAAUGAUAGCUGGUAUAAAAUAGCUGAACAGACAGUUCCAUUGUGGUAUUGCAUACCUUUCAUUUUUUACCAUUAGACAAAGAAAUGUAGUUGCUAUGGAAACAUUUUAGUUUUACAGAUUUAUUUUUGUAUUUAGUUUUAUUGCAAACCGGUACGUAAAAAGCUUUUUCUUUUUAGCAGAUGAUGUUAAUUCUUGUUUUUUCUUUGUUUAUUCUAGGCAUGGCUCGACUCUCAUAAUCGCAGCUUUGGGCAUUUUGUAGAUGGCAAGUGGCUACAACCUGAAGGAAGGCAAACUUAUACUACCAAGAACCCUGCAACUGGUAAGCAUUUAACAAUCCCUGUCUGUAGAUCAUAACACCUUUACAUCAGUCAUGUCACAUUCUCCAUGACUUGCAUUGUACUGGUGCCUUUUUAAUGAGCAUAUAAAUAGAUACAUCUUGCAUAUCGUUCAGAUACCAUGUUAACCAUUUCCUGUGUCAUCAUAUCUAUUCACUGAAUUUUGCUGCGUUUAAAUUAUGUAAUUAUUGUGCAAAAUGUGGACAUAGAGGCCUGAGGAGUUAAAAAACAAAACUGUUAUUUCUAUGUUUGUUGCCCUGUAUCCAGAUGUAUGUGGCAAAGGAAUGAGCAUGGUGCAGUGCUUCUCCCAUUAUAGCAGAGAAGGGCUUUUUAGAUUUCCCUAUUUACCUUCUCAGAUCUGGUAGUUAGUGGUGUCCGCCAGCGCUCCUUCCCUAUGCAGCCAUCUUUCUCUGCAUCCAGGCCACACUCCCCUUUAUUUCUUUUUUUGAAUGUCUAUAAUACAUAAAAAAUUUGGAGUCUUGUUUGACUUAGACAAUCCAUUGAAUGAUAUUGAUAAACCGGUGGGUAGAGGCUAAUUAUUAAAAAAAGAAAAUGUUUAUUUAAACUCUGUACAUGGGCUAGCAUUGCAGCUAGCACAAUGUGUAGCUAAAUUGUUUUCUUCAUAGCUUAACCCCUUAAGGACACAUGACACGAUUCCCUUUUGUUCCAGAAGUUUGGUCCAUAAGGGGUUAAUAUGACGUUGUGUGUACCAUGACUGGAACAGGAUAAGCAUGACGUAAUAAUGGCACCCAACAAUGCUGGGUGCUUAGCAGCCUGUUAAAAGAAGACACAACCUGGGAUGCCUACCCACAAGACCAAAAAAAGGAUACAAGAACAAUAUAUAUAAAUACAACCGUGCAUUUAAUUCUGUACUUGCACAAUAUUGUGAUCAGCAUAGUGCAGCAAUGAAUUCAAAUUCCAUUCCUGCGCACAUGGAUGUGUCACUCACUGCAGCAUGACUAGGCUGAUUGAAACAUGCAAGUGUACCAUGAUGCAGCUAUGUGCACAUGAAGAAUCAAGCAGGUACAGAUUACACUGGAAAAAUAAACCUGGCAGGAAUAGAUCAUUUCUACCAGUUUUUGGUGUUGGCCCUGGAAAAAACUCCCAAAUAAUAUGGAUCUCUCGGGAGUAUGUUCAUGAGAUUGUGCUAUGAUGCCAGUAAGAGGGCAAUGUUCACAUGAUGUGCCAGAGGAAUGUCGGUACCUUGAUAAAAUAGGUAAAUGUCCUGACUGUCAGGUCGUUGGCCCAGUUAGGCCUGCAAGGGGAAAGUGGUUUUCUCCGAGUCUUGAGUUACUGGGAUAGAACACAAUAGUUAUAUGUAAAGCAAUAUUAAGAAGCAAUGUUAUAGAAGUAGAACAUAAACACGUGGCAAGGAAGGCUGUUUCCUAUAGGUGGUUGUGGAAAACUUUUAUUUAUUUAUUUUCAUAUGUAAAUUUUAUUGGGUUUUACAGUAAAGGGGAAGGAGGUACAGAAAGGGAAAAAAAGAAAGGGAGGAGGUUAUAGCAAAUGAGAGUCACCAAACGCAUGGACUUUUAUUUAUUUAUUUUUGUUAAAUCCAUAUUCAGCCAGUGUGCAUGGGUGGGAAGGAACCAGAAUAUUAACAGGGUUAUUCAUCAUGGGACACUCCAAACCAAAAAGGCACAAUGCUUUAUGUGCGAAGAGCGUGUUUUUUUGUCAGAAUUUGCCAGAUUGGUUAUGUUGCCUUUGAGACCGUAUGGCAGCCCAAGAAUGAGAAUUACCUGCAUCAUGGCAUACUAUUUGCAAAUGUGGUAUGUCCAGUCUUUUUUUGUAGCCACAAACCCAGGCCAAAAUUAGCGUUUAUAUUUGUUUUUUGCAUUUUUUUCCAUACACAAAUUACACUUUCAUUCAUGAUACUAUUGUUGUGAUACAUUUACUGCUUUUUGUGUUCAGCAUAGUCUAAACACAACAGUACCCCCCUUGUACACGUUUUACAGUAUUUUGGAAUCCUUGGGGUUAAAGGAGCACUAUAGGGUCAGGUACGCAAACAUGUAUUCCUGACCCUAUAGUGUUAAAACCAUUGUCUAACCUCCCCUUGCCUCCCUAAAUAUAGUAAAACCUUACUUGUAUUCUGAAGCUGCUUCCUCUGCCCCUGUCUGCCUCUGUCUGGUGACAUCAUCCAAAGUGGUGGGCAUGAGCCAAUCACAAUUCUUCCCCAUAGGAUUGGUCGAGACUGUUAAGGAGGCAGAUCAGUGGCAGAGCCAGCACAAGUCAAACACAGCCCUGGCCAAUCAACAUAUUCUCAUAGAGAUUAAUUGAAUCAAUUCAUAUCUAUGAGGAAAGUUCAGUGUCUGCAUGCAGAGGUUGGAGACACUGAAUGGCAAUGCUGCUUACUCUGCAGCACUGCCCAAGGAAGCAGCUUUAGCAGCCAUCUGAGGAGUGGCCAGUGGAGGUGUCACUAGGCUGUAAUGUAAACACUGCAUUUUCUCUGGAAAGACAGUGUUUACAGCAAAAUGCCUGAAGGGAAUGAUUCUACACCAGAACAAAAAUACUAAGCUGUUGUUCUUGUGACUAUAGUGUCCCUUUAAAUAUACGGCUUUCAAAUUAUCUGGACUUUCUGCAUGGGUUGUCAGCCAGGCCCCUCAAAUUGUAAUUCAUAAAAUUACUUAAAGGGAUACUCCAGGCACCCAGACCACUUCUGCCCAUUGGAGUGGUCUGGGUGCCAACUCCCACUACCUUUAACUCUGCAAGUGUAUUUAUUGCAGUUUUCAUAAACUGCAAUAAUUACCUUGCAGGGUUAAGGCUUCCUCUAGUGCCUGUCUAUAAAACAGCCACUAGAGGUACUUCCGUGUUCUUAGAACACGAAAAGUGUGUUAUACGAUGCUGGACGUCCACACACUAUGUGAGGACCUCCAGCGUCGCCGAAAUCCCCAUUGGAAAACAUUGAAUAAUGCUUGGGCCAUUGCCGCACAUGCACAUUAGGUCUCCCCCGCUGGCUGACAUUGGCGGGGGAGGAGAGUAGGCAGAGCCUGACCCAGCACCGAGGGACAUCGGCGCUGGACUCCGAUAAGUCACUGAAGGGGUUUUAACCCUUUAACACUUGGGAUGGAGGGUGGGAGGGAAGGGAGCACUACAGGGUCCUGCAGUGCCAGGAAAACUAAUAUGUUUUCCUGGCACUGGAGAAUCCCUUUAAUUAUGUUAAAACAUAAAUAUGCACAUAGGGAAGAGAGGAUUCCUUUAAAAGUAAAAUGCCUCUGUUUACAUACACAUACAUGGUUUAUGUUUCCUGUUAGUUAAUUUUUAUUGUAGACAACGGCAGAGGCAGUCAAAGCGAUAAUGGAAAAGUAAAUGGCAUUUACAUUUUUCAGUAUUUAUGCACGGUUAUUUGCUACGUUGUGAACGGACAAAUUUUAGGCCAAACUUAAAAUAAAAAUGGGAAAUUCACUGCUAUGAAAAAAAAGGAAAGUUGAAAAUGUUUGUCAACUUCCCUCGACUUACUACUUAGUGAAUAAAUCCCAUGAAGAUAUUGGCUGACCAACAUGAGCCUGAAAGCAAUGAAUUUAUCCAUUUGAACACCGUCUACAUGUCAUUAGAAACCUUCAUUCAUUUAUUGACAUGUAGCUUCAAAAGAUUCCCUUUACUUUACCUGUUUUUAUUGUUGCCGUUUUGACAUUGUAGUUAAUGUGCCAUUUAUUUAGAAACCUUUAACAGGGCAAUAACUCUACUUGAUCAAAGGUUAAUUAGAAGCCCAGUCGCAGUAUUAGUGCCAACUUAGUGGUUUUCCCGGAGGGAUAAGUUAAAGUGCCAUCAGUUCAGGGAGUUUCUGUAGUUCUCAGACAAAGAAACCGCCUUAAUGUGCCUUGCUAUUAUUGAUCUGUGUUCUUUUCGGUUCAUUAGGAGAGUCUCUGGCCAGUACCGUUCAAGGAAAUGAGGAAGACGUGGAGGUUGCUGUCAGUGCUGCGCGAAAAGCUUUUGAGACUUGGAGCAAGCUGCCCUGCCACGUUCGUGCUCGUUACCUUUACAGGUCUGAUAUUUCUCCCAGAAGCAAUCCGUGACAUUCAUUAUCUGGCAAUCACCAAAUAUAAACUAGCAGGUGUCAAACUGUAGCUCGUCGGCUAUUGUUGCAUUACAAGGUUGAGUCCUAUACUUUAAAAGAUAAUUGUUGAUGGCACUAGAUAUUGUCUUUUUAAAUGUAAGCCCAAUUGGAAAGGAUACUCUUUCCUUAUAUCUGUAUGUGAGUUGCAGUUAUUGCUUAUCCCUAUUCUUUGCAAUAAUAUAAACUGUCAAGCAUUAAGUGCACUAGUAGACACUUCUAAAUUGAGCUGCAAAUUUAAAAUAUCUCUUCAACAAAGGUGACAAAGCAUCAUGAGAGUUGUAGUUCUACAAUAGUUUGUGGUUUACCUCUUGACCGUACCUGCAGUAAAACAUAGCAUUCCAACUGAUUUUUAUUCACGUACCCUAAUUUUGAAACUGUAAAAUUUGUAACUGUAUAAAGGGAUCCGCAAAAUAAAAAAAAAAAGGAUCGGAACAGUAAAACAAAUUAAUUAGCAUGAUCACUAUGCCAGUGUGUUAUACCGAGUAACCCAGGACUACAAACUGUUUUUUGGUGUGUAGUAGUGGUGUGUAGUAGUACAAAAACCUAGGCACAUAGGAAUCGAGCAACUCUGUACCUCUGUUUGAUUGCCUGCUAAUGGUCCAGUACGAAACAGGUGCUUGUUGUAGUUACUCAGAUUUCUGAGAUAUUACUUUUCAUUCUCGCUCAAUCAAUAUUUUUUAAAGAAAUACUCAAGAAGGAAACAGCUAAUCUAUGGCAUGUCACAGUCUACCCCUGAUUUCUAUAGCAUAAUGAUUGCUAAGCUCAACUGUAAAGAUGUUUGUAAACUACAAUUACUUAGGGUAAUCAUUGUAAAACCAGUCAACAAACAUCUAUAUAUUAUAAUAUAUAAUUAAGGUGGCAUAAGCCUGUGACAUCAAUGUUAGAUGUGCUGCAACAGGGGACAUAAGCAAUUUAGUUUCUUAAAUUUUAUUUAUUUGUAUUUUUUUUUUUUUUUGGACAAUUGGCUAUCAUUUUCAAGAAAAAGUAAAUGAGGUGUUUUUAUUUUUUCUAUUUUUAUCUAUUUAUUUUUUUAUUAUUAGUAGUAAUACGUUUGUAAAGCUUUUCCACUGACAUUCAAAUAUUUUUCUCAAUGUUUAUGGCGGGAUUGUUAUUCACAUAAUAGAUGAAAUCUAAAGAUGACAUUGAUUUACGAUUUAUUCCUCAGCAUUGCCCGCACUGUACAGAAACACCAGCGUUUGCUUAGCGUGGUGGAGAGCAUGGACAAUGGGAAGCCUAUAAGAGAAUCCCGUGACUGUGAUGUGCCACUUGUUGUUCGCCAUUUUUAUCAUCACGCUGGGUGGGCACAGCUCAGAGACACAGAAAUGAAUGGUUGGAAGCCUCUUGGUGAGUCUUUAAGGGUUGAAAGUAAUUGCAGUGGGCUGAAAUGUAAUCUAACAUUUUUAGGUAAUUCUUAUAUGUUUAUUUUUGAUGUCUAUGCCCAACUCCACAAUAUUUUAAAGGUUCCAGGGUAAGUGAGUCAUAGAGGUAAUGGCAACUUCUAUCUGGUUCUUGGAGCCUGUCAAUAAAACCAAAAUCUGUGCCAUAUGAUACGCAACCUGUACUAGUCGCUUCUCAUUUCCCUCUAUCACGUGCAUGUGCCAUAUCGCAACUCUCACUUACAUGGAAGUCAUAUCACACUACACUUGAUACCCCUAGAGUGCAGAUAUACACUUGUAUCAUGCACCAAUCCUUACUGGGUCUGACUGCCCACUCAGUUUUUUCAUCCAAAUACUGUGACAAUUAGAUGCUCACAAUAUUUUUUGGUGAGCUGGCAUCCAGGUUUUUUCAUGACCUUUCCUAGUUCUUAGUGUAAAAAGGCACUUUUAGGUUUCUACAACUAAAGAUGCCUGUCUUAUAGAUUAAAACAUAACAUGACCUUAAUUUGGAUGUUUGUAGUUCUGUAAACUCCUGCAUUAAAUAAAAUUAAAAUACGUGUUUGUUUCCUGCACUAGGUGUUGUUGCUGCGAUUGUUCCGUGGAAUUUUCCUCUCAUGUUACUUACUUGGAAAAUAUGUCCAGCUCUUGCAAUGGGUAAUAAAUUACUUCUAGUUUUUUUUAGCUGUUUAUAUACUGAAUGUUAUUGUUUCCUAUUAGUUGCUCACAAAAUGUUUUUUUGUUUGUUUGUUUUUUUACUUGACAGAUUUAUUAUAUAUGAAACAUCCUAGAAGAGUGUUUGUUUUUUUAUUUUAUAUAAUUAUUGUCUAAUCAGAAAUGUUUCUAUAAAGAAAGAAUAUGUAUUUAGAAGAAAACAUAUAUAGGUGUUGAACCAAAAACUGUCACUGUUAAUGAACGGACUUCUUGGUAUUCACCUGUAAUUCUUAUUUGAUCAUGCUUCAAUCUUAACACUCCAUAGUAAAUAUGCCUAAUAAUGGCAAACACAUAAUAUACAUGCUUUAUGUGUUUAGUGUGUGUCUUGUUUUCCUUUUCAAUUUAUAAAAGUUCAGAUUUCAAUAGGACUCUGCAUUUUUAUAACUUAGGGCUUGAUUUUAAUUUCUUUGGAUACAGGGCUUUACAAACUUGCUUGGAAUCUAGGAGCCAUCAAAACAAGUUAGGAGCCAGAUUGAUGCCCACUGAGGAGAUCAGCCUCUGUGCAAAUUGCAUUAGCUCUUCUCCUCCUAACUCCUCUGGAAUUCCUCGGAGGCAGACGUUCCGGUGUCUGGGUCGGUAGUCCAGUUAGGCUACUGCAUGGUUCAGUUGUUGGAUUUACUGUGUGAGCCCUUUUAUCUGGUACUUUGCUUCCUGCAGUUGGCCAUCCCUGGAAGCCUCCCUCACCUCCACUGCUUUAACUUUCUGAUUAAUCACCCCUUUCCAGACCUCUCUCAGGAGCCUCUUAAUGUCUCCCUUGGUGGUUAGAGAUCCUUCUGGGAUUCCUCCGAGGUUUCCGACUCGCUCUGGGCCUUGGAUGCUAUCUUGGGUGCUAGUCGUGGCGCGGGCCUCUUGAAAGAGAGCCUGAUAUCUGGGGACCUUCCGGGCAUUUUUGCUUUCUGUAUUUGUGCCCCAUUGUGUCAUUUAGGGGUACGGUAAGUUUUCUAUCCGCUGGUUACGUUUUUCUGCUGUAUUGCGUAGUCUCAGCAGAACUCCAGAGAUGUCUGGUUAGGUGCUCGGCCGAUCACACCCAUGCAAAUAAGUUUAUAUCUUUACUUCUCUAAUUUUUUUUUUUUAAUAGGGAAAAUCAUGUCAGGGUUAUUCCAUUAAAAAAAAAAUUCUAAUUUUAUUUUUUACAUUUUUAAAAACUUUUUUUUAUUGUUUGGUUUGACUGUUUAAUUGUAAUUUUAAAAGUUCUUUAAUAUGAUAGAGAUUUCUCUCCAUCUCCUUCCCCCAUGGAACUCUUGCUCAUGUUGGUAUGAACACAAGCUACAUGUUUAAUCCAAUUUUAUUUUAAACACUACCACCUUGUGGUGUGUUAAGUCUACACAUCUCUUUAUUAAUAUGUAAAAGCACACAAAGUAUAGUAAGUCUCCUAGUUGUUAUCAACACACUAGUUAACUCCAAAAAAAGGUAAUAAACACAAAAGGCAAAAGGUGUGGUGUGGUGUGCUGCAAUUACAUGUGUGAGGAUCACCAAUGAGAUAAUAUACAUACACUGGUUAUCAGUCUACCGAAAUAUACUGGUAGUACUCCAGUUAGGAAAUGAUAUUCCAGCAUUUAAUCAUCACAAGUGGUCCUCUACUAACAGUGGCCAGAAAGGCACAUCAAUAGGUUAAAAGACCUGCCACAAAGGGACUCCAAGAUGUUCUGAAUCAGCUCCUGAAUGCACCAAGGUCCCUAGGGGUAAUAAAUGAGUGAGUUCUGGACACGGAUGUCCCAAAUAGAGUGAAGAGAGUGUUAUGGAGGCUCCGUAUGCAUCCGACCGGUUUCGUCCUCAGGACGUUUUCAAGGAAGAGCUUAGAUGUAGACCACACCAUUCAGACUUAUAAACCCCACCAAUUUGUGUGCACUUGGGUUCCCCAAGUGGGUUGAACCAUAUCAGGUGUGUGUAAAAACAAAUUCCGACCAAAAACAUGGCCAAUGAGAUCGUAUAUGGAGACCAAUUUGGUAGCCAUUAGGUUAUGUCUUCUGGAUAUGUAAUCCAGUGACUAACCAUUGUAUUCAUUAUCCGGACUGGCCAUCGUGUGGGGGAAGAACACAAUAAUAAAAUGCGCAUAAAAAUGAACAAUUAACAUUUAAUCAACAUAAAUAUCGUUUGCCGGUAUCAGCUCCACUAAUGGACACCCAAAAAAUGGCUGCUCGCAUGUACAGCGGCAUCUAAGUAGUCACACAUGCGCAAAGUGAAUGGCUGCUUCAUUCAGCAUUCAUUCACACUUCACUACUGAUGAGAUAGACAUUAAGAAUGGUGAAAUUAAACAAAAUAUCAAAGAAUUGGAAGAUACAUUAAUAGAAAAUAAAAAUUCUAAAUUAGGGAUAAGGAUGAUUACAAAUUAAAGAGAGAACAAGAAUUGAAAGGCAUUUUUCUAAUUAAACCUGUUAAACAAUAUGUUGGAUACCAGGGAUAUAACAAUCAAGCCAAAAGACAUAUUUCACAAAGAGCAGGCCACACCAAUAGACCAUUCCAUUAUUCCAAUAGGAAUAAAACCCAAAACUUCAUUUACACCAGGCUUUCAGUCCAAGAGAAAUAAAUAUAACAGGAAUUAUACAAAUGUAAGGAGUAGAAAUUAUCGAUCCCCUUCCCCUAUUCGUGAGAGGGAUGGAUAUCCCCCAACAACGCAAUAGGGAUUUUUUUAGACCAGAGGAACACCAAUCAUCGCUCCACGCCCCCCAGACCAAAUCAGAUCAAGGAGUCUCUCCGUCACUCCAACCGCUUUCUGGCACUCUAGUCCCCACUCAAAAGGAGAAGAGGAAUGGAUCAACCAGAGGUGGAUGAGGAGGGAGAGAUGCCAGAUCCCAAGAACAACAAAGAUCUGUGAGACCAUGCAGGGAGAUAUUAUAAAUUUAUCCCAGGCCCAUUUUGACACACAGGAAUUGAAUAUUUUAGCCAAAGGAUUAAAAUUUGCACACAGCACUAACCCGGAUGGUUUUAAUUUAUUCAUGGAUGCUCAAAAAUACUUGCGGAAAUUAACUAUGAAAAGAUACCUUUUAAAAAUACCUAUUCCUGUCAUGGCAUUGGACUUGAUAGGGAUCCAUUUUUUCACACCAAUUUUAAACCUAAAUCCAAGUUCUACCCAGUUCACGAUAGAGGAGAAUAUCUACAGGUCUUCAGCAAUAUGCUUCUUAAAGAAUUUGAGGCUUUUGAAUCAAAGAUAUGUCCCAAUAACAACUUGAACAAUAGGGAACGAUCAGCUUUUAAAAGAUUAUGCGAUAGACGUGAUGUUGUCUUCAAGGAGGCCGAUAAAGCCGGUGCAGUGGUUAUAUUGGAUCAUGGAAACUACAUAACAGAGGCCAUGAGACUCCUUGGAGACAACUCCACGUAUUGCUUGUUACCCAAUGAUCCCACUGUAGAAUAUACCACUAAACUUCUUCAUUUAUUAAAUGAUGGGAAGGAUCAGGAUAUCCUAAGUCAAAAUGAAUUCAAAUAUGUAUUUAAUCCUCAUCCUAGACUGGCCAAGGUCCAUAAAUCCCUAAUAAAACCACCAGGCAGACCUAUUGCAAGUGGCGUUGGUAUUGGUAUUGCAAUAUGUUGAUUAAAAUCUUUUAUUAAAGACACAUGACAUCCUCAGCAUCAUUUUAAGGACAUACAAUGGAAGAACAGUUACAUAUGGGCUACGGCCGAUGUGUCGUCUUUAUACACUGCCAUUGACCACCAAAAAGGUCUGCUGGCCAUUAGGAAGGUAUUAGAACAUGAUCAAAGUAUGGAUGAAAAACAGAACAACUUUAUAUUGGAUUGCAUCAAUUUUAUUCUUACUAACAAUUAUUUUUUAUUUGAGAAUAGGUUUUACCUUCAGAUUUGUGGUAACGCCAUGGGCACCAGGUUUGCGCCCAGCUAUGCCAAUCUCUUUAUGGACACAUGGGAGAAUGAUACGAUGUGGGCCGAGCAUAGCUGGACGUCAAACCUGGUGCUCUAGAAACGUUUUAUAGAUGACGUCAUUAUUAUUUGGGAUGGUGCAGUCUGAAUUGUCUAAAUUUUUAAUGUAUAUAAAUAAUGAUCAGGGUCUGAAAUUUAACCCGGAUAUCCAAAUCAAUAACAUUAAUUUUUUUGCACAUUAAUUUUUAUUUUUAUUGAACAAUACAAAAUUUGCUAUAGGACCUUUUUUAAACCUACUGAUAAGAAUAGUUUUAUUGAUUUUAAAAGUUGCCACUUCAUCAGUGGUUAACAAAUAUACCUAAAGGUCAGUUCAUGCUCAUAAGUCGCAACUGUGCCAGGGGCGAGGACUUUGAAUCCCAAACUGAAUUUUUGGAAAGAAGAUUCUCCGACCGGCAUUACCCCAAAAGGCUUGAAUAAUACUAGAGACCUUGUACGACUGUGUAGGAAAAAACGUGAAGCCUGGGUUAACAGACCAAAUAGAGAUAAAAUAGAUUUUAGUUUGUCUUUUAACACACAAUUUAAUAGCAAAUCCAAAUUAAUAGAAAAAGCACUUAAUAAAUGUUAGCCAGUUUUAUUGCAUGAUGAUGUUUUAAAGGGAAUCUUACCUCCUAGACCUAAAGUCAUUUAAAAUAAAGCCAGGAAUUUGAAAUCUCAUUUAGCACCCAGCCUUCUACCAUCCGUUGAUAAACAAAACUCUACUUUCUUUCCUAAACCCAAUGGCUUUCAAAUGUGGGCACUGCAAGAUAUGUAAACAUCUUCCCAGUUCAAUUAAGGAAUUUAGAAGCUUUUGCAACCAAACAGACCUACAAAAUUAAGCACUUUAUAAAUUGUUCCACUAAAAAUGUGGGGGUUUUUUAUGUCCCAGUGGGGCGCAAUAUGUGGGACGUACAAUCAGAACCCUUAGGAAACGCAUCUUGGAACAUCAACGGGCCAUUACGGAAAAAAAUGUAAAACACAGUGUACCUAGACACUGUAGAAACUGUGCUCUCUUUGAUCUUCUCUUUAAGCAAUUUUUAUGUUUUGGGAUUGACAUAGUUCAACAUGAAAGUAGAAAGGGAGAUAUAGUGAAAAAGGUGUGUCAACGUGAAACCCAAUGGAUAUAUAAACUUAAGACAUUUUAUUGUAUCCUGAACUCAAGCAAUCCUAGGUGGGGAUCAUUCCACCAACGCUGUGUCAAUAGAGCAGUACCUUCUGCUCUAUACUUGUGAGUAUAUUUUAUAUAUAUUUUAUUACUCAUCCCUUAUAUAUUGAAAGCACUAUUGCUGUUUUUUUUUUAUAUAUAUAUCCUGGAGCACUGAAUAGCCAGACCAGGUUGACGGACGCACCUCUCCACUAUAUCCUCUAGCGGGGAUUAUACCACUAUAUUCACCCCGGAGCUGGUUAGAGCUCUCACAAAUGUGAGUGUAUUAUCUUCCUUUUAUUUAUUUUACUAUUGGAUCUUAACUAUAUCACACUAUCGGCUGUUUGCCGUGUUUUCCCUUUGUCUCUCCACAUAUACGGAUAUUUUAACCAUCCGGACGGAUCAACUCCUGAGGAUUGUACCCCUACCCUAUCCAGAUAUAUCAAUGAGACUUUUACAUGACUUUUUAUUGACUUUUACAUUUUAUAUUUUAUUAUCCAGAUGGAUCAACCCCUAUUUUAUUCUGUUGUCUUAAGUGAGACUUUUUACUCUCUAUCGUUUUUUUAUUAUCUACAUAUGCCUACUUGUUGUUGUUUAUCCAUUUGGUCUGGUUUCCAUUGUUAUAGACUACUGCUAUUAGCCCUUAGCGCAGCCCUUACCCCCUUCACAUCUUUUAGCUUGUUUCAUUAACCCCUUAAUGCCGGUACGGUGUUCUAUGCCGUCCCGCAUUAAAUGGGCUUUAAAGCCGCUGCGGCGGCAUAGAACACUGUAACGGCUUUCAUCCCCAGGAGCCACCAACUACUUACCUCCGCCGCGAGCCUCUUCUGGAGGGCUGCCUGACAGCCCAGGCAGCCCUCCCCCGGCAAAUGAGGCCAGCGGGGGAAAAACUUCACUUUUGUUGAUAUUUUUUGUAAAAGUUAAGUUUUUUGCAUUUUUUACACAUGAACGGCACUUUUACUGACGAUAUUAUUGUUGUAAUACAAGUUACCAUUUUGAAACACUAAUAUCUGUUCAGCAAAGUCUCCUGAGUAAAACAGUACCCCCCAAGUACAAGAGUCAAAUAUAAGGCUUGCAUUUCAUUUUUUUCACAUAAAAUUUUGCCAGAUUGGUUAUGUUGCCUUUUGAGACCGUAUGGUAGCCCAGGAAUAAGAAUUACCCCCAUGAUGACAUACCAUUUGCAAAAGUAGACAACCCAAUGGGAAACGGGGUAUGUCCAGUCAUUUUUAGUAGCCACUUAGUUACAAACACUGGCCAAAUAUUAGUUUUUUGCUUUUUUCACACAAUAACAAAUAUGAAUGCUAACUUUGGCCAGUGUUUGUGACUAAGUGGCUACUACAAAAGACUGGACAUACCCCACUUGCAAUACCUUGGGUAGUCUACUUUUGAAAAUGGUAUGCCAUCAUGGGGGUAAAUCUCAUUCCUGGGCUACCACACGGUCUCAAAGGUAACAUUACUAAUCUGGCAAAUUUCAAUGUGAAAAAACUAAAAAAUAGAAUGUGCUAUAUUUGACCCUUUAACUUUUCAAAACACUGUAAAAACUGUUAAUGGGGGGUACUGUUGUACUCGUGAGACUUUGCUAAAUCCAAAUAUGUGCUUUUUUUUUUUUGCAGUAAAAACCAACAGUAUUAUGACAUUUACAGUCAAAAUGUGAGGCGGAACUACACAUUUUUUUAAAAAUGUAAAAUUUCUCACAGUUUUUUUUUAUUUUUUCAUAAUAAAUUAUGUUUCAUACAUAAAUAUUUGAUAUGAAAUGAAAGCCCUGUUUCUCCUGAACAAAAUGAUAUAUAAUAAGUGUGGGUGCAUAUAAUAUGAAAGAGGUGAAUUACGGUUGAACAGACAUAUAGCGCAAAUUCCAGUUUUUGGUUACGUUUUGUUUUGAUCAGAACGUGUACUAUUGACUCUGUCCUGAAGGGGUUAAGGGUCUUGAGGGAUUCCCUUUUUUGGGUUGCUGCUUUUUAUCUUGUUCUUUUCCCCUGUUCUUAUUGGGAGAUCCCGGUUUAAAUGUUGAUGUCAAUUUUAUGACUUUCAUGUGAUUCUUAACCAUUUUUUAUGUAAAAAAAAACUAAUAUUUUUUCAUACUCAUUUUGCACAUUCAUUUUAUUAUUAAUGGCAUAUAUAUUUUUUAUAUAUCAUGUUUUUUAAAUGCAGUUUAUAAACACAGAAAACAUCUACAAUGGAAGGAAAUAAAAUCUCAUUGAGUAGUGUAGUUAAUACACCUUUAAACAGUGCGCUUUAAAUUGCACUCACAAGCAUAUGAUUGAUUGUAGGUGCAUCACAUGAUAUAAGAUGACUGAAUAUCCUCAGGCACCAUAAAGUGCAUGUAGGAGAGAGUGGGAAAAAAUAUAAUAAGUGUUGACCGAAUAUAAAGGACUUCAUACUUUAACCUCUUAAGGACCAAACUUCUGGAAUAAAAGGGAAUCAUGACAUGUCACACAUGUCAUGUGUCCUUAAGGGGUUAAUGGGUUACACUUACAAAAUUGCAGUGUGAUCAAGGCACAUCAAAUCUCAGAAAAAAAUGUUGUCCCUGGCUGGAUUCCUGGUUUAAAUUCCAAAAAUGUAUUCUAAACCAAACAAAAUAAUAAAGAAACAAUAAAAUAAAAUAAACUCUCUGCUACAGCUCAACCCUACGCGUUUCGUCCGUGUGUUUCCCGGACUUCCUCAAUCCAACGCUUGUUUAGAGAACAGGUCACAGAUAAUCACACACAUAAUGACAACAGGGAGUGGGUUACAUAAAAUAAAGGGUUUGUGUACAAAUGCCCCUUUAGAAUGCUAAAAAGUAAGUACACAAAAGAAAAAUAAAGUCGAAAAGGUGAUACUGCAGUCCUGAACACUAUAUAACUAUAAAAUGCCUGUCAUAUGAUUACUACAUCUUUUCAUAUUAUUAAACUGUUGAGGUAACUAAUGCACAGGUGAUACGCAAAUUAGGGUAAUAGCCUAAUUGCAGUGAGUGUAAAAUGUUAUGAAGUUGGUCGUGAAUUAUAGAAAAUUAAAAGAAUACAUGCUCAGUGGCAGAAGUUGAGAUGAGCGUAAUGCAGAGUUUCUAUAACCCUAGGAAAACUGUUGGAAUGACUCCCAUUUGGUAGUUAGGCUCAGUUAGUUGAGAGAGCCCCUUUACUAAAAGGGUCCCUGAAUUGUAACUUGUUACAGGCUUACCAUUUAACCAAGCUUAAUUACUGACCGUAUAAAAAUCAACGUGAUUAAAGCAUGGAGUUCAAAGCAAACCUCACUUUUUUUGUCUUCAGGUAACACUGUUGUAUUAAAGCCAGCCACUUACACACGGCUGACAGCACUUCUUCUGGCAGAGAUCUGUGCCGAGGCCGGGCUACCUCCAGGGGUUUUCAAUGUAGUCACUGGCAACGGGGCAUUCGGUGAAAAGCUUGCCGUCCAUCCCAAUGUUGACAAAGUAGCAUUCACUGGUUCCACGGAGGUAAAAAAAAACCACACAGAUUGUGUAUCUGUUAUAUAUACAUAUUGGAUUGUUUGAGAUUAACAUUUUUGGGUGUUUGAGAUAUUUUGUUGCUAUGGUGUUAGUGACGUAUAGGGAGUUUUUACAUAAGUUAGCUCUUUUGUAUCUGUCCCUAAUGGCAACUGUUGUCAAUACAACUAAUAAUUCACUAAACCAAAAACCUUGAAUAACUGAUAAGGUAAUUUCACGUUUUAAAGGAGCAGUCUAAAGGAGCCGCCAUAAUCACUACUUGUUGUAGUUGUGGUUACAGUGUAACUAGGUUGUGCCAUUGUACAGCACUUCUUGCUCAAACUGUUUAGCCAACAUCAGGUGUCCCUGAGGCACCAGCAGUCUGGCUCUACUAAACAUGGUUGCCGAUGUGGAUGUUUUACUACAUUAGCUAUGUUAGUUUUAUUCAGCAUGUUAGCUGACAAAUCACAAUUUUUUUAUUUAGACUUUUUCCACGCAGUGGGUAGGAUAAAUAGUAGUGUCGCGACAAGCACAGCACGUUGAAUAAAUAUUAAAUAAGCCUAAUUAUGUUUUACUGUUUCCAGUUCUACUUUAUACAUAGCAUGGCACCCUUGCCAUAGAUCAGAUUUUAUCCAACUUUUAUUAUUUAGAUCACAUAUACUUUGGAAUCCUUUCACUCAUAACUGAACUGAAACAUGUUUAAAUUCCCAAUCUGAGGUACUACAGUGAUAUUUCACACUAACACAUUAGGCAUUUUUAUGUGUACCUCCAUUUUCAUGUUUGUCUAUUGAUCUACGUUUAAUUAAAUACACAAAUAUUUGCUCUCAUGGAGGCAAUCUCAAGGACAGUUGAGUGUGUUGGUAUAAAUAUGAAAUAGACCUAUGGAAAAGGCUCAUUUGAACAGUGUUGCCUUUAACCCCUUGUGUGACAUGUCAUGAUUCCCUUUUAUUCCAGAAGUUUGGUCCUUAAGCGGUUAAAUACAGUUGUGUGCUUUUCUCCCAAAUUGUUUUCAUCUUCUAAUGUUCAAUGUUCUCUUUUCGUUUCUAUUCUAUAGGUGGGUCGUACUCUGCGUAAAGCUACAGCUGGGACCGGUAAGAAGUUGUCACUAGAGCUUGGUGGGAAGUCACCCUUCAUUGUGUUUGACACAGCAGAUCUAGACGGUGCUGUAGAAGGACUGGUAGAUGCCAUCUGGUUCAAUCAAGGACAGGUAGAUGAAAUUAAAUUAUGGUUUAAAAACAAACAAACAGUAGCACUCUUUAAAGAGACAUUCUAAGCACCAAAACAAAUUGAUGCUUACCCCUUAACGAUGCAUGAUGGAAUUAUUCUGUCCUGGACGUGCUUUCCUUAAGGACCCAUGACAACAUAAUUCCAUCAUGUGGUAUUUUACCAGCAGGGACUUAUUCCCAGCUGGUAACUGGAAACAAUACCUGGGGCUCCCAUCGGAUAACUAUGGCCAGAAUUAGUGGCCCCAGACUGACUGCUCCACUGUUUGCUGUGCUCAGUAAGCAUUGUAAAUUGGCAACUAAAUGUUGUUUUGAAAUGCAGUUUUUAGUGGCCCUAGGCUGAUUGAUGAGCUUUAUGCAGUGCUAAAAGUGCAUACAGCCCUUAUAAUUAAUUGAGAAAGACUCAGCCACAACAAUUCUCUCUGUGCAGUUGGUGAGACCUCCAUGCCCCAAUGGAAUUUUAAUCGAUUAUGUGCUUUGCUAGUUGCCCAUUACCGAUCACAAUACUAUUUUCAGUUUAACAAGUAUCUAUCUGCCUGUUAUACUGAAAAUAUCCAGUAGAUGGCAGCAAUAUACCACUGUGUUUUAGCUUAGAAUUCACUUUACUAAAAUCAGUACUGAUAUUGGUAUUGGAAAACAAUUUGGGGAUUAGAUUCAGGUUAUGGAUUAAGAUUGUUUAGUAUAAGUAUUAUUUUUAUAUGAUUAGGUUGGGAAUUCAUUACUGGAUUGGGGUUCAGAUGAGGAUUCGGGCCAGCAAGGGAAUUUCUUUGCUGACAUCAGCAGAGGGGUUCCUUCUAAUACUAUUGCUAGGGUUUGGUUUAAGAUUAGGAUAAAGGUUAGACAUUGAAUCAGGGUAUGAUUUGGGGUUAGAGAUUUGGGAUUAUAAUUUUGUUUACAUUAAAAUAGGAAUAGGAUUAAGAUUGUUAUUUUGCAAAGUUAUAUAUGGGGUAUUAUUGUACUCAGGAGAUGCUGAGAUACUAUUUUUACAGUGGGACUCAUGAGAUUUAAAAAAAAAAAAAAAAUAAGCAGCAAAGAUACGUGCAAGUAAAAAUAGAAAAAUAAAACUUAAUAUCACAAACUGUUUAAAAGAAUUGCACUUCAAUAAAGCUUUUAAUAUUUCUUGUGAGGGAGAGUGGCCAGCAGAUCAGCUAACAAGACGUGUUGGUGAGGAGCUCUGGCUCAGCACACUAAUUAAUACACCAAUUUGUGAUGAUAUUGCAGCACUAAGGCCUAUAAACCAGGUUAAUACCAACGCUUAUACCCCUGACAGAGAGAUGGGGCAAAAAAAUAAAAGAUUAAACCACCCGGAGGGCUCCUACCUGCCUGAUAUCAGGCAAUCCUUUGAAAGGCCACAACAGCCAUCACAGCCUAAAAUGGCACCUGGUAGGCCCCAGAGUUCUAGUGAAUAAGAAGCAUCUCUAGAGGAAGAGGGCCCUUCGACCAUACAAACCAUCACCGCAGUGUGCUGGUCAGAAGAAUCAGACUCCGACGACUCACCCUACACUAAGGGCGAUAUUAAAAAGCUAUUGCUUGAUUUGUGGGAAGUCUGAUCAUGCUAGCGUGUGUUCUGAGAUGACCGGUAUUACAACGCGCCUCAACAUAGUAGAGACCUGGGAAGGGGAAAGAGACUCUUUGCUUACUGAAACUCGAUCCCAGGUGGCAUCACUAUCCGAACAACUCAUAUGACUCACCCACACUGUAACAACGAUGGAAGCAUGUCACUGUAAGAGAAAUGUGCGCAUCCGCGGAGCCAAUGAAGAAGUGGGCCCAGAGGCCCUGCUGGAGUUCACUAACAAAGUAGUGAUGACGAUGGGGGUGAAGAAAGAAGGUGAAGCAUGGGCAAUUACAGCUGCAUUCAAAAUUCGGAAAGCCACGGCCGCCACUGCAGAUGCCCCCAGGGACAUUAUUGCCGUCACCCGGGAUGUUUCGGUUAAAGCGGCAAUCGUGGCCCAUUCGAGAAAGACCCCUACCACAAACGUGGAUAAUUACCACAUCAAAGUUGUUGACGACUUGCCAUUCACGACCCUGAUGGAACGGAGAAGGUUCAUGCCAAUUACUCGACCGCUACUGGACCGGGGCAUCAGAUAUCGAUGAGGGGCGUCAGGCACUCUGAUGGUACCACACGGGGACAAAGUCCUUUUGCUGUCAACAGACGAGGACCCCAAGAAAUUCCCGCAAGACCUUCAGCUAACAUAGCUCUUAUCUCUGGUACAGAGGAGUAGCAAGAUCCCGAACACUGCUGGCGAUAACCAGGAGCAGGGGAGUAUCGCUGGGGUGGAGAAUGUUCGUGCACGGGAGUGCUGGUCACUCAUUUACCAACAGGGACUAGUUGAGGCCUUUGCGAGAUAAAAGCCCAUUAUAGACGUACAACUUUUACAAUGUUUUAUCUUUAUUUCUCAUGUUGUUGCUCCUUUUCUUUUCCUUUCUCAAAUUAUAUCCAGAAGCAAGCCGAUUUACUAUUUUACAUUUGGCCACUCAAAGACGGGCACUUCGCGCCCAGUAGCUUUAUCACAGGGCCCUAUCCUGAGUCACGAGGAAUGAAUGGAAAGUGCGAGUGAUUAAACAUAUGGGGAAAUGUGACCAUAGCAUGCUCCAGGUGAGCAGAUCAGAGACUUGCCAUAGAGACAUGCAAUAAAUCAUCUCCUUCUAUAUAAUGACUCACAGACUUACGGACAAAACAGGGUACCCAUAUGGAUCACUUAAGUAGCAGAGAUGGGCUGGCAGGUUGGUGACUGUAUAUAGCAAAGUGUGACUGAGGGCAAUAGUGUGAAAGAGAAUGCACGUGGGGACACGUGGAAGGAUGAAUGAAAUGUACGGAUGCCUCAUGGUCUAAUGCUUUAUUGCCAUGUCUACAGCUGCACAAAUACCUUCUGUGUCAUGUUCUAAAACAUUUUCUAUUACUGAUGGAAGUUAAGUCAAUCUAUACUAACUAAAACUGUGGCCACUUUAAAAUUGGCGACUUCAUUGUUAUGCUGCCACAUCACAAAUAAAGAAUUAAAAAAAUAAAUAAAAAUGCUUUUGAGAGUCCCCAUGGUGUUCACUUUUGGAAACAGUAGGCAUGUAUUGAGUAAUUUAAAUAGAAAACAAUCCCUGACCAAUGAGAUGACAAUAGGGUACUGUUUAAAUGUCUAAAAAUUCACUUUUUAUUAUGUCGGUUUAAAAGAAUGUCAGUAACUAGUGAGUCAUGGCCACAAAUAGGUGUUUGUCAAUAGUAGAUUAAAUUAUGUCCUAUGUAGAAGAAAAUAUAUAAAGAAAAAAAAUAAUAUAAACCAAUAUAAUUGCAAGGUGUAACAAACUGUGUCCCCCAUGUAGCCGUGUAAUAGACGGUGUCACCCAGGUAACAUCUCAUGUUCCCCUACAAGACUAUAUACCACUCAUUCCCACCACCAGUUCACCCUAGAGUCCCAGCUCCCUGUUUUCCUAUCCCAUAGAGCGCUCUCCCUGGUGCUACCCACGUGGAGACAUCUACUAGGAAGAGGAGAGAGCCCUAGCUGACACUCUGGAACUAGCAGGCUGCUUCGCAGCCGCAGAGCCCCCACCAGCUGCCUGGAAGACCAUGCCAACCAAUGGGAGAAAAGCUACCAUUCAAAUUGGUUUCGUGCACUUUCUCCUGAUUGGCCGGUGAAACACCUCCACUCCCUGGUUGCUGAUUGGUCGCUGCAUGCAAACCCAGUUCGCGACUUGUCGCCUGAUUGGUCAGCGCGAAGUAAAGGGCCGGGGUUUGUGCAUAAAUACUGUGUAUCUGGCCUUCAAUAAACAGAUCCUGUUGUACCCUUCAUCAAGUCUCAGCUGAUGUUUGGGUAGCCAAGAGCUCUCACUGCUUCGCUUGGGAAAUGGGAAAAUCCCAAUGGCUAUACUCAGUCGGAGUAUAGGGGAUCCGUUACAGAAGGGUACAAAUAUUUAUAUAAUAGCAGGUGUCCUAGAAGGCCCAGCAUAAAGGUUGUGGUAUUCAUUUUUAUUUUUGCUGCUUAUUUAAAUCUUUUGUGUCCCACUGUAAUAAAAUUUUCUUCACUGUAUUCCAACAUCUCAUGAAUACAUCCAUACCACAUAUGUAUACCUUUCCUAAGGAACAGUUCCAAUCUCAAUCCCUAAUCCUAAACCAAGCCCAAAUUCUAAACCAAAUCCUAAUCCCAAAUUUAAUGUUAACUCUAAUCAUAACUGCAUCCUAAUCCUAAUCCAUAACUUUAUCCUAUGCCUAACUAUUUAAUCCUACCCAUAGCAAGUGUUGGAAAGAAUCGCAGGGGGAUUCCCUUGCUGACCCUGAUCCUAAUCUGAACACUAAUCCUGACCCUAAUAUGAAACAUAAUUCCAAUACUAUUCAUUCUAAGCCUAAUUGUAAACAUAAACCUAAUAGUUAUUCUAAAAUACAUCUUAAUCCUUAAUUUCAUCCUACUCCUAAGGGUUUUCCUCUCCCAAGUACAUUAUUAAUGAGAAUCACUGAACCUGAGCUUGAUCUCUCAGCUACAGUGUUCUAUUGAUACCUGGGACUCCCUGGUGUGAGCAGGUAUUUAAAGUCUCUAUUUAAAUGCUAGUUUACAGCGCUCACUUUGAGCUCUGCAAAUGGCAUCGGUCAGUCUGGGGCCACUAAUUCUAAACUGAGCUGACAGAGUGGAGCCAUGGAAAUCAACUCAUACCUUGAGUUCCCAGUUACCAGCAGAGAAACUGUUGUUUGAAACAUUAAUAAUCCAUUAAAGUGCUCAGUUUAAUCUGUUUGCAUUAAGAUAUUUAGAAACACCCCUGUCACUGGGCAGUAACAAAUGUCCCCGUUAAGACUGUUAAUAUUUACACACUAAAAUAAGAUGUUUAACCUCUUAAGGACACAACUUCUGGAAUAAAAGGGAAUCAUGACGGAAUAUUUCCGUCAUGUGUCUUUAAGAGGAUAAGUCCCAUGUAAAUAUUUGAUCUGAAGUGAGAACAUGGAUAUUAAUAUAAAUAGUAGCACACAGUAUUUUUUAUUUUAUUUGUAUUUUAUUAGUUUUACAGCUCAGAAAAAGAAAAUACAUCUGAGUCACUGUAUAUUAAAUAAACAUACCGGCGUGUCAGUUAUUCACUGCGAUACUGUCGGUAUGGAGGUUAACAUGGUAUAUAGCCAUCUAAUGGUGAAAUAAAGAUGGGCAAACAGUAAUAAACAUUGAUAAACAUGCUAACUACAUAUUAAACAAGCAUUGUGUGACUCUUGGUGUAUCCAUGCAAUGUGUGCUCGUGGGGUUGCAUAAUUGGAUGUGUUUUAUAUCUGGCCCCCUCUCCAGGAGGUAUCUAAGGGGGGAGGUGAGUAGCAUUUACUAUGGGCUGUAACGAGAGCCUGAUGUAUCUGGCAGGCGGCAUUUUUUUAUGCCUUCGUCUCGUUACUGUCUCUGGUGUGGGAGCGUGUUUUUGGUCGCUGAUGUGGAGUCAGGUUACCAUCUUUGGCUUUGUUUGGUGUUGCUUCGGUAUGGAGGUCCACAUUUACGCGUCUGGCUGGUUAACUAGUCGGCCACACUCCCAGCACACAGUAUUUUAAUGCCUUAUUGCAGAUGUCCAUUGAUGCACAAUUUAAUCAAGAUUUUAAAUUGUUGUAUUCAUGUAGUGUUUCAGUAAUGCUACACUUUGCCAUGUGCUUAAAAAGAUGUAAAGUUAAUUGAAUACUAAACAUGGUGCUAAAAAUGGCUUCAUUGGACAGUGUGAACAAUUAAUCAACCAAUCAAUGCUUACCUGUCUGCGUUUUUUUUUGUGUUCUAUAAGUAUACCUCUGACUCGGGUGUGAGUAUCUUGGUCCCUCUCUAAUUCCAGUCCUCCAGCUGUUUAGUCAAACAAUUUAUAUGAUCUUCUGCCAUCUAAUAUUGUAUCACAGAGUCUGAUGAAAGAUCAUUGCUGUGUCUGUUGUGCAGGGGAAACUUGCCGGUAUGUAGGAUCUAGAUUUCCAUUAUAGGUGGGAUCAGUGCGACAUGCAAACAGGGACUAACGAAAGGGCAAGCUGUUGAGUUUCUCUGAGCUUUUGCACCUACUUAAAGCUUUCAUAUUCGUUUUGCUUUAAUAAUAUUUUGGAAUACGUAAAUAUUGAUGCAUAACAUGAAAUUCACACUAAGUGACAAAAUAAAACAACAAAAUAACAUCUGGCUUUGCAUGCAGGUUUGUAGUGCUGGAUCCCGUCUUCUCAUGCAAGAAUCCAUUGCCGAAGAUUUGAUUCAGAGGCUUAAGCAGAGACUCUCACAUCUGAGGUUGGGUGACAGUUUGGAUAAAGCCAUAGAUGUUGGUGCUCUAGUGGACGAAACGCAGAAGAAAACAAUCACUGAAUUUGUGAAAGAAGCACGGGCAGAGGGAGCACAGGUAAGCCUUGCAGGAUUUGUAAUGGCUUUACUAUCAAAUUGCACACUCCGACCAGCUUAAAUGUGUCUAUGGAAGUUAGAUGUUAAAUAUUUAAUUGCUACAAGAUGCUGUUUCUUGUCCGCAGUCUGUUAUGGCUUGGCCGUAACAAAUUGGAUCAAGUCCUUUUAAAAUGCAUUUACAAAUUGCCUUGUUCAUUUUUGCUUUACAGGUUUUUCAAGCACCUGGCCCCAUCCCUAAAAAAGGCUUGUUCUACCCACCUACCUUGAUCACUGGUGUUGACACUACAUCGGGCUGUGUCCGAGAGGAGGUAACAAGAAUCUGAGCUAUGCCAAUCAGUAUGUCAGCAUCUGUAGCGCAGUGAGUCAGAACUAUAAGGCAGGCUAUAUCAUGUUUAGAGUGUUUUCAUCAAUCACACACCAAUGGCAAAUACAAAGAUUACAUUUCCUACCCUCACUACCAUUUCCUACCCUUACUAUAAAACACUUUCGUCAGUAGAUAGCACCGCUACUGUCAAUAGGCCUACAGAUAGAUUAUUUUUUUUAGGAGACAAGACUGUGUAUUUACACAGAGAGGAUACUUUAUUUUGAUCUGCAGCAAGAAGUCCAUAGAAACAGAAAGAUUACAAUUUCUGAUUUACAGUAAAAGAAGAAAAUCUUUAUAUAAUUAUUUAGCAGUAUUCUAUCCUGUGUUUGUUUUCUACUCAGAUUUUUGGACCAGUUUUGGUUGCAAUGACUUUUCGGACAGCUAAAGAAUCUAUCGCUUUGGGAAAUAAUACCCCAUAUGGAUUGGCUGCAAGUCUCUGGACUGAGAACUUACCUUUAGCACUGGAGGUAGCUCUGAGGUAACUACUGAGAAUGAACCCAAUGUUGUAGUUGCCGAUUUAUCCUUCUGGUGUAAUAUUUAAUUUAUAUGUCUAAAUAAAUGUCCAUGCGGUAACCAACUACCUAUAUGUCUAAUGGCUCAAUGCAUGCCAGCAAUCAGGACAUGCCAGGUAGUUUAUAUGUUGAUAGUUUAAAAAUAUUAGAAAUUAUAAGGAUGGAAUGUAGGGAAACAUUGUAAUUUGCUGUUGGUCACAAUUCCUGUUGUGACCGGAAAUAAUAGUAUGUUUAUGUCAAUAAGUCUGCGUAAGAACGCAGGAUUAGGUUCUUGGUUAGGCCCUUCUAGCAUUAGGAUUACAAUUUAAAUUAAAUUCUGAUGUGGAACAAACCAGUACAGAUACACUAGUUUAAAAUGGACAGAUAGAUCAUCCUGAGUAAGUGCAAUUAUUAUAGUAUCUGCAUACGGUUUAGUAUUUGGAUUUAUGUAAGAGUACCUAAGUGUAGGUUGCUGUGGUGGGGUUAGGGGCACAGAACAACUUUGCAUUGGAUCGGUUAGAAGAAGAGUUAUAGAGGACAGUUAAGGUAAUUAGAAGAUUAUGUUUGUAGCUUUUCAUAUUUAGUAUUUUAUCUACUGAGUCUAUUUGAUUUACUCUGACUUAAAUUAUUAUUUUAUUAUUUAUAUAGCGCCAUCAGAUUCAGUAGCGCUGUACAAAGGGACUAGCAGACAUUUAAUUGUAAACAGACAACUCGACGUACAGGAACAGGAGAGGUGGAGGGCCCUGCUCAAUGAGCUUACAUUCUAUUAUGUUAUAUUAUCCCCUGUGGCACCUCUUAAACAGAAAACAAAAAACAAUAAAAAACGCACUGGUGGUUUUUACUGCAACCCACUCUCGCCAACUGUUAUGAUAAUACAGUCUUUAAAACAAAAUUAAAGCUACUCUUUUAGAAGUUUGUGAAAUUUUCACCUUUAGCAUGUCGGGUCUGUAUAAGUUCAGGGUGGAGGAUUACACUUAAAAUUAAACUCUGCUGACGAAUUCAUUGUUCAUUAAAGUUGAUGAAAAAAACAUACAAAUACCCAAUAAGGUCCAAUAGUAUAGACUAUAAAAGUAGAAGCAAUAUAUAAAAUGCAAAAAAAAGCUACAUACCUAGUACUAUAACAUCAUAUUGUGUGUGUCUACUACUGAUGCUUUCUAAUGUUCACCUAUUUUAAAUAUAUAUAUUUUUUGUCUUGUAGCCUUAAAGCUGGUACAGUAUGGGUUAAUGGACACAAUAUGUUUGAUGCAGCAGCAGGCUUUGGUGGAUAUAAAGAGAGUGGAUUUGGUCGUGACGGAGGUAAAGAGGUGAGGACUUUACGGUUGUUGUUUUUGUUGUUUGUUAAAAACCAAUCGCAGUACAUUUUCUUAAAAAAUGAGAGCUAUUGGUUGCUGGCACAUAAAAUAAAAAUAUGCAGGAAUUGUGCAGGAAAUUGCUUGUUAAAAGACAACCAAAAACAGGGAAAAUAUAAAAAAUGGGAAAAGAAAGAGGAAAAUAAAAAGAAAUGAAGUAAUGAAUACUCUCAGCUCUGCACAGCCCAUAAAGUGUUGAAGAAAUCACGUAGGACCAUGUAGACAUGGGCAUAGAUUAUCCUCUUUUGCCCAUUAACAAGUGUUGAGGUUGUAGCUAGCAGGAGCGAAGUCAGGUCCCAGUUCCUCUUGCAACCAUCUCAUGCUAAAACUCCCUUUUACGAAAGUGGACAUGGGAUUAGGAGAAGAAGAUAAAACCAUAUUUGAGCUUUAUUGUAUCCACAGGUCCAGAAAAUUAAGAAUAGCUAGACACCUCAUCCAGAGAAAAGCUCUGUGUGGUCUUUCAAGCCACAUAUAAAAUUGUGGCAAGUCAGAAACAAAAAACUUGACUCAAGGUCUGCCCAACAGCGCUUCAUAGAAAAGAAAUGCUGGAGUACUGAAUCUAACUGUGUAAUACAAAUAAACAUGAUAAAACCCAGCCUGAUGUCAGUUUUAGGACAGUGUAGGAGCUUUCCUGCAAUUCUAUGUCUUAUCUAAUUGGGACAACAGCCUGAAAAGAGAAAAAAGUGUAUCAUGCAAAUCCAGGAGAUUUAUUUGGAAUCCCAUUUAUCCGGGUUAGCCUUAAUAGAGAGUAGAAAAUGAUGGAGGGGUCAGCUGCAAGAUGGAUACGUUAUGGAAUGAGGAUGCAGCUGAAACCCAAAUCUUGCUCUAAACUGUACCGUGUCCUGGGCUGGCAUACUGAUUGGCAUAGCACAGAUUUUGUUGAAAGUUAAAUUUGUAUUGAGACAUAGCACCAAAUAGUGGAGGGAGCUUCCUCAUGGGUUGUUUCAGUCAAUAUGACAUAAUCUGCAUAUGAUGAUACUUGUUGCCUCCAAAGAAAAAAACCUCGGUCCGGUUGUGACCUAGUAUUCUGUAGAAGGGUCCCUGGGGACAAGAAGCAUCACCUGCGCAUUGCAUUCUACAAAGAAAGGGCGUUCUGGUAUCCCCAGGUAUCUGUGCAUUUUAACUACAUUACGUAUCUCUAGUGUUCCAGGAGACUAAAAGGAUAAGGCCAUUGUAUUCUGUCAAAUGCCUUUUCUGCAUCCAAAGACUGAACCAGAAAUAGUGUUCUCGAGCUAGAAACCCACCAAAUUAAGUCAAAUGAGCUCCUCUGGGUAUUUUUGAACGGUUGCAGUCCGGAAUAAAACUCUGCCUGAUCUUGGUGGAUAAGACCAUUCAGGAGUGGGUUCAAGGCACUCCCUUUUCUCAUAUCAUUAUCUAGGCUGGGCCCUCUUUUAUUACAGAACUACCGCAUCGUCGGUUCCUGGCACACCACAACCAACUCUGUCAAAUUACUUUAUGUCUCAUAUAAGGAAUUUACAUACCUAUUUCUAACAAGCUUUCAUGGCUUUAAUGCCCCGAACACACACAAAUAAAAAAAUACAUAUAUAUGUAUAUAUAGCCAGCACUAGCAGGAAAAUGUAUAGAUGGAAUUUUACACUCUUGUAAAAGACAACUUCCUUUACAAGAGUGUAAAAUUCCAUCUAUACGUUGUGCUAGCAGUUUGCUCUUUAAACAACUCAAAUAAAGACAUUUAUACGGAUCUUCAAAAGAGAUUUAUUCAAAAUAAAACUCAUAUUUAACAAAAACAUUUUAAAAAUGUAUCUGAGCGGAUUCUUUAUAGCCUCUAUAAGCUCAAUCAUGUCUAAGUGCACACAACGGUUUUCUGUUAACACUCCAUAGAUCCUGCAAAUAGUUUAGGUUUGCUUUGGUUUAUUUUAAAUACGGGCACAGAUUUCAUUCACUAAAACUGCCACUAGAGGUGUGUGUAAACUCACAAUAAAACAUUGCCAUAUCUCCUAGAUGGAAUCUUUUACAUUGUGGGGGUUAAAAUCUUACCUUUCUCCAGCGCCGGGUGGAGAGCUCUCCUCCUCCUCUCCUCCUCCUCCUCGGCUGAAUGCGCAUGCGCGGCAGGAGCCGCACACGCAUUCAGCCAGUCUCAUAGGAAAGCAUUCAUAAUGCUUUCCUAUGGACGCUUGCAAGCGCCUCUAGCGGCUGUCAAGAGACAGCCACUAGAGGCUGGAUUAACCUAUUUAUAAACAUAGCAGUUUCUCUGAAACUGCUAUGUUUAUAAAAAAAAAAAAAAAAAGGGUUAACCCUAGCUCGACCUGGCACCCAGACCACUUCAUUAAGCUGAAGUGGUCUGGGUGUCUAUAGUGGUCCUUUAAAAAGGCAUCUGAAAGAGCAUUUGAAACAACUUGGGAAAUCCUUCUAACUGAACCUUCUCGUUACCUGAAUCAAGCCGCAAGUCAGAUUCUUUGUGUAGCAGCACUUAUGAUGGAGGCUGGCAUCACAUGUGUAGACUGUUUGAUAGAGAUUCUGGCCACUUUUUAUUAAUAACACAUUGAGAGAAAAAAAAGACCUAUAAUCAUCGGUACCUACUCAUGUGGGAGAAGUUUGGCAUGUAGACACAUUAAAUGAGGCUCUAAGACCAUUACUUCAAGUAACAACAAAGACACUUUCAACAUUAGAUUCUCCACAUUUUAUAGUAAGGGUAAAAGCAAGCUAAACAAAGCAUUUAUUUUUUAUUUUUUGAGUAAUAAAGAUGCUCGUACAGGUUAUGUCAGUUGUUGAUGAGCGGAUAAAGCUUAUAGAGAACAUCACUUGUGGGCUGACAUUGACAUUUCUAAGCUGUAAAGGGAAGAGAACAGGCUGAACUAUAAUUAAUAUUAAUCCUAGAGCUUGGUAACCGCUGGGUAUUGAGGUUUACGGCAACAGGAGGCAGCCCCCUCGAAGCUGGUAACAAACAUUGCAAUAUAACAUGGUACGUAGCUUGUAUCUGUAGGUUGGCUGGCUGAGAGGCUUAUUGCCGGAAUCUGUGGGUAUACGUGGGUGGUAGGUUGGGCAAAUUAAGUAAUGGGGGUGAGCUGUGUCUUAGGCGAUCUGUAGCCGUCGUUUGAGGCUGUUCAACCAGUGCCCACUAGUGACAGCUCGCCAAACCUGGGGGUCUAAUUGUCUAAUCAUUGGUCAGAGACAAUUUAGCUAGAUACAAGUGUGUAUCUAGACCUGAGAAAUUAUCAAGUAAUAUUAGAAACACUGUGGUAUGACACGUGUAAAGUAUGAUCAUCACAGUGUAGAAUAGUGGUUGAAAAAUAUUUGUCAGUGUGAAGAAUCAAUACUGGUCUUUAACUGGCAAGGCAAAAACUUUGGGUAUUAGUGUCGCUAGGCUUCAAGGACCACCCAGAGAGGCUGUGCCCGCACAAAUAAUAUAUAAGGCUAAACAUAACACAGAAACAAGGCAACAAGCUGAUAGAAAUAUGCUCAUCUGAUACUGUAAUAUCAUGACCGGUGCAGCUGGAGACCGUACUGCCACAGUUGUCUCGUGUGGCAAGCCUGAUGCCAAGGUCAGCCAAUCCCCCUCAGAGGUAAAUGUGUUAUACGACUUAGAGAUUCUCCACUUUUCUGCGUGUGAGGGUGCCACCAGCCCCAAGUGCCUGUGCGCUCCUGCUCCGUACCGACGAAGAAAUAACACAGUCCAGGGAUCAGUGCUUGUGGUCGGUGUUGCCAGCUUGUGAGCGGGGACUCUGCUCCCUUCUGUGCGCUGUUCAGGGAGGCAGCAUCGAGUUAAUAAGGUGGGUGUUUGGUAGUGUGCCGCAGUACGCUCGGAUGCCUGGUGAGUCAGACGGUAGUUCCGUCACCGUUGUGGAUGCAGCCGGGGGGCCUUCUGAUAUCAUAUAGGCGACAAGACUGCUGUAUCACUGGGUGAUCCUUCUGCUCAGACCUGGGACAGGGAGUCGUUGUCUCCUCCUUGUUCUCCAGUGUGGCAGGUGGAGCCGGGUGUUGGGGUCUGGUUUGUAUUCGCUUGACAUAUUUUUGUCGAAUUAGGCCUCAAAGCGCUGUCUCCAUUGCAGGACAUCAGGGUACUCUGGAGGCUGUGGAGGUUGCAUCGUGGGGGCCAUCUUGGGCACCACGUGCGAUGCUCCGCUUUUGAUUAUGCUGCUGGUGAGUAUUUUCCCCCAGCGGGGACCGGGAUCUCCCACACCGGUCCAAGGUGGGGGGGUUGCGGGGCUUCAAAAGUGUUGUCGCGUCCGGCCGACCUCGUGUCUGGGGAUCAGCGCCUCCCCUGAGUGCCAGGCUGCCUUUCACGCUAGGCCUCAUAUCCAGACUGCUGAGAUUUUGGCAGAAAUAAAUUUAUCUUUUUGCUCCUGAUCGUCUCCGCAUUAAGCCUCCUUAAUUACUGAGUAUUGGUUGCACGGAUUCAGGCUGUAAGAGGCUAUUUUUAGUUUAUCUGAGCUGGAGCUCUCAAAAAGCAUGUCUGGCCAUCUUGGCUGUCAGGCCCCGCCCCCCAUUAGAUCCUUUUUUUUUUUUAAAUUGUAACACAAGAGAAUUUACAUACUUCCUGGCAGAUGUGGGAUAAAAUAUGUAGACAAGACCAUUCAUCCUUUCAAGUAACGAAUUAUGGAACAUGUGAGAACUGUAAUAAACACUCCGGGACACUCCGAUCUCACGACAUGUCUCGACCCAACACGGUGGCUUCACUAUGGGUCUAUAUUUUUGUGGAAUUGAACAUGUCAAGUUAGAUCAGAGGAAAGGUAACCUAGAUCAGCUACUUCUCAAAAGAGAAUCUUUUCUGGAUUUACAAACUUAAAACCCUCAGCCCCUUGGACAAUAAUGAGAAUUUCUCAUAUACUUCUUUUAUUUCUUAGAAUCAUUCUGUGAUUUUUUUUUUUUUGGCAUGUUAAUAAUAUUCUUAAGAACAAUUACUGUACUUUUGUAGCGAAUUAGUCCUGUUAAUUCUCCCUCUUCUGUCCUGUUAUCUAUAUUUAUUUAGGUGUGUCUUAAAUUCUUGACUGGUAGAAUUUUAUUUGCCCACCCAGAGGGAGAGUCCUUGUUGUUAUGGUGCCAGGAAGCCUCCAGAUACACUCUUACGUAAGGGGAUUAAACCGUUUUCGGACGGUUUAACCCCUAGUUUGCCUCCAAUGCUGAUUUCAGCUCCCCCAAGCUCUUUCCGGCUUCUGAAAUUUCCCUUUCAGGAAGCGGAGAGUGGUGCCAGACAGGGGCGCCUCUGAUUGGUUGAGAGAGGUCAGUGACUUUCCAUUCACAAAGCUGGCUUGCAAAGAAACGUACCUUUUGCAAGCCAGUUUGGUGCAUUGAGAGUCAUUGAUUGGCUGAGAGCGCCAGAUGACUGCUCUCAGCCAAUCAGCCCCGCCAUUCCGCGCUUCCUGAAAGUGAAAUUUUAGAAGCUGGAUGCCGCCUUGGGGGGAGCUGAGCUUGGUGCUGGAGGCAACUUCGGGUUUAAACCGUUCUCGACAGUUUAACCUCUUCAGUUAAGGUUUAACCUCUGCAUUUAGAUGAAGGUGUUAUGGUGCCUAAACUGUUUGUUUAAGCCAAGUUAUUUAUAUCUAAACUAGCAUGGAUAUUUUUUUUUAUUUUUUUUAUAGUGAUUACACCUACAAGUGUUCUAUAACAGUUGGUUUGAGCUAGAAGGGUCUGGCAAGUGUCCAAUAUUUACAUAUUAACAUUCAAGUGAUCAGCCCUGUUGCCUGCAGUGACUUCUUUAUAGGUUCGUUACUGUGCAAUAAUUAGGCUAUAUCCCAUAACAAGCAAUCUAUUUCUUUACUCAAGCAGAUAUUAUUUUUUUUUGCAAUGAUUUAAUUUUGCAAGUGCAAAGCAUUGGGAUUAAAGGGACACUAUAGUCACCUGAACAACUUCAGCUUAGUGAAGUUGUUCAGGUGAGAACUAUAGCUCCCUGCAGCCUUUCUUAUGUAAACACUGUAUUUUCUGAGAAAAUACAGUGUUUACAUUGAAAGCUAGGAACACCUCCAGUUGCAGUCACUCAGAGUGAACCAGAGGGACUACCGAGUUGAUUGAGGCAUAAAACUCCUCAAUCCACUCAGAUCUGCUGUCAGCAGAGAACAGGGCAGCACUGUUUAUCCUCCCUCUGCAUGCAGACACUGAACUUUCCUCAUAGAGAUAAAUUGAUUCAAUUCAUCUCUAUGAGGAGAUUCUGAUUGUCCAGGGCUGUGUUUGAAUCAUGCUGGCUCUGCCCCUGAUCUGCCUCUUUGUCAGUCUCAGCCAAUCCUAUGGGGAAGCAUUGUGAUUGGAUCAGGCUACCACUUCUGAUGAUGUCAGCAGACUGCUUUUUGUUUGUUUUUUUGUUUUUUUAGGCAAACAGCAUGCAGAGUUACAGCUUCUGGCUUGAAUGCAGUAAGAUUUUUACUAUAUUUAUGGAGGCAUGAGGGGUCCAGGGGGGCUAGAUGGUGGUAACACUAUAGGGUCAGGAAUAAAUGUUUGUGUUCCUGACCCUAUAGUGUUCCUUUAAGGAAUGAUUUAUAUAUAUAUAUAUAUAUAUAUAUAUAUAUAUAUAUAUAGUUACAGUGUAACAUUUUAAUGCAUUCUAGGCUAACUGAUACAGUAUUCUUGUAUCUGUAGCCACUUGCCAUUGAGCGAAUCACUUAUUGUAUAAUCUUUUUCUUUAUUAUACUUUAGCUAUAUUGAGAUCGCUUCAGUCUUAUCACAUUAUAACUAUUUGUGCUUGUAUGUAUUUAUUCCUUCACAUUUAUAUUUUUUGUUGUUUCUCCCUAAGGGGAUGUCUUAAAGGUAGAUCUCAAAAUCCUUUUAGUUCUCUCUUAAAUAGGCAAUACAUUUUUUGGGUGCUUCCCGUUUCUCUGGGGGAACACUUUCCAAAUUUGUAUUUUUAGUGUUUUAUUUGAGUAUUAACCCCUUCUUAGGUAUUGAACAAAAAAGGAUAUAUAUAUAUAUAUAUAUAUAUAUAUAUAUAUAUAUAUACAUACAUAUAUACAUACACACACUGCCAAAGGAAUGGAAAAGUACAAACUAGAGGGAAUUGAGUGGUAUGCAGAAAACUAGGUGUGACCCUGGUGUACCUCACAAACACCAAAUAUAUAUACACACACAGAAAAAGCGGGAAAACACCCAGUAUAUGUAUAAUUGAUUGAAUAAAUACAACCUGGGAGGUGAACCAGGAUUGAGACAGUGAAUAGUGAAAUCUGUAAUAAUGAUAAAUAUCACAUAGCGUAAUCCAGUUUAAAUGAAAAAGAUUGUGUUAUAUAGGAGAUGCACUCCCUAUCAUUUUAACCCCUGGUGGGGUGAGAAGCCUCAUCUUCACCUGUGUUUGUGAGUGCAUCUCCUAUAUAACACAUAAUCUUUUUCGUUGAAACUGUAUUACGCUAUGUGAUAUUUAUCAUUAUUACAGAUUUCACGAUUUUCACUGUAUCAAUCCUGGUUCACCUCCCAGGUUGUAUUUAUUCAAUCAAUUAUAUAUAUAUAUUGCGUGUUUUCCCGCUUUCUCUCUGUCCUUGUUAGGUAUUGCCUGAUGCUCGUUUUAGAGUUUCACAUUUUUUGAAAAACAUCUCUUUCCUUUUAUGUAUAUUCUAUAUGUGGACUCUUUAAAAUAACUGUAACAACAUAAACAUUUUAUAGUGCAGAGCUUAACUGCUGGCUGAGAGUCAUAAGAAUAACUCAGGAGAGCUAACGAAAGCUACCAAGCAGUCUUCUGGCUGUCUGUAGCAACUAGUGGAGGAAGGAACAGACCACUGAAGUCAAACUGUUCUAAAACGGUUUCACGGCUUAGGGUGCCAGUGUACUUGUGGCACAAUAACUACUAAAGCUCGCUUUAGUGGUUAUGGUGUCUGGAGUAUUCAUUUAAAAUGAAAAGUAGUAAUUGUUCUAGAGUAAUUGCAUUCAAAUAUAUAUGAUAACAGUUCUACUUCUGCCGCCUCCCUACUUGGCUAUUGCAGUUGAUGAAAGCAGACUUGCAUUCACCUGAUAAUCAACAUAAACAUCCCAAAAUGCUUAGCAUGUAUGGGUACCUGCUAUGGCUGCCAUGUUUGUAGUUUUCACUUUUUUGUUUACAGCAUUGUGGUUGUAACUGCAAACGUAUUAUUUAGGUAAAAUGUACACAUUAAACAGCAGCAGUUAAUAAAUCUGAACUCUGGUAUAAGACAUUUCCAUAUCCCUUUACACACGUUCUAAUAAUCCAUAUUAAUACACACACCUAUAAACCCAAUCUACCUGCUUGCAUUCACAAACAAAUCACACGUUCUAAUCUGUGUUUUUUUUCUUCUUGUCUUUCAUCUGAAGGGCCUGUAUGAAUAUGUGCGUCCAAACUGGGAAAGCAGACCGCAUCCAAAUCCAGGAGAUGUGAACGUUAAAACCUUUGCGGUCGCAUAUGGAGUCGAUGUACCCCCCAUUCCUGGACAAAAUGUAAUCUGUCCAUCAGUCAUAAAACAAGAGGACACUGAGAUUCCCAGGUAAAAUAUUCUUUAUUUUCAAUUUUUGGCAUUUAACUGCUAGGAGUAAAACACAUACCUUUUUUUAUUUUUUUUUGCCUUUUCAUUUUCUAUUUUUACUGUGGUAUUUGGCUAUUGUAAACUUACCUGGGAUGGGUGUGAAAUUGCAUAGCGAGAAAGGCCAUGCAAUAACGAUUUCCUUUGCAAUAUAAACUACCAACACAGUUUAUCUAAAUUGACUUGUGUACCUAACCUCACAUCAAUACACACAGGUCAACUGUCAGUCAAAUUUGAGAAUAUCAUUUUUUUUAAUAUAAACCCAUUAAACUGUUAUACCUUACCUGAGUAUUGUGUUGCAAACUAUGGCAGUUGUCUAACAUGUUCAGCUGCUAGAGAGUGCUUUAUAGAUUUUCCUGUUCAUAAUUUGUAUCGACCUUCGGCCUGUUUGACUACUCUGCUUUUUGUACUCUUGACCAAGGAUUUUGUUUUGUUGCUUUCUUGAACCCUGACCGCGACAUGUUUUAUGGCUCUGUUUUACCUGCUUGCAGGAAUUCUUUAUUUACCUCCUACUCCUUGCCUUUAACCCGGCUUUUCUAAGGACCGUUAAUACGUUCUGUCCUCUUUCUCAUCUGUCACCGGUUCGCCUUUUGUUUUAUACCAAACCAUGAUAACUUUAAAAAAAUAGGAAUAGUUUUAUUUUUAUGAGUUAACAAAAUGCAAAGUGAGUGAACAGAAGCAAAAUCUAAAUCAAAUCAAAAUUUGGUACACUUAUAGUAAAACUGUUAUCAUUAAACAAUUAUACCAAACAGGUACAAUAAAUCUGUUAGAAAAACUUUGCAAAUGAUUUAUCUACAGAAGUAGACAUUAAAGUUUAUGGCACUUUUUGUAGAUACAUCAUAAGAAAAUCUUUUUCCUAACAGAUUUUGACAAUUUGAAUGCUCAGCAAAACAAAUUAAAUUGAGGCCAAGGUCAAGUUGAAGUUGAAACUGAAGACAGUUUAGUGCCAAAAUUCAUACAGCACUGCAGGAAUGCGCUCAGCAACAAGACGUAACAAAGUUAAACUGCAUCAGCAAGGUCUCUCCGAGGCAGAAAUUUCCAGGCAGGAGUUUCUAGAUGUGCUUCCCAAUCUCUUCUUAAAAAGCCCAAAUAAACGGCAAUGUUGAGGACUGUAAGCAAAGUGGUCAGCCAUGGAUACUUAGUGCAGCAGAUAAGACACAUCAUGUUUACUUAUUCUCUUCACAAUCAGAAGAUGUCCAGCAGUGCCACCAGCUGAGAACUGGCAGAAACCAGUGGGACCCUGGUACACACAUCUACUGUCCAGAGAAGUCUGGUCUGAAGUAAUCUUCAGAGAAGUCUUGUGUCCAGCCUUACCUCCAACUUGGCAGCAAGGCCAAACAACUCCACUAUGGACCAAAACACAGGAAACAGGGCACAGAAUAAUGGCAGUAGGUGCUCUGGACUGAUGAGUAAAAAUUAAAAUAUUUGACUUUAGCAGAAAGCUGUUUUUUCACCCAAAGGCUGUACAAGAAUGAGUGUCUGCAGACAUUUGGUAAGAAUUAAUGGUCUCCCCAUUGCUGAGAAGUACAGGCAGCUACAUUUAUUCUGCAGCAGGGCAACAACUCCAAACAUACAGCCAAAGCCAGUAAGAACUAUCUUCAGUGUAAAGAAGAACAAUAACUCCUGGACGUUAUGGCAUGUCCUAUUGCUGUUCCUUUUUUUUGCGUGCAACAUUUGGUACUUUGUUAUAUAUGGUCACAGAGUUUUACCACCUAGUAGAAAAAAAACCCUCAUAUAUUUUUAUAUGUAUUUAUAUAUGUAUAUAAGAUCGGUGUUUAAAGUGACCUUAUAUUUUUGUAUAAGAAAAAUUCUCAUUCAAAUUUCAACUUGUCUCACCACAAACCAGAAAGCUUUUCAAUGCAGUAUUGAUUAGAAAAGGAUGCUUGGUAAACAUCUGCUGUACCUGUGGUCUUACACAAAUGAGGGAUUAGGGUGUAUUCCCUAAAUAAUGCAUUUGAGCUUGAUAAAUGCAUACACAAAUGUAAUAAAGUGAAAAAAUGUGGCUAAUUAAAUUUUACCAGUGCAAAAAAACAAAACAAAACAGUGAAACCUAUUAGAAAACAAUGAUUAAUCCAUUCCAGUAAUUACACAGUGCAAACAUGCAAAACUGUUGAUUAUUAUAAAGUGCCAAAUGUGUGUAUAAACCAUACAAAACAUGCAACAACCAUCUAGAUAUAAUACACAUAAUCCAACUCGUUCUUUGUGACUUGCCAUCCGUAUGACCUUUAUUAAAUAUUAUUGUACAGAUGAUCUGUAUGAUUUUUACAAUUGUUUUUAAAGGUUAUAUUCAGAAAAUUGCAUUGAGGAAUGAUGAAUACUAAGUAUAACAACUUUUGCGCACCAUUUCUAUGCUUGAUAAACACAUCAUUUAUACAACGUCAAGCACGCUUACAAAACCAUUCCAAUUGUUUCACUUACAGUGUAAGUUCCACUUACAAGUGUACAGAGUUGUUGUGUUCUGUGGGAUAUAAUAUAUUGUUUAGUUAAAUAAAUACCACAUGUUAGGUCUACAAGAGAAGGCACCCUGUUUGUGAAUUUCCUUAUCAUUUAUUCAUGCAUUAAUCAUAUCAUCAGACACAUUUUUUUGUCAUUCUUUAUUUUUGUUGUGCAUAAAAUCAAGCCUAUAUAGCCACAACAGUGGUAACAAGCAUUAUAAUUUCAGACUUUGUCCUGUCUUUCGAGAGAACUGCACAUUUUAUAUAUGAAUAUAAACAAGAGUGAAUAUACAAAAAAACAGGAUAAUGUAGAAUUGGCUACUAGACAGAAUCUGUUAGACUGCAGAAUAUGCAUGACAGAAGCACAGACGUAAGUUGUUCGUCUGUCCCUGCCGUAAAAGAGCAGAGCCAAGACUAAUAUGUUAUUAUUAGUAGAAUAAAUCUGGCACACUAUGUUGAGGUAUACACACUAUGUUGGGACUCCUGUGUUUAUAUGUUAGGAGAGGAUUGGAACAUAGCAACUUCUACAGUGAGCAGUGUAAUUGAGCAGAGUGAUCUGAUGCGCAGCCUAGUGUGGAAAAAAAAAAUGCCCCUUGAUGAUAUGCACAGUAUUGAUUUACAUGAGAGGAGCUGGGGGGGUAUUGUGAAAAUUGGAGCUAGAGUAUCUGGGAUAUUCCUGGUCUCGGCCAUGUUUGGCCUUAGGUUUAGUGGUCAUGUCCCCAAUAUGAGGAUCAGCUAAAACAGAUUAGUGUCAUAUAUUUAAACCGUUAACUGAGGACAAAACUCAACACAGAGAAAAGUAUAAAAAGUGAAACAACAUAAAGGCAGGCAUUUCAGGUGGGCUUCAUCCCCGGUUACUCCAUGGGAAGCGGGGAGGAACUGGACUAUAUUGGCUGGGUUCCAGGUUGUGGAGGUAGAUGGAGCAGCAAGGCUGCUAGGACAGUGUCUAUCUCGGCGAUGUCUGUCACCUUAGGUUCAGUGUCUUGGUGCUGAAUGAGUAUAUGUGACGGUCCCCAGCAAUAUUUCACUCCCUUAGCUGUUAGUGUCACUGGCCGUGGCCAAAGGCACUUCCUCUAGAGCAGGGUAGUACGAGAGAGGUUUAGAAUAGAAUGACAAGUCCAUGUCUUCGAAUAGAUAGGGAUUCUUCCCCUUAGUGGCUUUCAUGAAGGCUGCUUUGUCUUGCCCGUUCUGGAAUUUAACCAGGAGGUCACCUGAGGGCAUUGAUCGCUUGGGCAGGCAGAACAUUCCGUCAAGCCGGUAUUCCCUUAGCUUAUCUGGGAGGUAGGAGUGCUGCAUGUAGCCUGUGGAUAAAGUGACACAAUUCAGCUGGAGAUACUCCAUCAGGUGGGUGAGAGUAGUGUGAACAGCACUCAGGACACCAUUGCUUCUGGUGCUCUUUGACCUGUGUUGUGAGUUUGAUCUGCUCCACUGCUGUGAGACGGGCAUUGAAUCCCCUGACGUCUUCCGUCACCUGAGCUAUCUCGGCGUAGAGCGUUUGGCGGAGAUCUGUGAUGAGAUUGGUGAGUAUCUCCAUGGUGACCGUGUGAGAGGAGCAAGUGGUCAGCUAUGGAGGCUUUGGAGGUCUUUUAUACCCUAGAAUUUCAUUUCUGUGUAGGCGGACAUCCUCCAUGUUAUCCGUUUAGUCCUCAAAGUCGGCUGCCAUGUUAUGUCUGCAGCAAGUCACCUAUGUCUGCUUAGAACCGUGGCCGAUCCAGUCGUGGCUUCUUAGUUUUUCUCACCAUCGGUGGGGUACUCUUACCGACAGUUUGUCGAGCUGUAAGAGGCUUUGUGGGGCUAUAUUUGAUGCCAGCUAGGAGAGCAGCAAUCAUAUGAGCAAUCUCUCUGAGUGCUAGCUCUGCCCCCCCAAUCAUCAUCAGACACAUUUUGCCAUCAACCUUUCUGAAAGGCUAUUCUCUCUCCAACUGGUUUUAAGACUAGCAAUAAAUCUUUAUGAUGAGCGCAAAUACACAUAAGUUUAAAGGCCAAAGGCCUGUAUUUGUGGGAGGAGUUAGCGUUCCUAUAAAAACCCACAUCCCCUGCUUACUUUUGCAGUACCAUUCAGUUAAUCUGUCUCCUGUAUACCUGCACUUCCGGUUCCAGCCUUCGUUCAAAUCUUCUGCCAAAUUCAGCUCCUUCAGGUCUCCUAGCAGUCCCGUUCACUGGGUUUUUCCCACGAAAUACGCAAAACAGAGAUCGCGAACUGUCAAAUGCUAGGAACCUUGAGUCUGAUAUUUCGCCAGGAGAGCCAUACCCGAUCACCCACUUGGUAAACAGGGUUGACACCACUCCUCUUAUCAGCAUGAAAUUUGAAACGAGCUUUAGCAGUUCCAAGAGCCGUGUGGCGCUUAGUCCAAGUCUCACAUGAACAUGCAAGAUUUUUAUCCAGAGCAGGAAUAGCAGUGUCGGAGAACACUGCAUGAAGAACAGUACGAUCACUACCGUUGUUGACAAAAAAAUGGAUUAUGUCCAGAUGAGUCAUGGGUAGCAAUUUUCCUGGCAAAUUCAGCCCAAGGUAGCAAGUCAGACCAAUUUUCCUGAGUGCCAUUAAUAAAACAUUGCAAAUAUAGUUCCAAUGACUGGUUGGCCCUUUAAGAUGCAUUUGAAGUAUUUUUUGAAAAGCGAUCAACCACCAAAAGGAUGGUGGUAUAGCCUUUAGAAACCGGGUGUUCCACAAUGAAGUCCAUUGACAAAUGAGACCAUGGAACACUGGGUAUAGGAAAUGGUUUUAAUAACCCACAUGGUAGUUUAUGGGGAACCUUAGAAACCGCAUAAACAGUACAAGCCUCCACAUACUCUCUGAUCUUUUCUAAGAGAAGGCCACCAAAAUGAUCUGGAGACAGCGGAUACAGUUUUAUUGAUACCGGGAUGUCCAGCCGUCACAUUAUCGUGGAACACUCUUAGUACCUCCUCUCUUUUUAGCAACGGAAUAAACAAUCUAUCUUAAAGGUUGCCUGAGACUGAGCCGCCAUGAUAGCACAAAGAAGAGGAGAAGACAAGGAAAGGACAGUAGAGGCUAUGAUACACUCAGGUAAAACAAUAGGGAAGGUCUCUUGUUCUGUCAAAUUCCUUAUAUAGGGCAUCAGCCUUAAUGUUCUUAGGACCUGGUCUGUACGUGAUGAUAAAGUUAAAGCAUGACAAGAACAAUGACCAUCUAGCUUGUCUAGAAGACAGGUUAGAAUCUCCAAUGUAUGCCAAGUUUUUGUGAUAAGUUAUGAUCAGGAGGCAGUGGCGUACACAUGACCCAUGGGGCCCUGGUGAGAAAAUUGAUCCGUGGGGCCCCCCCUACCCCCCGCGCGCAGGCCGGACCGCAACACAUGGCGGUGGGCCCCUGGUCGCAGGGGUUACAGGGCUGUGACCCUUGCGACCGCGGUAUGUACGCCAGUGCAUGCAGAUGCACACACACUUAAAGGACCACUACAGACACCCAGAUCAUAUCAGCUCAAUGAAGUUGUCUGGGUGUCAGGUCCCUCUAUUUUUAACCCUGCAGCUGAAAACAUAGCAGUUUCAGAGAAACUGCUAUGUUUCACUGAAGGUUAAUCCAGCCUCUAGUGGCUGUCUCACUGACAGCCGCUAGAGGAGCACACUGAACGUCCAUAGGAAAGCAUUGAGUAAUGCUUUCCUAUGGGCGGUUUGAAUGCGUGCGCGGUCGCAUUCGGAGCUGAGAGGCUGAGGGAUCCCCAGCGCCAAGGGAGUCCGGCGCUGGAGAAAGGUAAGUGCUGAAGACACACACACACUCUCACUUACAGACGCAUACACACUAGCUAACAGACACACAUUUACUGACAGAGACACACUCAGCGACAGACAUACAUACACACUCACUUACAAAACAUACUCUCAUUGACAAAUACACACUCACUAACAGACAUCAAACAGACUCCCUAACACACACACACACUCACUGACCCUCACUAGCAGACACACACUCUAACACUCACUCUAACACUCACACUAACACUCACUAGCAGACACACACACUCACUCUAACACACUCACACUCUAACACUCACACACACUCUCACACUAACCCAUGUUUUUUUUUUUGUUUUUUUUUAUGUAAUCCUCCCAGCCUCCUUACCUUUUGGAGUGCUGGGGGGAUUCCCUGGAGUCCAGUGGUGCUGCUGGGCUCCUGGGCGGGUGGCCAGGCGGGCGCGCGAGGGAACACUCAGUGCUUCCUCUUCAGCUCCCUCGCACGCCGCGUAGGGAUGUCGGCGCCGGAAGAUGACGUCAUCUUCCGGCUCUGGUAUCAGUGCGGUGCGCGAGGCAGCUGAAGAGGAAGCGCUGAGUGUUCCCUCGCGCGCCCGUCUGCCCGACCGGCCACCCGCCUGCCGGGUGUCAGCAGGGCCAGCCUCGGGGGGCCCUGGGGAAGAGGCUGGCUCUGUGGGUACAUACCGGGUUGCAGGGGCGGCCGGGCCCCCUGGUGGGCCGGGCCCGGUCGCAGCCGCGACCCUGAUCUGUACGCCACUGUCAGGAGGGGAUCCUUGGAACCUACCAAAAGAUGACACCAUUCUUUCAGAGCUAGUACAAUAGCCAACAAUUCUCUAUUACCCAUCAGGGGGUGACAACCAUGACGGUUCUUUCUGCACACAUAGAUAGAGAAUAUCGCUAUCUAUGUGUGCAGCCGCGGGCUCCCUGUUACCGCAGAGGAGGCCCAGGCAGCACACUGCUUCUCCUCUCUUCUAAUAACUCUCGCGAGACCCGGUUACCAUGGCAACGCUCAGCGGGUCUCGCGAGAGUUAUUAGAAGAGAAGAGGAGAAGCAGUGUGCUGCCUGAGCCCCCUCUGAGGUAACAGGGAGCCGGGGGGACCACAAGGGAUCAUGGAAUCAACCCCCUCCCUGGACACAGGGAGGGGGGAAUUACAUCUAAUUAAAUUUAAUAAAAAAUUAAUGUGAAAAAUGACCCUUCCUCCCCCUCCCCCCCAGAUUGCACAUUUACACUGCAUACACUAACACAACACACACACACUGCAUACAACACAACAUACACUAACACAACACACACACUGCAUACACUAACGCAACACACACACACACUGCAUACACUAACACCACACACUGCAUACACUAACACAACACACACACACACAGCGCAUACACUAACACAACACACACUGCAUACACCAACACAACACACACUCUGCAUACACCAACACAACACACACUCUGCAUACACCAACACAACACACACUCUGCAUACACCAACACAACACACACUCUGCAUACACUAACACAAGACACACACACUGCAUACACUAACACAACACACUGCAUACACCACAAGACACACUACAUACACUAACACAACACACACAGUGCAUAUACUGACACAACACACACACACAUUGCAUACACUACACACUAACACACUCACUGCAUCCACUGUACUGACACACACUCUGCAUUCGCUACACACUAACACUCACACUCUGCAUCCGCUACACACUAACACACACUCUGCAUCUGCUACACACUAACACACUCUGCAUCCGCUACACACUAACACUCUGCAUUCACUACACUAACACACACACACUCUGCAUCUGCUACACACUAACACACACUCUGCAUUCAUUACACAAUAACACACACUCUGCAUUCAUUACAUACUAACACACACUCUGCAUUCAUUACACACCAACACACACUCUGCAUUAACUGUACACACAGCAUCCACUACACAAACAUCCUGUAUUCACAGUACACACACUACACCCACCACAAAUUGAAACACUCUGCAUUCACUAUGCACAGACACUGCAUCCACUAAACACAUUUCAUCUAGUAUAUACAAAAACUACAUCCACUACAUCACUGUACACACACUCAAUCAAGAACAGCACUGGCCUAAUAGGCCAAAACAUAGCCAUCACAGUGCAUCUACAUGGAGGAAAGGAGCAUCCUGCCCAUUACAAAUAACUUGUGGAAGAAUGAAUAGCACACUGUCCUAAAUCCAACAUCUGCCAACUAACUUCUUCAUCCGAGACAGAGUUUUUGAAGGAUAAGGUCAGGACAACCUGAACAUUAAGGUGAAACAAAGCCACAAACUCAAAUUCCAAAUUACAGUCAGAAUUAAAUGCCAAAAAAAAGUUCUCUGAAAGAAAUAGAGGAUAACGCUUCUAAAAUCAAGGUCUUAAAGGGACACUUCAGACUUUUAAAACACUUAAAAGAGCACUAUAGUGCAAGGAAAACAAACCCGUUUUCCUGGCACUAUGGGGUUAUUAGGUAGCCCCCUCCCGCUGGGUUGAAGGGAUUAAAACCCCUUCAGCCUCUUACCUUAAUCCAGCGCCGGGCUCCCUCGGCGCUGGUGACCUCUCCUCCCUCGCCGACGUCGGCUCCCGAGUCUCAGGGAGGCAGUCACUAGAGGCUGGAUUAACCCUCAAUGUAAUUUCAGAGAAACUCCUAUGUUUUCAGCUGCAGGGUUAAAACUAGGGGGACCUAGCACUCAGACCACUUCAUUAAGCUGAAGUGGUCCGGGUGCCUAUAGUGGUCCUUUAAGCUUUCUGGAAUGCUUUAUGUGUGAUGUCUUUUUUAUUUCUUCAUUUUACAAAAAGUGCAGAUUUCAAUAGAAAUUUACACUUUUAUAAAUUAACCUGGUUACACAGCCUUGACUUUCAAGCAGACUACAGGUAAUGUUGCUAACUGGUUUGGUUAGCUCAAUAGAGCUAAACCCAGGAGGCAGCAAUGGCUCAGAGCACCUACUUUCCAAAUACCUCUCAUUGAGCUGUAUUAGGCAGUCUGUGAUUGGACAGACACAGAGAGUUCACAAACCAAAGUGCAAUUAGUGCAAAUGAAAUAUUAGCAGACAAACUUUCCUGUAUAAGGUGAAGCUUCCAAGGGUAGACCGAAGACUUCCUCCUGUCUUCCAUGAAAUAUAUAUACAAAAUUUGGAGAGUAUCUGCUAAACCAAUAUAAAAGAAGAAGACAUUGCAUAUAACUGUGGACAAUGUGCCACACACAUUCUAAUCCCAAAUGGCUACUCACCCUUUCAAUGAGGUAAUAAAGCCUUGUACAUAGUCUUCCGAAUAGCCUUCAUAGUCACCACAAUAUGUUCAGAUCACCAUGUGUUGGCUGGAGCACAUAUACUCAAAAAAAGAGAUAACAUUGUUGUGCAAAAUUGAGUGUGUAGUAAAAUAAUUUAUUCACAUAUAUGUAUUAAAAACAGUGGAUGUAGUUGAUCAGAAUCACCACUAGGCGUCCUACACGUUUCGUCCGAAUGAAGGACUUCCUCAGGGACUUAAAAAAAAUAAAUAAAAAAAAAUUAUUCUAUAGAAUGCAAUUCCCAGAUUUUACUAGUAACAUGACGUAAAGUCAUGAUUUUAUUAAAGACACGGAGGCGAGUAUUAUGCAUAACUCUUUCUUUAUUUCCUCAGCAGCAAAGAAAGAGAAAUAUAAAUAUUAUCAAAACUGAAGAAAAAACGGUAUAGGCACAACAGGUAGCCAAUCACAGGAUAUAGGAAGUAGCUAUAUAAGUCCUGUGUCUCCCACAAUCCCCCUCUUUCUUGCGAACCGAAGACCAGGUAAGAUGAACGAUGUCCCACUUGAUCGAAACAGGGUAACAGGAAACGAUGCGAUAACUUCAAGCUAAAAAAGAUAGAGAAAUAUGGUAAUUUCUUAACUCACAACUGCAGACUUACCAAACAUAACCUCGGGGAGUCACAGGCAAAACUGAGUUCUGAAAUAUAAAAUAUCAGAAUUAGUAAACGACACAAAAGUACAAAAAACCAUACAAAAAGACGUAAAAUUAAACUGAUAUAAAAUACAGACCCAAUGGAAACAUACCUGUAGAGCCACCAAGCAUCUCCUAUCCCAAAUCCACGCCGGGAGGGCGGGAGGGAAUAAUACUCGCCUCCGUGUCUUUAAUAAAAUCAUGACUUUACGUCAUGUUACUAGUAAAAUCUGGGAAUUUUAUUAAAGACACGGAGGCUCAUAUUAUGCAAGUUCAAAGCUGCGCCACCACACGAGAUGUGCUCAAUUGGUCUGAAGUAGAAGUUUCGGAAGGUCCAGAAGGAGAUCUUGGAAUAUCGGAACCAAUCGAGGGUAGUCUAUGGACAAUUCCAUCAGGCGAGGGAGCCAUGGUCGAGACCUCCAUAGAGGGGUGAUUAACGCCAUCCGACAAUCGUGGCGGACCAAUUUCGAAAUCGUGCGUGCGAUCAUGUUGAAUGGGGGAAAAGCGUACACCAGACCUGGUGGCCAUUCUUGAAGAAAGGCAUCCGUCGCCACUGCAGCCAGGUCCGGCCUCCAACUGUAGAACCUCGGUAGCUGAGUGUUCAGGCGUGAUGCGAAUACAGGGAGUGCAGAAUUAUUAGGCAAAUGAGUAUUUUGACCACAUCAUCCUCUUUAUGCAUGUUGUCUUACUCCAAGCUGUAUAGGCUCGAAAGCCUACUACCAAUUAAGCAUAUUAGGUGAUGUGCAUCUCUGUAAUGAGAAGGGGUGUGGUCUAAUGACAUCAACACCCUAUAUCAGGUGUGCAUAAUUAUUAGGCAACUUCCUUUCCUUUGGCAAAAUGGGUCAAAAGAAGGACUUGACAGGCUCAGAAAAGUCAAAAAUAGUGAGAUAUCUUGCAGAGGGAUGCAGCACUCUUAAAAUUGCAAAGCUUCUGAAGCGUGAUCAUCGAACAAUCAAGCGUUUCAUUCAAAAUAGUCAACAGGGUCGCAAGAAGCGUGUGGAAAAACCAAGGCGCAAAAUAACUGCCCAUGAACUGAGAAAAGUCAAGCGUGCAGCUGCCACGAUGCCACUUGCCACCAGUUUGGCCAUAUUUCAGAGCUGCAACAUCACUGGAGUGCCCAAAAGCACAAGGUGUGCAAUACUCAGAGACAUGGCCAAGGUAAGAAAGGCUGAAAGACGACCACCACUGAACAAGACACACAAGCUGAAACGUCAAGACUGGGCCAAGAAAUAUCUCAAGACUGAUUUUUCUAAGGUUUUAUGGACUGAUGAAAUGAGAGUGAGUCUUGAUGGGCCAGAUGGAUGGGCCCGUGGCUGGAUUGGUAAAGGGCAGAGAGCUCCAGUCCGACUCAGACGCCAGCAAGGUGGAGGUGGAGUACUGGUUUGGGCUGGUAUCAUCAAAGAUGAGCUUGUGGGGCCUUUUCGGGUUGAGGAUGGAGUCAAGCUCAACUCCCAGUCCUACUGCCAGUUCCUGGAAGACACCUUCUUCAAGCAGUGGUACAGGAAGAAGUCUGCAUCCUUCAAGAAAAACAUGAUUUUCAUGCAGGACAAUGCUCCAUCACACGCGUCCAAGUACUCCACAGCGUGGCUGGCAAGAAAGGGUAUAAAAGAAGAAAAUCUAAUGACAUGGCCUCCUUGUUCACCUGAUCUGAACCCCAUUGAGAACCUGUGGUCCAUCAUCAAAUGUGAGAUUUACAAGGAGGGAAAACAGUACACCUCUCUGAACAGUGUCUGGGAGGCUGUGGUUGCUGCUGCACGCAAUGUUGAUGGUGAACAGAUCAAAACACUGACAGAAUCCAUGGAUGGCAGGCUUUUGAGUGUCCUUGCAAAGAAAGGUGGCUAUAUUGGUCACUGAUUUGUUUUUGUUUUGUUUUUGAAUGUCAGAAAUGUAUAUUUGUGAAUGUUGAGAUGUUAUAUUGGUUUCACUGGUAAUAAUAAAUAAUUGAAAUGGGUAUAUAUUUGUUUUUUGUUAAGUUGCCUAAUAAUUAUGCACAGUAAUAGUCACCUGCACACACAGAUAUCCCCCUAACAUAGCUAUAACUAAAAACAAACUAAAAACUACUUCCAAAAAUAUUCAGCUUUGAUAUUAAUGAGUUUUUUGAGUUCAUUGAGAACAUGGUUGUUGUUCAAUAAUAAAAUUAAUCCUCAAAAAUACAACUUGCCUAAUAAUUCUGCACUCGCUGUAGGUCCAACUGGAACCGGCCCCACAACCUGUUCAGGCUCUGGAACACUGAGGCGUGUAGACGCCAGUCCCCAGAGUCUCUUAAGUGUCUGGAAUUCCAAUCCGCCCCCGACUUGUUCAGACCUGGGAUGUGUUCCGCCGUCACCGAGACGUUGUUGUAGAGGCAGAACUGCCAGAAAUCUUUCGCCAGAACUGCCAACAUUUUGGACUUCGUACCCCCUAGGUGAUUUAUGUAACGAACUGCCGAUACGUUGUCCAUUUUGAGGAGAACGCAGCAAUUCGCCCUCCCUGGGGCAAGACUGCGGAUCGCGAAGGUACCUGCCAGGAGUUCCAAGCAGUUGAUGUGCAACGACUUCUCUGUGUCGGACCACCUGCCACCUGUGGAAACGUCGCCACAACGAGCGCCCCAGCCGUGUAAGCUGGCAUCGGACUCUAUCACCACAUCCGGGGCGGAACCGAAGAUGGCUCUUCCGUUCCAUGCCUCCAUGUGCGCCAACCACCACACUAGCUCGUCCCUGGACUCCGCGUCUAGCAUUAUCCGAGAUUCGUAGGAAUGACCUGAGCGAAGGUGCAAUCCUUUGAGCCGUUGGAGCGCCCGGUAGUGCAGCGGGCCCGGGAAGAUCGCUUGAAUAGAGGCCGCGAGAAGGCCGAUAAUCCUCGCCAGCUGUCUGACUGACAAGUCUGGGACACGGAGGGCCCUCCGAAUUUCCUUCUGGAUGGCUUUCACCUUGGCAUUCGGAAGGAACAGAAACUGCCGGAUGGAAUCCACCUGAAAACCCAGAAACUCUAUGGACUGGGCAGGGAUCAGGACCGAUUUGCUCCAAUUGAUCAGAAAUCCCAAUUUCUGCAGAAGGCCGGUCGUCCAUCCUAGGUGUGUGAGGAGAUCCUCUCGUGACUGGGAUAAAAUCAGGAUAUCGUCCAGGUAGAUAAUGAGGCGAACCCCCCGGGUUCGGAGGAAUGCUACUAUGGGCUUCAUGAGCUUGGUGAAGCACCAAGGGGCCGAGGAGAGACCGAAAGGCAGGCAGGUGAAGCGCCAGCGACGCCCGUGCCAGGUGAAGUGGAGAUAAUCCCUGAACUCCAAAGCGAUGGGGACCGUAAAGUAGGCGUCCUUCAGGUCCAGCUUGGCCAACCAGUCUGACUGGCGUAGAAGGUCUCUGAGGCAAUGUAUACCUUCCAUCUGGAAGUGUUGGUAGCGUAGAAAGGCGUUGAGUGGGCGAAGAUUUAUUACAGGGCGAACCCCGCCCCCUUUCUUGGGCACCAGAAACAAAUUGCUCGUAAAGCCUGGGGUGGCGAACGGCAAUUCCUCUAUAGCGCCCUUGGACAACAUCUCCAAGACCUCCGUGGAAAUCAUCUCGUCCUGCUCCGGAGGGAGAGACAGUUUUCUGGGGGAAUAAAACUGGACAGGCAUGGAAAAAAACUCCAGACGAAAGCCCCUUACACAUUGCAUAACCCAAGCAUCUGAGGUCAUCUUUGCCCACUUUUGACAAAACAAGGCCAGCCUCCCCGCCACCUGAACUUGAGUGUGAGGGAAAGAAAGGGUACUCACCGUAAGGACGUCUUCCGGGGGUACCACCGCGGGGGUAUCUGGAGCCCCAGGUCCGACCUCUGGCCGGGAAGAAGGGAGGGGUCCUCUGGUCCUGAAAUCCUCUCGAGGGAAAAAAGGAACCUCUGGUUGCGCGGAAUGCGCCUCGGAAACCACGGCCGGGCGGACGGUUCCUACUACGCCCGGCCCCUCCGAAAACCUUGGGCGCGAACACACGCUUCAUGUUCGCUUGCGCUUUGUCAAUUGCUGUGAAGGUCUUGACAUAAGAACCCAUAUCCUUAACAAAGGAGGUGCCAAACAGCAGACCCUCAUCAGUCGGAUCAGGCUCCGCCACGGUCAUAGCGGCCAAUUUAGGGUCGAUCUUUAAGAGUAUCGCCUUACGUCUCUGUAGACAUGGCCGUAUUGGCGUUCCCCAGUAAGCAUAUGGCCCGUUGGACCUAACCAAUGGCCACAUCCACAUCCAGAAUGGAAUCCCCGGUUCUGGCAGCAUCAAGGAGCUCGUAGAGCUUAGAAAGGGGCCCCAGGGUAUCCAGGAUCUUGUCCUGGCAGCUUUUUAGGGAGUGGUCAAGGCCCUUCUUGGGUUUCCAGCCUGACUUAUUCAGGAACUGUGCAAUUUGUGGGUCAAUGUCCGGGGUCUUGCAAGCAGCGCCCGGGAGGGACGGGCGUGGGCACUCGGUGCGCAGUUUAUUGCGGCCUUCCCUAGAAAGUGGCGUGCGGAUGCGCUUAGCCACGUAUUGGGCAAUAUGAUCCGGGGGAACCCACUCGGCGGACCGGGGGUGACGUAGGUCGUCUGGAUCAAAUAGGGGGUUACCUUGCGGGUCAAGGAUCGAGGUGUCAACCCCAGAGGGGCCAAGUGAGGGGCCCCGGGCCUUGGCGGAGGACCGCGAGGGGUUCACGCCCGUAAGGGGCAAAUCCUCGCCAGAGUCAUCAUUGUCAAAGGAGUCGUACUCCAUAACGUCGGACUCAUCCUCCACACUCCGGUCGGUAUCCGACCCACCAUCAGGGGCUCUAGCCCUUUUCCACAGUCUAGCCUUUUUAGCCCGGCCAGGGGCUCUUUUGCGCGUGGGAUGCGCGCUGAGACCGCCUCUAGCGUGUCAGUCAUGGCAGGUAGAACCUGCAUCGAGGAGUGGGAGCCGACAUGUUUAGAUUUGGCCCUUGCCUUACGGGCUCCAGGCACGGUAUGAGCAGGGGAAGGGGCGGGGGUGGCCAGAGCAGGCAAAACUAGAGAGUGCAGGGAUUGGGAAAAGGUAGAAAAGACAGCUCCCAUGGCUGAGGUAAUAGCCUUUUGUAUGGAGGAAGCCAUAGUGGCCUAUAACAUGGCUUGAAACUCCUGGGAGGCCAUGGCACCAUCAGCACUGUCCAAUUGGAAGUCCCCUGGGGGACCAACAGGCCCAUCACCCCUAUCCUGCAUACUAGUGCUAAUGUAGGACAGGCAGCAACAAACUGACUAAAAAUUAAUUAAAACUAAAUAAAACUAAAUAAGACUAGAUACCAAAGAAAUCUAUCUGGAGAGGGAGAUGGGAGGGUUGAGUAACCCACAACAAACAACAAUUACUGACACAGUCCGGCUGGUGUUCCCAGGGAGCAGGGCAACGAGGUGACCGGCCGCACGGCAGCACUGGGAGGAACAAGGACCGCCCCAAAAUGGCCUCCGCACGAGAGGGAAGGCACACGCGGCAAGCACUCGGCGGGGGAAGGGGCUCGUGCACCCGACCCGCCGUGCCGGCUCGUGAGCGGGGAAAAGAGCGCGCACACUACCGCGGUCGUGAGGAGAGGGCGGCCGUGGCAGACAGCAACGCCGGGUCCCGUGCAGAAGGGGGGGGGAGGGGUGAGGAAAAAAGGGACCACCCGGACGGGGCAGUGAACACCUGCGGGCCCAAGGGAAACACCAGCCGCAAGGAAAAGAAUAGUAUGCUAAGCAUACCAAAUAAACACACUGUAAAAUAAACAAUGUAAUAUAAUAAAAUGCAACCACAAUAUAAGAUAGAGAGAGCAGAAAAAACACUUAUCUGUCUGAGGAAGCAGCAAAGAAAGAGGGGGAUUGUGGGAGACACAGGACUUAUAUAGCUACUUCCUAUAUCCUGUGAUUGGCUACCUGUUGUGCCUAUACCGUUUUUUCUUCAGUUUUGAUAAUAUUUAUAUUUCUCUUUCUUUGCUGCUGAGGAAAUAAAGAAAGAGUUAUGCAUAAUAUGAGCCUCCGUGUCUUUAAUAAAAUCUAUGUGUACAGAUAACAUUUUAGAACCACAAUGGAUGUAGAGAGAAACAGAACUUUUUAAAUGCAUGCAGUCUAUUUCACUGUUCCCAUCAAAUAAUUUGUAUGAUAUAUAUAAUGGGACAAAAACUAUUCUUCCUAAUUCUGAAAAUGCCACAGAAAAGAUAUAUAUUACUCUUGCAGAUAUCACUCAUCAAGGUCAAAUAGAUUAAUUCUCCAAUAUUAUUUCAAAAUAACAAAUAAAGAAAUAUUCACGUUUGAGAAUCAAAAACUUUUUAAUUAAUACCUUAUUAAAACAUACAGCAAUAGCUCAUAAACUUAUGGAAACAAAUGUUCGUGUAUGUAAAUCCAUAGCAAUAUAAAAUACAAGAGAUUUUUUAUCGAUGAUUGAAAAUAAUUUGAAAGUAUGAUUCUAUUUGUUUACCUUGCAAAACGUACAACAGAUAACUCUAUUAGAUAAAUAUAAUAAAUAACUCCUGAUCUGUAUUUUUUUAAACUAGUGUUUGUUUUGUGUCUAAGUGAGUUAAUGUCCUUGUUGUAGGCUAUGCUUAUAUAUUUAGAUGCUGAUUAAAGAAAUGGAAUAUGAAUAAGAAUAUCUAAAUGUAUUAUUGUAUGCUAUGAUGUAUAAACCUAUCAUGUUUUGUGAUGUUUUUGUACAAUAUAUGAAAAUAAAGAAUAUAUAUAUAUAUAGACCUUUAUUUCAAGGAAAAUGUAUAAAAAAAAUCUUUAUUUCUAAAAAUAAAGACCUUUAGUUCUAAAAAAAAAAAAAAGUGCACUGUUUACAUUAACAUGCAAAUGUGCUAAUCCUCUCAAAAACAACUGUAUCCAAGUUAAGUCAACAAGGUUGUAAUGUUUUUUUACUGAUUUAUCCGGAAGGUUUCCCUUUGUGAAUGUCUUUUAAUUCUGUUACCCCCUCUCCAAUGAGGAUUGAUAUGUUCAAUGCCCAUAAAAUAGAAAUCUUGCCAAUUAAACCUUCUGCAACUAUUGCAGUGUAUCGAUAGUAUAUGUUUAUUGCAGAAUUUUCUGAUGUUGUUUUGGUGUUCUAGGAUUCCUUCUUUUAAUUUCCUACAAGUUCUUUUGGAGACGUUGUAUCAUAAUAACUUUGAAAAUAUUCAAUAAAAAACAGUUGGCAAACAAGCUAAUUUUUUUUCGAUAUAUUUCACGCACUUGUAUUGCACUCUCUUCUGCUGUCAAAUUUUCACUAAUUCUUGCAGAUGUUUUCUUCUGUUAUACAGCAUACGAAUACUAGAUUUGAGAUUUCAGUUUGCUUGGAAAAAAAUUGUCUGUGAAUUAAAAUAAAUAAUGAAACUGGUUCACGGUGUUAAACCACUGUAGUAAUUUCAACAUGUUUAUUCUGCAUAGCGUAAAGUUUGGGUAGUUCAAAGUAAAUUACAUAAUUUAGGACAAAAUAGCCAAGGUUUAGUGAAUAAUCUUGAUGGACUUUGAAAUGAGAGACUUGAAGCCCAGCUAUGGACUAUGGUCCUAAGUGUGCUUCCUUCCCCAGAGGUUCGGGAACCCGUUUUGGAAACAGAGACUAUGCCGCUACAUGAAAAAUAUUGUAAAAGAUUGAUAGAUUGAUCCUUGUACGGAAAGUAUUACGAAUAAGGGUUGGUUAGUGUGGGCCACCCAGGGCAUAACCCUUAAAAUUAUAAAUGAAUCAAAAGUAAGGGAAAUCCCUAUUGAGAGAUCCCUAAUAUGGUAUUUGAGUAAACAUAAGGUAACUGUUUGGAAUACACUAAACAGUAAAUAGUGUGUUUGCUGCCACAUGUGGUUACCAGAUCGGAGAAUAGCCAAGACUAAAACUUUAACAUGCUAUAACUUUGGCACGGAUUCUCUGAUCAGGGUUCUGUUUGGACAGGGAGGGCGCUUGGUAAUGAGCUUUCCAGGGAUAUAUAUAUAUUGUGUGGGGUGCGAUCAACGGAAAUAGUACUCUGGUGGUAAUUUUGAGUGCUGUGCCUUGAGGACUGUGGGAGCACAGCAGAGAUCCAAUUGAGUUGGCUCGGGAUAAUGUGAUUAAGCCCCCAGGAAAAGUGGCCCCAGAUAGGGACAUCUGUCCUGUACAUUAAUUUUGCAUGAAAGAUCCCCUGCUGGGAGUAUCAACAUUGUGGUGUAUAAUUAGCUGUGGGCUCUGUAAUAAAAUGCCAUUUUACUACCUUCAUUGACUUGUCUGUUAGGGGAAAGGCUAUAGUGUCUGCUUUGCAGGAGAUAAGAUUUCCUAAGCUAAAAUCACUGCGGCUUAGUCCGGUGGAAGAGGUCCUCAAACACCACAGUCCAGCUUUGGCAACUGGGUCUGAAGUUCUCCAGAGUCCCUGCUUACCCACAGGCUACUGGCCAAGUCUUCUUCUCUUAUGGGCACAUAGAUCUACACAUCCAAAUGCUUGUGCACAUGAACAUACACAUGCUGUGACACAAAUACACACAGCUAGACACACUCAGCUACACACUUCCAUACAGAUUAAAUAAGAGCGCUGAUUUAGACCUUCCAAUACAGGUUAAAGAGAAGUCCUGUAACUCAGAUAUACCUCUCUAUUCCAAGACUGUUGCAGUCAAACAAAAAGGAUGGCCGUUGGCUACGAGAAAAUAGUUAGGGUGCCAGAAAUGGCCUGGUGCUGGUAGUGGGAGACCCCUGAAGUAUACAAUAAAUAAAUUGUCUAGCCAUGAGUUUAUUUUUUUUUUCACUUGGGAUCGCUUAUUAAAUCUAUAUGUUUUUCUUCUUCAGCGUUGACAGGACUUACAAACUGUAUUAUGGUGGAGCACAAAAACGCCCAGAUGGUAUGUACUCGCGCCCCAUAUGUGGACCAAAUGGUGAAGUCCUUGCCUAUGUGGCUGACGGUAAUCGGAAAGAUGUGCGCAAUGCAGUGGAAGCGGCUCACAAGGCAGCACCAGGGUAAGCAAUUCAGAUUGCUCCAUAUCUCAAGUAAUUCUCUCGAUUAGAAUCUCCUAGACUGGGGUUCAGAAUUUCCACUUGCUUUUUCGCAUUAUGAAAGGAGAAAUUGUGCCUUGAUGAGCGAGUUUGAAAUCUCUGACUCCAGAGUUUGGUGGUCCCAGCUGGUUGUUGCGUGUACUGCAACAACCAGCUGGGAGUCAGAGCUUAAGAUAUCGACUCCUCUCCCCAGCAGUUUGCACAGUGCUAAAUGCAGAAUGGGUUCCAGGCUGAAUCUGUGACAUGCAGGGUUAGAUUACACUGACUGUCCCUUCCAGGCCUUACCUUCACAGCACAGCAAUCUGUCACCAGUCUAUUGCAGCUGCCCUAUUAUAGAAUAGUGCUCUCUAAGAAGAUUCCCACAGUGUUUAUCACUCUGGGAGCCACCGGUGAUGUGAACACUUUAUACAAAUUGUAAGCUGACCUCUCAGGAGAAAAACUAGCCUGCAAACAUCAGUGAAGAAGGAAAACUACAUUUACAAGGGAAAUAAAAAAUUGUGUAAAUUACACCAAAGUGAAUACAUACAAAAGCAUAUAACCUAUGUAUAAUUAUGUUUAAUAUACAAAAUGACAGAUCAAUAUCUGGAAAAGAAAGUUUAUAUAGUAGAGUACAAUCGAUCAAACAGGUGGAUCGGGUUAGUGGAGAACUCAAAUAGACAAAUGAUGCAGGCCUGUCUCCCUCACAGGAAGGGUAAUAUCUUGGAUGUGUGCGAUCUGGGAUCCGUGACAAAGUCCCACAGAUGAAACGCAUAGUAUUGUUUUCUUUAUUGACUUUUGUGUUUCAACUAGUCUUAAGGGCAUUUAUGGUGGUAAAUUGGGAUUUCAUCUUAAUUCAUGGAUAUGCUGCCAUACCAUCUGACUUCUUGUAAAUGUAUUACUGUACCAAUACAUUUGUAAGUUUUAUACCAUCUGCACUAUCUACUUUAUUCUCUUAUCCUUUGAGUGGCUAAGAAGAGUUAUUCUGAAGACUGCAAGCACACAUCCCAGAUAUUGCCCUUCCUGCGAGAGAUACAGGCCUGCAUUAUCAUUCGUCUAGUGAGUUCUCUACUACCCCCACCCACCCCUUUGUAUAUUGAAUGUAUUCAUACCCAGCUUUAAUGCUUUUGUAUGUAUUCACUUUGGUGUAAUUUACACACGUUUUAUUUCCCUUUUUGUUUUUUUUGUGGGUUUUUUUCAGUACUUUGAGUGUUUAGUAGUGGAAACACUUUCUAAAUGGGUUCUAAUAUGUUGUUUUUGAGCAUAUAGUGAUAUAUUUCUGUUUUUUAGAACAUGCUAAUGUGACCAACUAGUGAAGAGGGUCAGCUAUAUCGCAGCCAAACUUUUCAGCUAUAUCGCAGCCAAACUUUUCAGAUAUAUCGCAGCCAAACUUUUCAAAACUUCCUGAUGAAGGCUGUUAGAUCGAAUAACACAUUGAGAAAGAAAGACGUCAAACUUAUUUGAGGUGGUGAGAAACACCUUGAAGUCUAGGCCUUGUGCAUACAAUCAUAUUGUGAAAUAUUUGUAGUCAAUGCUUGCCAGCAGAUGUAUUCAAAUACAAUCACUGCAUAAUUCUUCCCUCAAUGAUAGAUAUAUAAUAGUUCACUUUCAUUUUGUGGAGGAAAUAUUUGCUGAACUCUUAGUCUCAAGUGUGUUGAGCCUGGGAUAAAACAAUCUGGCAUUAACAGUCUGCUUGUGGAAAACCCCCUAAGAUGCCAGAUAUCCAAGGGGAAUUCCAUUGUUACCCACGCCAAAACAUAUAACAAGAUCAUUUUACUAUAUUUACAGGGAUUAUCCACCUAAUUAGAUUUUAAUAGCUAUGUUCUUACACAAUGCAAAUUGAUGAGAGCGGUUGAAAGGUCAGUACUAAAAUGCAUGAAAUUCUAUAAAAGUUUGUGAAGAUGCUAAAAAGUUAAACAUUGCUUACAGGAAAGCAAAUAGAACAAGCUUUUAUCACUGUAAUAGUAUAAAUACAACGGUUAGAAAAGAUAUUCAGAUCACACGUUGCAUACAUUAAAUGUUGAAAUAAUCUUGUUUUAAAUGGAAACUGUCACUUCCCUGGAUCUUUACUAUUAUUAUUGUUUAUUUCUGGGAGACAAUAUAUAUGGGUAUGAAAGGUCUACACACCCUUAUACUGAGCUUUUUGAGCUGGGAAAUAUUAAAUAUAGAAAUUCACGCCUCUUUAUCCUGCAACUAGUGAUGUCCCGAACGGUUCGCCGCGAACUCAUCAUUGAGUAAACUUUGACCCUGUACCUCACAGUCAGCAGACACAUUCCAGCCAAUCAGCAGCAGACCCUCCCUCCCAGACCCUCCCACCUCCUGGACAGCUCACUAAGAAUGCAGCUUCACAAUGAAUGUAAAAUGGAUGCUGUUGAGUCCGCGGCGAACCGUUCGGGACAUCACUACCUGCAACUGGACGCCUCCAUCAUAGCCCCUGUCAAUCAUUGUUCUACGCUUUUUCCUCUGCUCUUGACACUCAGCGUAGAGAAAAGAGGAGUAAUUAUGAGAAAAUGGAUCCAUAACUCUAAGCCCUCCGUCAUCUCUCUUGUAAAUAGUGUUGUUUCUUUAAAAAGGUUAGCGAAUCUAAAAAUACACUUAAAGGGAAACUCCAGUGCCAGGAAAACAAUCAGUUUUCCUGGCACUGCAGGUCCCCUCUCCCUCCCACCCCCCAAUCCCCGAUUGCUGAAAGGGUGAAAACCCUUUCAGUUACUUACCAGAGGCAGCAACAUGUCCCAUGUCGCUGCUUUUUCCUCCGCUACCGCUCCUCCCUGUGAUUGCAAAUUGUACUUCGGUUGCACAGCUACAGGCAGACUCCUGCUACAGCAGAAUGAGAUGCUCCAUUGAGUAAAGACUCACUCAGAAUUAUAGGACUUGGCCAUUUCUUAUAAUCUCCUGUUCAGCAGUGCAUUAUAGGAUAAGUACAUAAUUUCUUACCUACCAUAUCAUAGGAUGAUUGGAACUGCAUUAUAAACGUAUGUCAGUCCUAUCACAGCUGCUAUCAGUUUGUAUUAGGACUGAUUUGCUAUUUAGUGAACUGGGCUGUGAAUUUCUAUCGGGCGUGCUGCGGACCAUGCAUGGGCAGCUUGGCUUUCUCCAGGGAGGAGAGAGAGCCUUCAUAAUUGUGUGUGCAACACGAGCACACUAUAUGAACAGCAAAGACAAACUUAAUAUACGACAACCCAGAACUAAACAUUCUUAUCUGCUUGUUUGACAGCCCUGCCUUACUGUCUUGUAGCAGCAGUGACUUGAUUUUUUUUUUUUUAACCGUUGGCACUAUAAGUCACUCAUUGACAAGAGAGUCCGCUCCGAGCACUUUGAGGUAAUGUGCUGAGACUGUCCCUUUAAUAGAUUUCAUUAAAGAAAAAUUAAGAAAAUCGAACUGACAGAAAGUGGGUGUUUUAGUGAAGAGACACAUAUUUUAUAGCCAUUUUUAACCUUUCUUCCAUUUCUUUUCCCCCUUUGUCACUUCUCUGAAGAUGUAGAUAUACUGGGCGUUAUUAACAAUUUUAUCGAUUGGUUUAACAUAUUAAGUGCUGACAUAUUUUAACCCCUUAAGGACACGUGACAUGUGUGACAUGUCAUGAUUCCCUUUUAUUCCAGAAGUUUGGUCCUUAAGGGGUUAAAUAUACACGCACAUUUCCAUAAGUUGGGAAAUUUAUCCAAAUCUAUCAUUAACUGACCAUACCUCAUUUUAAUGAAUACAUUAUAAAUAAGGGGGGAAAAACUUGCACUGAAAGAUGUUACCUUUGUUUUUUUUGUUUUUUUAAUAAAUAUAUAUAUAUUUAUUCAUUUUUUCUGAAUUUAAGGUGCCUUUUACACAUUGAAUUAAGGUGCUCAGUCGGCAGGUUGGGCCCCUAAUAGCAUAUUACAAUAAAAGUUCUUGCAUUUGAAAGUUUUUGAAAACUUUUUUAGAUAUAUAUUUUGACUUCAAGAUUGCUGAGCAACAUGACAAUAAAAGAAAUACGAUCACGUUCCCUCUUAACCCCUUGAGGACCAAACUUCUGGAAUAAAAGGGAAUCAUGACAUGUCACACAUGUCAUGUGUCCUUAAGGGGUUAAAUAAUCAUAUGUUACUGAUUGUUUGUAUCAUUUAACAUGUAAGUAAUGCAGUAUCUAUUUGUGGAAUAUAAACAUGCAGCAGGAAUGGCCACUUUCAGUGCUAAAUGUCCUCUUUGUUUCAAUGUAUUUCACUUUCAGUUUGGUUUCCUGGAAGAGCCAUGAUUUCGUUCACUCCACUGUCUUGGCUUUCUGCCUGAGGCUCAUGUACAGGACGAUGAUUCAAACACAUUAUGCUCUUUUUUUUUUUUUUUUUUCAUUAGAUGCACAGUCUCUGUUUAGUAAAAUAUACAUUUUAUAGUACAAAAUCACUUUACAUAAAGUGGGGGAGUGAGUGGGCAUGUCAUUAUCCACCCCCUCACCCCCUCAUCCACAGUCUCCUAGUCACCCCCUAAAAUAAAGUCCCUAUCUUUCCUCCCUCACUCUAAUAAUAGUGAGGAGGUUUCCAAAAAGAAUCUAAAACAAAUAUUAUACUUUCCAUCAGACGUCUUGUGUCUUCAGCCCCCAAAAAGGCCAAAUAAAAAUCCAUAAUUCCCGAUGCCACUAAUAAAAAUAAUUAAAGGCCUUAUCGCAAAAUAAAAACACGCCAUUAAAUUAAAAUCCACACCACAAAACAAAAAAGAAAAGCCAUCAUAAGGCUCACCUCAGAAUGAGCUCCGAAAGCGGGGAAAGCCCUUUUAUAGGCCUCUGAUACUGUAAGCGGUAUUGCAAAGCAUAAGAAAUGUACAAUAUGACCUAGUGCUAGCACAACCAAUUAAGAGUGCUCUAACAGCCAUGACUCACUUUUGUUUUUUGUUUUUUAACAGUGUUUACAUUUUAUGGCCCGAUCCUCACCAGUGGUGGCUUGUGAAGUGUUAAUAUGUUGGGGCACAAGACUCCUCGCCCUGAAUUUUUUCCCUAUAACAGCAGUUCCCAAUUGGUGUUCCUCGGAACCGUUCCGCGAGAACAAAAUUGGGGUUCCGCCGAUAUUCGCCAAAACCAAGAUGGCCGCCGCUACCUGCUGUUCCCAGAAGGUCAGAAACAGCAGAGAUUUUAUUAUUAAGAGAGAGCGGGAGCACGACCUUAAGCCCGGCCUGCCGUCAGCCAUUUCCUAUCACUCGAGAUAGAGCGUGGACCUAAAAAGUGCUCGCUCUGUUUUUUUCAUUGAAAUUGUUUGUUAGGGACAUUGAAAGUUUCUGUUACAGUGAGGGGAAAAAAGUAUUUGAUACCCUGCUGAUUUUGACCGUUUGUCCAAUGACAAAGAAAUGAUCAGUCUAUAAUUUUAAUGCAAAAGAAUAAUAAGCGCUCUCUUCUCAGGGGUGAGCAGCAGUUCACCAACAAGGUGUUCCUCUACCUUGUGAUAAAUAGACAGAUAAAAUAGAAAGGUGAACAGCGCUAAAAAUCAGAAAAUGUACAUACGUUUUGUAGAAAUACUGGCCAGCAGAGUAACUUAAAAAAAAGAGAAACAAAAAUACAAAUAAUGGUACAGUAUGUAUGAACGAUAUAAUUCCACAAGAACAAAGGUGUUAUAUUCACACUCACACUUUGAGGAGCUAUAUCAGCUCGGUGUUAAGAGCCUGGACGGAAUAAUCCCCGUCUAUGGAUUUCUUGAGGUUCAAGACCGUUGGUGAAUUUAUAGGUGUAAAUAUUCGUUACAUGAAAAACAAGAGUAAAAUACACCACAUGGUAUAGUACGUAAAUAUAAAAUAUUGUGAAAAAAAAAGUGGAUGAUCCUACUUACAUAUACUAGAGCAACGACCUGCUCUAGUUUGGAGAAUUUCAGGUGGAAUAAUCCCCACCUUGGGAUAUAGUGGACCCAGGUAUAGCAGCAAAGCAGUAUUGGAUAGGAAGGAGGACAAAAGGAAUGAGUGGAUAGUUUAAAAAAUAUAUAUACUUUAAUACAAUAAGUAAAAAGUGAAUAAUAAACUAUAAAACCAGUCCUGUUUAAAAGUCCCAAAUUCUUCCUCACUUGACGCGUUUCGCCGAAGCUUUCUCAAAAGUGAAUGCUUGCUGCUUGGGGUCCUUGAGAUUAUAUACCUUCUCUGAUGAUGAAAAUCGAUUCUGCUGUGCAUAUUUCCUCAUUUCCUGUUUUCAGCAAGAUAGCAUAGACAGGAAGUUCUCCGGACACCAUCUUGGAUGUGGGCAAUUUGUGGGAAAGUUCAAAAAUAGGAAUCAAAGGUAUACAAUAACAUAAUAACAUAUUGAAUCAGAUAAAAACGUGAAUAAUUACAGAUGUGGCCACACAUAGAGUAUAUGAUAGUAGAAAUCAAUUCUACUAUGUGUAUUUCCUCAUUUCCUGUUUUCAGCAAGAUGGCAUAGACAGGAAGUUCUCCGGACGCCAUCUUGGAUAUGGGCAAUUUGUGGAAAGUUCAAAAAUAGGAAUCAAAAGUAUACAAUAACAUAAUAACAUAAAGUAAAAAAAUACAUUUUAAAAACGCUCAUUACCACUACACCUGGAACAAACUAGAUAAAAAAUGAUCCCACGCUAAGGUUCAAAAUAUACCUUUUGAAACACCCUGGGGUGUCUACUUUAAGAAAUGGUAGGCCUUUGUGGGGUAGUUUGAAUUUAAAACCUGCGAAGAUGCUUGGAAAUUGCACAUAGGCCCAGCGUCAAAAUUCAAAGUCUGGUAAAAACGGAUAUGGCUUGGUCUCCUAUAUGGCACUGUAGCUUCACGAAAUAGUGCCAAAGACAUUCAUUGGGGGUGUCUUUUUACUCAGAAGACUUAGCUGAGCAUAAUUUGGGAGGUUUGAACUUAGUGGCACAUAUGAAAUAUACAAAACGCCCAGCAAAAAUGCAAUCCGUAUGUAAAAAAUGCACAAAAUUUUUUUUUACCACAUACUUUGGCAUAUAUUGGUGAAAAAAUGGGGGUAUGUUAAGGCACAAUAUGCACCUUAUGAGAUACCCUGGAGUGUCUACUUUUACAAAUGGUAGGCCUUUGUGGGGGUUUUUUGAACAGUCAAACUGUUAUAAUACCCCAAAUGGAAGCUAAGGCUCAUUAAAUCCAUCUCUCAAAAUUCUACUGUGAAUACUGAAAAGGACAGGUAUCCUGUAUGGCACUGUAACUUCACGAAAUAGUGCCAAAGACAUACAAUGGGGGUGUCAUUUUACUCAGCAGAUAUAACUGAACACAAAAUAAAAAUUUGUACAGGAAUAGCACACACCAACUUUACAAAAUAUACACGAAAAUUUCUUUGUUAUAAGUUUGUGUGCCAAAAACCAAAAGAAACACAAUUUUACUCCAAUAUUUAGCAGAGGUUGGCGGUGAAAUGGCUACGUAGAAAGUGUCAAAACAACCUUAGGUAAAUAGCCCGUGAUGUCUACUUUAUAUAAAUAUAUACUUUUGUGUGGCAAUUUUGUUUUCUUUUAUGGCUAUUUAGCUUACAAGACAAACAUACCAAAUUCUAAAAUCGCUCCACAUUAAAAGUCUAUUUUACUCCUUGUGCUUAGUGACCUGUAACUACCAAAAAAAACUUAAAAUCCCAGACACAUUAUAUAUUCUGUAAAUAAGAACAACUAAAUUAAUUUAUUUUUAAUUAAUUUUCUUAACCUGCACUAAUUAUGCACACAUUAUUAUUGCAAAAACUGUAAAAAAAAAAAAAAAACACACAAUUUUCAUUUUUUUAAAUUUUUUCUGUAUUUUUUUGUAAUAAAUAAGCAUUUAUAUAUAUGUGUGUUACAUCAAAUUAAAGCCCUUUCUGUCCUUUAAAAAACGAUGUAUAAUAUGUGUUGGUGCAACAAAUUAGUAAAAUGCAAAUUGCAGUUGAACGCAAACAGCAAAAAAUGAAAAAAAUGCUGUUGUCAUUAAGUGAAAGACAAGCUUUUGAAGUUCUGUCCUUAAGGGGUUAAUAUAAAACUAUAGUAAUAAUUGUGUUUGUGUCCGUAUGCACAUUCAUAGAAAGGUGACAGUGAUAUUAAAAAAUAAUGAGAAUGCCUAAGUAAGAUUUAUGAAAUCUCCAUAUCAUUUUAAUGAGAUAUAGUUGAUAUUUUGCCAGUGGGAGUUUCCAAGGACAGGACAUUGUAAUCGAUCAUCAUUCCACCUUUGACACAAGGCAGGACUUUUUAUUUGUGUGUGUUUUAUUGAAUUUUUUUAUAUUUCUUUAUUCUACUUGUUUGAUGGCUAAUUGGGCCCCGUAUUCUCCUCCCUCUGUGAUUGCAAUGGAACUACAUAGGUUAGUCUCAGGCUUUGGGUCCAGACGAAACCCAUUAUACGGUCUGUCCCUUACAGAGAAACAUAGAAUGUGACGGCAGAUAAGAACCAUUCGGCCCAUCUAGUCUGCCCAAUUCUUUUAAUUUUUUUAAAUACCUUCUCCGAAACAAAAGCACUCAAGGAAGCUAUAGUCACUCACAGAACUACCUGCCUAAUAGUGCGUGAAAUAACAAUAGCCUUACCUCAGAUACCCUCAACCAUCAGCCAGAAAAAUUAAUAUUUUAUUAUGGGAGAGGCUAAUUUAAACACGUUAACGGACUCGAUAACACUAACAUACCAACCUAUUCACAUUAACAAAACUGAGCACACAAACAAGAGUCCUGACACUGAUCCCAUUACAGAUGAUUGACAGUAACAUAGUCUCUGAGGUCAGACGUUGUUCAGUUAACCCUGCUAUGCCAGAGGACAGCCUGUGCAGUUAUAUUGCAGAAGUCCGUAACAAAGCGGUAUAGUGGAGAGCGGUUAUAGGCACCCAGACAUCUUGAGCUCAUUGAAGUGGUCUGGGUACAGUGUUCCAACAUCCUUAAAGGACCACUAUAGGCACCCAGACCACUUCAGCUGAAUGAAGUGGUCUGGGUGCCAGGUCCAGCUAGGUUUAACCAUUUUUUCUAUAAACAUAGCAGUUUCAGAGAAACCGCUAUGUUUAUAAUAGGGUUAAUUCAGCCAGCCUCUAGUGGCUGUCUCACUGUGAUUUUCACAGUGAGAAGACGCCAGUGUCCAUAGGAAAGCAUUGUGAAAAAUUCUCUUAAGUCCGCUACGCUUUCAGUUUGGCUUCUCUGGCUUUAAAUUAGAAAUUCGCUUUGAAUUCUCACUUUAGUGGAUAACCCUGAUAGCGAUGCUCAUCAAUAGGCAUUGUGUUUUCUACAGUGACAGUCUGUUUCACUAUGUUUAAGUACAAUAGAACUUAACCUUAAGUGAUAGAGAUUCAAAUUUAGUCUAUACAUUGUGUUAGCAGAAUUGCUAGAUUUCUCUAAAAUCAGAGAGCUUUCCUUUUCCUGUCAGUCAGUCCAGUUUGUGCCAAUUAGCACGGAGAUAAGGCUGUGCCCUGCUUGUCAGUAUUAAGGAAACCUUCCCCUGGGUUUCUCUCCUGCUUUAAUUCAGCCGAAAGGAGCAAUGCCCUCAAGGAGAAGUAGGGAGAAACAGCUAGAAUGAUUUAUUGCAGGAGCCUUGGACAGGUAAUCGGAGAAUGCAGAGAGAACAUAUACCUUUUAUCACAAAACGAACAUAAAGUGUUGCACUUUUGACCUGUUAUGGGAAUCAAGUUUGUGCUUCCGAAACAGAGGUGUGCAGGAGAGGUGUCUCUACAGCAAGUGUAGCACCCACUGAAAACAUGACUGACUGGCCUCCGCAGGAGACAGGGGUAAUAGAAAUCAAUUAAAAUGUGAGCCUUUAAUAGUAUUAAAGUAAGAAACACUUAAUGGUACAACAUGUGUCAAGCCAGAUGGUUAGAGAACUGCACACCUAGACCUUUCACGACAAGAUCAGUUUAAGGAACAGUGUCAAUACUAAAAUAAUAGCAAACUUUAAAAUGGACAUGCUUGAUAUUUCACUUUUAUUUAAAGGGACACUUCAUUGCCCAAAUGAAAGAAAAAUCACUGUUAAGCAGCUAUACCCCCCAAUGAAAACAAACAUUUUAUUAGGCUUCUUUUUUUUACCUAGUGUGUAUCCAAAAACAGCUUGCCCACAUUAUUUGCAAGAUCCCAUCUUGCCUAGACUUUCAGUAGCUGUCCAAUCACAGCUACAGCUCAAUGAGAAAUCUUUGCACGGCAGGAGCUCCAAGCAAAUGCCUGGCACUUGAGUUUAAAGGACCACUAUAGUGCCAGGAAAACAAACUCGUUUUCCUGGCACUAUAGUGUUAAUGGGUCCCCCCACCCUCAUGACCCCCUUCCGCCGGGCUCUAGGGGGAGGAAGGGGUUAAACACUUACCAUUCUCCAGCGUCGGGCUCCUUCGGUGCUGGGGACUCUCCUCCUCCUUCCGACUCCAUCGGCUGAAUGCGCAUGCGCGGCAAGAGCCGCGCGCGCCUUCAAUCAAUCCAUAUGAAAGCAUUCUCAAUUCUUUCCUAUGGACGCUGGCGUCUUGUCACUGUGAAAAUCACAGUGAGAAGCGCGGAAGCGCCUUUAGCGGCUGUCAAUGAGAAAGCCACUAGAGGCUGGAUUAACCCAUAUGUAAAAAUAGCAGUUUCUCUGAAACUGCUAUGGUUACAGCAGGCAGGGCUAACCCUAGAUGGACCUGGACCCCAGACCACUUCAUUAAGCUGAAGUGGUCUGGGUGCCUAUAGUGGUCCUUUAACUGCACCGAGCCAACCAAACAAGGAAGUAAUAGGACAUGUUGUCUAAUUUACAGCCAAAGGGGUGCAACAAGAUACAUUUAUAAAAGUGCACAUUUUUAUUGAAGUCUGCUCUUUUUGUGAAAUGAAAAAAGAGGACACAUUCUUCACACAUAAAGCAAAUUGCACUUGCUUGAUAAUGCAGUUAUCUUAGCACUGACAUGGUUAUUUGAAAUUUUUUAGUGUGCGCAAUUGAAAGAUUUUUUGUGUUAGCAGCAGGUUUUAUUUAUUUUGUUUUGUUUUUAUUUAGAUACUGUUGUAGUACUUUUUGCACUGCCCAAUUUUACAUAUUUAUAUUUACGUUUUUGCAUAGUGAUAAAUAGAAGAAUAAUAAUAAUGAAACAUUUAACUCUUCGUGUGUGCCUUGACAGAUGGGGAAAAAGAGCAGCUCAUAACCGAGCUCAGAUUGUUUACUACAUGGCUGAAAAUCUUGAGCUUCGACGGGAUGAAGUAGCCCAAAGACUGAGCACCCUAACUGGACAAUCCAAAGAGAAGGCCCUCCACGAGGUUGAUUUAAGCAUUCAAAGACUUUUCUAUUGGGGAGCCUUUUGUGACAAAUAUGGAGGUACUGUACAGGUAGGUUUUCUUCAGAAAAAAAUAAACAGAAGUAGUCUUAUUUCAAUUUGCGUGUAGAAAAGUUGUAGGGACACUCAAGUCCAUCAAGUUCACACAUCUGUAUCUGCUGUUGAUUCAAAAUAAGGUGAAAACCCAAUUCGAAGUAAUUUUUAGGGGAAAUAAUCCCUUUUGCACCACAAAGCUGUUACACCGCAUAAUAUCCGUUACAUCCUCAACUACUCUGUUUCUCCACAUAAAAAAACAAAAAAAAAUUUAAUUUGAGAGUGUUCUUUAGUAAUGUUCUGUAUCCUUUCUCAAUCCUGAGUUAAAGUGACAUUCUAAGCACAAGAACUGCUACUGCUAUGCAAAGAGACUGUCCCUGCCAAGUCUCAGCAAUACAACUCUGCAUUUUCUGAAAAAAGGCACCGUUUACAUUGCUACAUAAGGCAAACCCUACUCGCUGUCACUCAGCCACUAGAGGGGCUUCUUGACCUGGUCCUGUGAUCAUUGAAGAAUUGAUGUUGAAGACACCAAACACCCACCAGCAUGAAGACACCAAACACGCACCAUAGAGAUGUAUGUAGUCAUUCGCUACAUCUUUAUGAAGAGAUGCCGAUUGCCAUGUAUAUGCACACUACCCUUGUCCCAAUGCUUCUUUAUUGGGAAUCAUUGGAUUGGCCAAGAGGAGCUGUGGUUGCGGCAAGACUAGUACCAGGGGAUAGAACAUACCUAAAAAAAAAAAAAAAAAUAUUAUUUUUGGUGGAGCCCAUAAAUAGUUAGUAUAAUACUCAAUAACAUGUAUUCCUAGCAUUCGAAUGUUCCUUAAAUCUCCUGUAGAGCCUGCAAUCAUAAUGUAUACUGUACAUUUGUAUAUCUUCUUAAAACCAACCUGUAUCCUCACUGAGAAAUGUUUCAGCUUGAGCAUACCAAAUUGAAACACGAUAAAAGGCAUGUCCGUUUGAGGGUUAGCCUCCUGCCUUUGUCCAUCCUACUUUCCUUAAACCACUUGGCUCAGAGCGCGUACAUGCGCUAUGAGCCUGUGAGGGCAGUCCAGUAAAAUGCUUCUAUGUGAGAAGCAUUUUAUUAGAUCUCAGAGAGGAAAGUACUGAUGCGGCUAGACCACAGACAGGUCAUGAAAAUGCUCAAGGAGAGCCUUGCCUCGUGCUGGAUUCAAGGUAAGUUUUAGCUUAAUAAAAUAGGUUUUCACAAAAAAUAUGGGAAGGGGGACCAAAUGUAAACUGUAAAGUAAAAAGAGAACUGUAGAAAAAGGGUUGGAGUAACCCUUUAAGAAAAUAUAGUUUAUGAUUUGUAAUGUACAUGUGUGUGCUCUAAACACAUUCUGCAACCUAUAUCAAGUGCCAUUUAUCAUGCUGCCCACUGAUGCUGUCAUUAUGUUAAUAAUGAAUUCUUUGAUUUUGCGAUCUUCUCUCUAAUAUAUUUCUUUUGAACCCCUUGUUAAGGAAACCUUGCUUUAUGGAGCCACUGUGCUAAUUCGAGAGCCCAUGGGUGUGGUGGGUAUUGCUUGCCCAGAUGAAAGUCCUCUGUUGAGCUUUGUCAGCCUCUUUGCACCAGCUAUCGUACGUGGCAAUGCAGUUAUCAUAAUACCAAGUGAGAAGUGCCCGCUGCCAGCAUUAGAUUUUUACCAGGUAAUAUUUCCUACCUAAAGCAGUUCUGUUCAUUAAACAUCUAUUGCAAAUGUGUAUUUGUGAAUUCAGUGCAUUUUGGUCAUAUUACAGAGUAUAUCAACAAUCAAAGCAACAUAACCACUACAGCUUGCUGGACCCUUUAUUAUUAGUUGGCAAACAUUCUCACUUCAUUUGACUACUUACUCUGGGAAUGUGCCAGCGCACUCGCUGCACCAUAGUCACUACAGCAGGCUGUAAAAAAAAAAAAAAAAAAAGUGGUUUAGGAAGUUUUUCAAUUAGAAUGAGCAACUAUUCUGUUUUCAUAUACACUUGUAGAUACAUAUAUAUUAAAAAAAAAAAAAAAAAGGUUUUUAUGUUCUUUUGUUGAUUUGCCACAUAUACUGAUAAAAAUAGUUUUGUGUGUUUUGGGCUUUUUUGUUUUUCAGGCUUUUUAACUUGUCCGUAUUUCCUAUUUGGUUUAAAUUUUAAAUCGGAGUUCGCUUUAAGUUUAAAUACAUGGACAUUCUUCACUCUGAUCUUCAACCGGGUGCCUUUUUUUGAAUACAAUAUAUAUCUUUAAACCGUAGGGUUGGCCGAACUAUAGUUAUUUAUAGUCUUUUUACUUCAUGUGACUGAUCAUGUUGAAAUUACUAUAUGCAUUGUUUCUUAAACAAACAGAAAAAUCAAAGUGACCGGUCAGCAAAAAAAAAAUUAUAUAUAUUUUUAUUUUAUGUUAUUUUUUAGCAAAAACCCACAAUUUCAUCUAAUAAAUGAAAGGACACUGUCUGCCAUCAAAAGCUUGAGCUACUCACAUUUUCCCCUAUCUACUCUGUUGAAAUGUUUAUUUAAUGUUUGACCUAUAUUGUUUGCAUUUGCACAUCCUCCUCUUCACUGUUGGAGUAUAAUCUGCCCCCUUACCUUCUUACCACACAGCACAUUGCUUUAACCUCACUAUGUGUUUGUAAGUAAAAGCAACAACUAAUGUAAUUGAUUGGGACUAUCGGGCGGCUGGACUGGGAAAAUCUCCAAUCUGUAUAGAGGGAGCAGGACCCUCACUGAUGACCACACGGUGUCUCUACAGAAGCACUGUGUGUUUGGCAAUGGUUGUUAUCCCCAUAUGAAUUAAUUCUUGCCCUGUCUGUGUAACUAAGCUACAGAAUGUCUUAAUGGCCACGCUGAGCUCUCUUACACAGUGUGGGAACAACGUAACCGAUUUCACAGCUCUGUGGGGAAUUUUUUUUAAUAUUUUUAAAACAUUAUGAUUUUAGUUUUAAUGGUCACAAAUUUGUUUCAGAACUAAACUACUGGUAGUGGUUCUUUAAGUGUUAAUUCUCCCGUGAGGCAAAGUUGCCAGAUAGGCAAUCUAAUGAGAAACAUGAUUUUAAUUUAAUAUGAAAAGAAAUAAAUUAGAACACAACGAUUGGUGGAAGCAACAAUUUGGAAUUUAAUCUGAAAUUUAAAGGGGCACUCUAUUCUGAACGUCGUAAAAAUGUCAAGUUUAUUGUAUUGGUUGUUGUGUUGGGGUAAAUUGCCAAAAUAUGAGUUAAGCCCAAAUCCCUUAGCCGGCCGUCUUUAGCUGCACAGAUAAUAUGGAAAAUACACUUCAGAAUUAUAGAGGAUGCAAAAAAUAGAUAUGAAAGCACAGAGAAAAUAGCAAAUUGGAAUAGCUUUCUCACUGGUUAGUCCAGCUCUCUAGCCAAAAUGUUGCUUGGGGUGCCCCUUUAAAGGGUUAAUCCAGGCAACAUGAUAUGAGUGGUUUGAAGUGGCCAUGGUGCCUGGAGUUUGCAUGUGCAACAUUUUGCUAUUAAAUGCUGAACAGAGUUUAACAUAUCUGCUGCCAGGGGUGAAACCCGAUCUCCGGCUGAGUCAUCGAGGCAUCACUAGCCCAGAAUAGGUAUAUAACCUGUGCAAAUUUGGCGUUGGACGCCAGCAUUCUGGUGCCAGUCAGCCAAUGGAGGUACGUCCCUCCAUGCCACCCCUUUCCUUCCCUUAAUUUGUCCUCUCGGACAUCUCUCUCCAUCCAGUGAGGAGAAGUGAUGUCGAUCGUAGAGGAGAACUUGGCCUUGGCUCUGAAACGGGGGUACUGGUUUUUUUUUGUUUUUGUUUUUUUGUUUCUGGGAGGACCUAUGUAGAAAGGGUUAUUCUGACCAAAAACUGUUUUAGAACUUUGUUGGCUGUUGAUUUUGUUGCGGUUUUCAAAGUGCUCUGCAAUGUUGAACUGCUGGUUUUUACAUUCUAGAGUUACAUGUAUAUAUUUAUAUAAAUAAAAAAAAAAGCAACAUAUCCAUCACGUGAAGCCUAAGACGUGUUUUUCGCAAAUAUGUUACUUUUAAACAAAGUCAAUUAAUGAUCUUACAGGAAUAACCCAGGGGAGAAUGGUGGAGGAAUUCCUUGCAAUAAUCAUGUGAGCUAUGCAUGUCCUAAAGGUGUAAAUGCUGUUUUGUAUUUGCUGUAACAGUUCUGUUACACAAUCCUCACUGGCAGGAUUUAAAGGUCAGUUAUAAAUUAAUUUUGUAUUUUGUCCGUUUAUUCUGAUCUUAUAUAAAAAUAUAAUGUCCUAUUCAUUUGUCAACCGCAGUGAUUUAUAGAGCUGCCCGUAAAAAAAAAAAGGUUGUUUUUGGAACAUUUUAGGUUUUAGGUUGACUGCAUUAUGUCAUUGGUCUUUUAGAGGAACACUCCAAGGACCCCCAAUGUAGAUUGUCAAACCUUUUUCAAACACUUUGACUUCGUACCUUGGGUCUGCCUAGCUAUGCAUCAUGUUUACACCAAAGCUUCUUUUCAUUCCGUUAACUUUCUGUCAGAGCUAAACCUGUCAGUGCAGGGCUUAGCUCAUUGGUUGACCGCGAACGAGAGCUAACCAAAGCUUUAGAUGAGUGGAGAAAGAGACAAGCGCACAACAGACCCAAGGUAAGAUUUCAAACUGUUUUACAAUGGUUUGACUAUUUACAAUGGGUGGAUGUGUCACAGAGUCUGAUCGGCACCUCCGUGUGACCGAUCAGUGCAGUCACACUAUCGCAGUGCCCAAUCAGCACCAUGAUGUGACCGCAUCUGAUCGGUGCGGUCACACUAAAGAAGGGAGAGCUUACUCUCCUAACCUCCAGAGCCUCUCCCUCCGUGCAGUUUGUAAUUCAGCGGCCGGGUCCAGUGUUAGGAAGGACGGCGGUCGCUGCAAAGUGGUGCUAUAUAAUAACGCCGCCCACAAUGACGUCACUAGUGACGUGAACGUGCAUCACGUUUCUGCCGUGCACCCACGUUCUGUUGUUCAGUUCCCUGUCGUGGUUUCCAUCCUGUUGGUUAUACGAGAGCACGUUCCUGAUUCUGAUAUUUGGUUUUUGAUCUUGGCUUGGCUUGACUUCCCGUAUUUUUGGUAUCCGUGACCCUUUGGCUUCGUUCUUUACGUAGUUGUUCCUUUCUGUAUUCCUGACCUCGGCUCGUUACUGUUUAUUCUAUGACGUUAAUUCCGGCCAUUCUAAGGCCGGUAAUAUGUUGUCACUGUUUGUAUUUGUUACAUGUUUUACUUAGUUCUGCAUGUUGGGCCACUGGUUCGUCCUGACAUGAUGGCAGUAUAAGAAAUUAUGACCCACUAUCAAAGUUAUUCUUUAGGGAAUGUGUGACAAAUAAAUAGAAAAAAGUUGGCCAGGGAGGUUAUCCAAAUAUAGAGGGAACAGAAAAGGGGGUAACACUGAAGUGAUGAAACGAAGAAAAAAGAAAGGAAUCUGUCCCUAGAGUGAAAGAUUAUUACAAAUCUGGAAGAUACUUUAUUAAUACCAAAAAACGUUUCUAAAAUAAACUACCCCUAACAAGAUGAUAUAAUAUAUACUGGCUGUCUGGCUCAGACAGACAGAGUAACCAACAUAUGAUGCUUAGGGCAUAUACAUAGGGAAUAAGGGGAGUAAGAAAAAACACAAGACAAAAUAAAUCAUAAAAAUACAGUCAAAUGAUUAGGAGUAAAAUUAAUGGUAACUAUCUCCAACAUCAUACUAUAGAACAAAGCUAAUUGAGACUGUGUGAAACAAAAGAAAGAGAAGUUGAUCCUGUGUGUAAAUGGAUGACUAAAUCUACAGCCUAUAAAGCUAAAAGUUGUCAAAUAUAAUAUGGUAGAAGUAUACACACUAAAAGUAACAGAGGUUGUCUCAAUAGGUAUUUAGUCAAGAUAACUCUCUAUGACCAGGAUGCUAGAAAUAGCUAUAGAUAUGUCAAAGUCUACUAGUCUAAUAAGUGUCAAAAAUGUAUCGUUAUAAUUAUUUGUUGAAAAAAAUGGCUACUUCACUGAAUGAACAUGCCAAAAAUAGAAAUAGCUCAAUAUAGAGUAACGACAAAUCCUAUAGGGACAAACUAGCUCAAAGUGUAUAUUCUAGUUAAACACACUGAGUUACUUGUUAAGCAGAAAGAUGCAGCAGUGCUGAACUGAGAGGUAGUAUAGGAGUAAUGCAAUAAAGUGAACGAACAGCACUUGACAACAAAAGAUGGAGCUUAAUCCAUGCAGUGACUGAAAAUAUCACAAAAAGCUGACUCAAUAGUGAAACUGUGGAAUAACUGGAUAACUAGAUUAAACGUCUCUAGUUAAUAGGUAUCAAAAAUGUAUCGUUAUGUUUAUUAAAGAUACCCUUAUCGGUAUAUUGCUUCCCAAGGACUCAAAGUGGUUAUCAAUCAGCCAAAUUAGAGUUAAUCAGAGUAAUAGCUGAGUUGUUGCUGCUAGGAAGGUCUAUAUCACCCCUGUGGCGGCUAACAAUCUGCCCAAUUAUACAAAUACCCAAAACAGUUAUCGGGUUGUGGUGGUCUAGACCACAGCGAAAUUAUCGGAGUAAAUAAAGGGAUGCAAAUAAAGAUAUCCGGAAGGUGUCGAACCCGACGCGCGUUUCACCUGAUUUAGAGGCUCGUCAUCAGGCGAAACGCGCGUCGGGUUCGACACCUUGCCGACACCAUCCGGAUAUCUUUAUUUGCAUCCCUUUAUUUACUACGAUAAUAUCAUCUUGUUAGGGGUAGUUUAUUUUAGAAACGUUUUUUUUUAUUAAUAAAGUAUCUUCCAGAUUUUUAAUAAUCUUCCACUCUAGGGACAGAUUCCUUUCUUUUUUCUGUGUGACAAAUAAGACACAAAUACAAGUGUAUACAAAAUGUAUUGUUAAAGGAACACUAUAGGGUCAGGAACCACAAACAUGCAUUCCUGGCCCUAUAGUGUUAAAACCACCAUCUAGCCCACCUUGCCACCCCUAAAUAUAGUAAAAUCUUACUAUUAUUCAGGUCUGCAGCUGCUGCCCCUGCUCCUGAUCUGCCUGCUUGGCUGACAUCAUGAGAAGUGAUUCUCCAGCCAGCACAAGUCAAACAUAGCCCUGGCCAAUCAACAUCCAAGCAUCCAACAUCCCCCGCUAUACUAGAACAUUCCAAGCAGACCUGGACUGCUUUAGAGACCGGAUCGAAUGGAAAAACACAUACUUGCAUGGUUAUACCUAGAUGUUAAUUACUCUAAUGUUUUUAUCUCUUGAUAACAUGACCCUUGCAACCUCAUUUUCAUAAAUUAUAGAAAAGAUGUACACAAUAUUUUUUACAUAACCCACUUAAUGUUCGGUUCUCUGACAUUCUGAUCUCCUGAUAACAUGCAUGAAAAACUGUUUGGCAGGGAUCUAAGCUAUUGUUGUUUUAGCUGGGUGCUGUACAGUGCAACUGAAAGCUUUGAUUAUUAGCACACUGGUAUCAAGUAGAUGACCUCAAGUUGUGAAACCAGUGACAGACAGAGAAAUUUAUAUACAACUUUGCAGUGUCUUCCAUAUCAAUUUCUUACAACAGGGCACUACAAACAUCAUGACCACUACAGCAUUCUGUAGUAGUUAUGGUGUUUGGAGUCUUCCUUUAAAUGGACACUGUAGUGUAGAAAUUGGUUUAUAGUAUAGAUUGUAGAGCAUUUAAAACACAAAAUAAGCAUCCCUGACUUCCCGCAGUCCAGCCCCCACUGGAUGCAUGGCUACGACAGAGAUUACACUUCCCUCUAGCCAUGCUGAUUCAUACUAGCCAUGGAUGCUGUGAUAGGCUGAAAGCUGAUACUCUCAGCCAAUCCCAGUCACCUUUUGUUGUUUGGGCUAAUGCUUCCUCAUUAGUCCAAGUGGCACAGAAGGAUGGGUGCUGUGGGGACUCAUAUUUACCAUUACAUUAAAAAAAGGUUUAAUGUUAAAUGGAAGGAUGGCGCCUGGCACAAUAACCAAUUCAGUGAGAUUAAGCAGUUACAGCAUCUACAAUGUCGCUUGAAGGGGUUCAAAAUGCCUAAAAUACCUGCCGUACCUGCUCACCACCCUACUUGGGAAAUUAACUCUGACUAUAUACAUUUUUAUACGAAUUAUACAGUUAAUAUUUUAUUUGAACUAAUUUUUACAUAUCAAUCUGUGUCCUGCUUAAAUGAAAAAAAGCAAAUAAAUUUGUAUUGAUACUUUAUCUUUAACUGGAUUUCUCUGAUGUGUUUGUUUUUUGGUUUAAGUGUGUAAAUCUACACUAAUUUACAGUUCUGCCAAGACCCAUAUCAUUUUCCCUCAGUGCUGCUAUUUCAAAAUGGAUCCUCACUUAGAAGCAUUGCUUACAAGAUGGCAGAUAUCUCUAUUUUGCCCAGAAUUCUAAUGUAAAUGUGCAGGAAGUCUGGCAAAGCAGAUUGAUCAUAAAUAUUCCAAUCAUGACAGCGCUCAGGAAGGGAAUGCAAUCAGGUCACCACAGGAAUUUGUAAAUUAAUAUGUGUGCACAAGCAACUCGUGGGGGAGUUCAGUUUUAGUAAACAUUUAUUUUUCGUUUAACGCUAUUGUUGUGGUUUUUAUUGUUAUUGCCAUUCAUGUAGCGCCAAUAAAUUCUGCAGCACUAAAAUAUUAUGACAGAUUAUGACAGGAACAAUAAACUGACGAGGACCCUGUUCAAACCAGCUUACAAUGUGUAGAGGACAAGAUUUGAUUCAGGUAUUCAUAUUCAAUCAGUACAUUGUGUUGAGAAACUUGUCGUAAAAUUAAUAUAUUAAAAGGUUAUAGGACUCUGAAAUUGUCUUCCACCAUAAACCACCAUCAUUUGUGCUACAACUUGGCAAGGACGUUUUAAUUACAGUUAUAAAACUUUAGAUUUUUCUGUUAUUUAAAAGCCUUAUUAUGUAACCUUCAUUUUAUGAUUGAAAUUCUCCAUGUCUUUUAUAUUUGCAAUUUUCAUUUCUAUGCUCAUCAAAACAAGUCUGAUAAUGAUAGAAAUUACUGGUACUCCAAAGCUUCACUGAAAUGAUGCUUCUGAAAGUAAUUGCAUGUUUCACAACCCUUGCUGAGCAGCUGUUUAUGGAAUGAAUUCAGAACUCUCCGUGAAUAAAAUGAGAAAACCGUGGUUGUGUCAGCUAUUUGCUAGCCUGGGAAAAGCUUUCUGCAGGAAUUAAGGAAUUUCCGGGAACUUGCAAGAAAUUCAGGAAUUUUGAAUCUUUUUCUUUGCAUAAUUUUUUUUCAAAAACAUUAUCUAUAUUUGGGCUUAAAAUUUCCACUCACCCACUUGUGAUUGACAUAUCUCCCAACAAUAUUGGAAUAAGACAGUCACUUUAAUUUUAGGGGUGUGAGUGGUGGGGGUGGCCAUGGGCUGGGCUGUUCUGAGAAAUUUUAAGUAACUUGCUGAUAGCAAUUUAUGCAGCUAAAAUGUAAUUUAGGAUACAAACAAUGUAUCUUAUUUGCACAGACUGAUUUCUAGACACACUUAUUGUAAGUUACGGGAACACUAUAAUGUUCCUUUGUCCCCCUGGUGGCAAAUAAUGGCAUUUUUACACUUACAUGAUUCCAGGCCGAGGUCCCUCGGUGCUGGUUCGGGUUCCUCCUCCGUCAGCUGAUGGGAGGGUAGCCUAAUGCACAUGCACGGUGAGUGCCACACGCGUAUUAGGCCUUCCCUAUUGGAUUAAUGCUUUCCUCUGGGGAUUUAGCAGACACUAAAUGUCCUCAUGCAAAACUUGAGGAUUUCCAGCGUCGCUUCACGGAGUCAAUCUCUGUGAAAGGCCAGGAAGAGCCUCUAGUGGCUAAAAUUACAGGGACAUUGAGAUGAACGUGUCUGGGUGCCUAUAGCGUCCCUUUAAAGACACAAUACUGGGGAGCUCUGCUAUACAUUCAGACACAUCAACAAUAUAGAGCUUCUAGAAAAGAGGAAUUUAGCAAUUUAUGCAGCUAAAAUGUAAUUUAGGAUACAAACAAUGUAUCUUAUUUGCACAGACUGAUUUCUAGACACACUUAUUGUAAGUUACGGCCCAAAAUAGGGUUUUGGCCCAAAAUAGGGACUGUUCCUCCUAAAUAGGAACACUUGGGAGGUAUAGAUAACAUCCACCCACCAAAGGUGCUAUGAUACGCAGCAAACAGAUUCCAUGUCUGGACUCAAAUUCCCCCUCCAACUUACUAUCUCUGCAAACCAUUUAGUUACCAUGACCGUUGUAGUGUGGUAAAUCCUGUUUAUAGAGAUAAGUGGGAGUACCAUCGCAUGGGUUAAUAUGCAGGUAUGAUAUUAAUACAAAAGGAAAGUUCCUGUGAGUUACUGUUUCCUAUAAAUGAGUCAGACCGGAGCUGUCAGACUCUACCUGCAUAGUGUGUUCAGUUAAAGGGACACUCCAUGUACCCAGACCACUUCUGCCCAUUGGAGUGGUCUGGGUGCCAACUCCCACUACCCUUAACCCUGCAAGUGUAAUUAUUGCAGUUUUCAAUAAGUGUGCUAUAGCAUUGCUGGACGUCCUCACGCUAUGUGAGGACCUCCAGCGUCGCUAAAAUCCCCAUAGAAAAAGCAUUUUUCAAUGCUUUCCUAUGGGGAGGUCUAAUGCUCCGCAUGCGCAUUAAGUCUUCCCUGCCGCCGAGCGUGCAUGUGCAAUAGGUCUCCGCCACUGGAUGAUGUCGGCGCUGGAUACAGAUAAGGCACUGAAGGGGUUUGUUUUCCUGGCACUGGAGAGUCCUUUUAAGGAGAGUGGUUGGAGGCUGAUUGACAGCUCUCUCUUCUCUGCAGAAUGCGUUAAGCCUUGUACUUGAAUAUUAAUUAUGAAUAGAAAAAGUGGGUUGUUUUAGUUUCACAUAAAAUUGCAUAAUAUUAUGAGUGUGCACAAUCGUUUUAUGAGGUUAUCAAUUAUGAUUAGACAGUCUUAUUAAGAUUUGUGAUCAAAGCCAUAACACCACCCCAAAAAAAAAAAAAAAGGUUUCUGUAAUUAUCUAUCACUCCUCCAACCCUAAGCCUAGAAACCCCUUAAUUACCAGUGAGUUUAUACGCCUACCCCUGAUUUCAAGAUUAUUUAUUCUACACUGGUGUAUGUAAUUAGCUGGCUUAAUUUACCUGUUGGUACUCUUUCGGUGCCAAGUUCAACAGCAAACUAAUUAAAAAUUACUGCUACCUAAAAUGGAUGUGAGUGACACAACCAAACACUGUGGGUUCCUUUGUAAACGUAAAUUUUUUUUUAGAUAUUGGCUUUCUAUCUUUUUUUUUUUUUUAGUUUAGAAUUGCAUGUUUUAUCUGUCAGUCGUGCGACUGUGUUCUUUAAGUGUAGUUGUAUGACAAACCACCAAAUGGAAAGAUUUUAACAGAAAUGUAAAGAACUCACUUAUUGUGGUGUACUAAUUUUAAAUGCGGUAUUAGUGGUGGGAGUACCUGAUGCUUUGACUUGAAGUCAAUACUAAGAAAUAUCCUGUUUAACUUAAAAAAAAAAUCAUAACUACUUAUUUUUAUCGUGUACCAUGUUUUGUGAAUUUCCUUUUGACAUCCCUCAUUACUGUGCAAGAUUAUUUUGUAAAUUAGCUUUUAUAUUAACUGUUUAAUAAUUGCAUUUGCACUGCUGCUUUCUUGCUUUUUGAUUGAUUUUGGAUGAAAUGGUGCUUUGUUUGUAAUACACAAGCAAGGUGAACACAAUCAUUGCUUUUUCAAUAAGUGGAAAAUAAAUUUCUUGAAUAUUUUGGGAAGUUGUCAUGUGAGGUAAGAGGUUAGGGUUAGAAUCAAUAUAAUUUCACAUUGAUUUACAGGAAUAGUAAUUUGUUCUGUUAAUUAAUAUUUAAUACUCCCUUCAUUAUUUGGAUGUCAAUGUACUUGUAUUUUAUUUAUUUAUUCACUGCGUUAAUUCUUAAACUUUUUCUAAUAGAAGCUUAUUUUUAAUCUUAUUUGGUUUCUUUGGAAACAUUGACAGCUCAUUCAUUUCUAUUUGGGGAACUUUGUACAAACAGAUCCACUGUAUAACGGUGCUUAACCUAUGUUAUGCUUUGAAUUAUGUGCCGUAUUAUGAGAAACCUGACUUUGAAGUGUUUAAAACAUAUACAGAGUUAUUCACCAUAGAAAGAACUGCAGUGAAUUCAAAGUGAAUUUCAGAUUGAAGGACAUGGUAGCUGAUCUGAAAGCAUAGCUGGCUGGGAGAAUUCUUCUAAUUUUAGCUAAUCAGUGACCUUACAUUUGAAAGUUACUUUGAGUCCCCUGUGCUUUCCACUUUAGUGAAUAACCCUGACAAUCUAUAUUGUACAUGUAUCCCUGAUACAAUAGUGUUAAAAACACAAUGUAGCUCCCCUUGCCCCCCCUAAAUAUAGUAAAAUCUUACUAGUAUUCAAGUCUGCAGCUGCUUCCUCUGUCCCUGUCUGCCUCUGUCUGCUGACAUCAUCAGAAGUGAUUCUUUGAGCCAAUCACAAUGCUUUCCCAUAGGAUUGGCUGAGACUGUCAAGGAGCCCUGGCCAAUCAACAUCUCCUCAUCAAUGCAUAUCUAUGAGGAAAGUUCAGUGUCUGCAUGCAGAGGAUGGAGACACUGAAUGGCAGUACUGCACUGUGUGCAGCACUGCCCCAGGAAGCACCUGAAGUAGCCAUAUGAGGAGUGGCCAGUGGAGUUGUCACUAGGCUGUAAUGUAAACACUGCAUUUUCUCUGAAAAGACAGUGUUUACAGCAAAAACCCAGAAGGUAAUGAUUCUACUCACCAGAACAAAUUCAAUAAGCUGUAGCUGUUCUGGUGACUAUAGUGUGCCUUUAAAGUCAAACUGCUCAUAAUAUGGCACACAAUAUAAAGCAUAACAUAGGUUUAGCACAAUUUAUGGCCUAGACUGUAAGUUCAUCAUAUAUUGUAAGCUUGUGUGAGAAGGGUAUUCUACACGUCUAAAUAUCCCCUUUCUAUAGUUGUGAAAUAUGUUUGAGCUAUAUAAAUGCCAACAAUAAUACUUUGUGACUUGUUUGUUCUAAUACACAAGAAACAGAUGUAAGUCCUAGGAAAAUUUGAGAAAAAAAUAUUUUAUUAUAUGCAGUUUAAAUAAAGAAAAAAAAAAUAUAUCAUUUUUUUUUUUUUUUACUUACCAAAAAGUAUUUGCCAUUUAGGUAUUCGUAAUGAACAUUUUGUAUUGAAAUAUAUAUAUAUAUAUAUAUAUAUAUAUAUAUAUAUAUAUUUCAAUACAAAAUAUAUAUAUAAUAUUUAAAAAGCCAUCUUGGUUCUCUCAUUAACUAAGGAAAGCCUAUUUUUCUUAAAAUGUGUAACAGACAACAUAAUGUUUACAUUAAUACACUUGCAUUUUCUGAUCUGUAUUUUUUUUCCUUUUGUCCUCUCAUGCUUUGUUUUUUGUGUGUUUAGGUAUUUGACACAUCAGAUCUCCCAGGAGGAGUUGUAAACAUUCUAACUGGAGGACGGGACCAUUUGUCCAAAUAUUUAGCAGAGCACCAAGAUGUACAGGCCAUGUGGUACUUCGGUUCUGCAGAGGUAACGCUGCCAUAUCUUUUUGUAUUGUUCACCUUUUAAGGUUUUUUAACUACUCGUGUAUCUGUCAUGCACAAAGGACAGGGUGUCUCCAUAUAGAAAGCAAAUUCUAUUCUACAUUUGAACCUAUGGAACGAGUGCCAGCAAAAGCUCUCUGGGAUGGCUUCCUUGAUGCUAAGUAAAUAAAAAGUGCGUAAUAAGAGUCACUACCUUUAUGUCGGUAUACACUCUAUACACGUCGACAUGUAGAGACUUGUAUAUGCAUGCAUGUCGUGGGAAUAACCCUAAGUUAUGCUCUUCUCAAGCCAAGUCAUGUUUAAAGGAGAAAUGUGGCUUUUUUGGAAAUUAGGCCAUUGAACAAAACAUUGAAAAUCACCCAAAACAUGUAUAUUAGCCUUUUUUUAAUGCAGUACUCUAUUUCCUUUUACAUUUAUAUUAACAAUUCAGCAAAUAUCAUAAACCAGUUCAGCCAAGGCAAAUCCAGGGCACACAUUGCAGAUUAGGACGAGAUGGCUGCCCAGUCCUUAGUUUUUUGUUACAGCGAUCAGCCACUGACCCCUUACUGUUUAGUAGAUAUAUCCCCAACAUGCCUCGUGGAAGUGGGGGCACUGUUUAUUGAAUAUUACAUCCCCGUUUGACUGCUGAAUGUAAGCAAGAUGUACUGCUUUCACUAAUAAUGCUCAAUAAAACAUUAUAAGGGAAUACCUACCGUACAGUAAUAUGGGGGUCAUAUUGACAGUUAUAGGUUUAUUUAGUUUUACUAUUUAUAUUUUACUGACCAACUGCCACACAAUGAAUCCUCGCGUCGCCGAAAGUUAUUUAACUACUUGCUCUCUGACACGUUCUACAUUUACAGUACUUCGAAUUAAUCGUUCACUUGCAAAAAGCAAAUGAAUAAUAAUUUGUCAAUGUGCAUCCUGCAUUCACUUCCAAUUUUUGUAUUAUGCAAGUAGUUAUUAUUUACUCAUUUAUUUAAAAUCAGUGUUUGAUAAAUAUUUUGGAUCCUAUACUUUGUUUUAGGGUGCAGCUUCUUAAACAGGACCAAAUACAUUUUGCCAAUUGGUGGAGAUUAUUUUUCCUUGGCCAAAUUCUGACUGGAAUUAGCUUUAGUAAAUAUGAGACCUGCAAUUCCAGUCAGAAUUUGGCCAUUUUAGCCAGAUUUUGUCCAUUCAUACAAAAUUCAGUGUUUAGUGAGUUAGCUUAUCAAUAUAUAUCUAUGAUAUUUACCCAUUAACCUUACAAUACCCAAAGAGAGAGCCAAGCAAUGCCUUUCAAACACACAAGCAUACACAGCUGCUAUCGUUUUAAAAACUUUUUUUUAAAAUUGUAGCAUCAUGUUUAUCUUAAAAAUAAGAAAUAAAGUAUGCCUUUAUUUUACAAAAGUCCUUGCCUCUAUUGAUUAACUAGUGCUAACAUCCGUCCUGUAUUUCCCCAAAAGAAAAUAGUUGAAAUAUUUAUAGAAGAAGCUCUAUAGAAAAUAUCUGCAUCUCUUUGAUGGGAAAAUCUCCCCCAACCCCUCCAGCUGGUUAGGCACAUUGCCAAACAGGCGGGAAAAUAUUUACUACAUUGACCUGUUUGUUAGGAAAGUGAUAAUGCCACUUUCAUUUUAGUUAUGUUUAGCUUCGUAUAUGACACGUGUAAACUACAUUUUUUUCAUAGAGUCAAGAUAUUUUAAAACAAAAAAACAGAGUUUAUUCUGCUCUACUUUGUGAGGAAACUCAAAGUCAAAUCACUUAUUUUAUACAGUUUUUGAAUUUUCAAUUUUAUUUUCUUUGAUUUACAUUGAAUUUAAUGUAUUAUUCUUAUUUAAAGGAACACUCGAAGCACCAUAACCACUAUAGUAUUGCUGUAGUAGUUAUGGUGCCAGGUAACAAUGGUUUGACUUUUUACUUGGGAUCUGCCAGACACCUGUCUCUGCCUGCGUUACUUCCAUGGGAAAGCUAGAGGCCAGCCUAUCUGAGCUAAGUAUCACCAGAUUGCAUUCAGCUAAUGGGCCCUGUACCACAGGGCUUAGUUCAGACAGACCGCUUCUGGUUCUCUGUCCGAGGUAGUAGAGGCAGGGAGCAGAGCACAGGUAAGAUCGGUCUGACACUGUUUAACUGCUUACAUGGGAGAUGCCACGGCUCUCCUAACACCGUAACCAUUACAGUGAAUGUUUUUGGUUAUAUUGUUUUUAAGGAAGCACUAUGAGAAGACAUUUAGUUUUCUAUUAUACCUAUGUUUUUUAUUCAUUUUUUUAUUAUAUUAUAUUUGCCCUAUUUUUGUUUGAUUUUGUUGAAUUUAUGAUCGAGUUUUUUAAUAUGUUCCAAAGAUUUUGAUACAAGUUACUGAUUUCAUGUUUAUUGUAACAUAGAACAUAGUUACUAUGAAACUAUGUACUCUGGUAACCUUUUAACUGUCUCUUACGUCUGUCUCUCCAUCAGGGUUCUAAAUUUGUGGAGUGGGCGUCUGCAGAGAACUGUAAGCGCACGUGGGUGAAUUACGGUCUUCCCAGAGAGUGGGAUGAUGUCCAUCAGGGUGCAGGAGAAGAGUUCCUCUAUCAUGCCACUCAGUGUAAAAACAUCUGGAUACCCAUGGGGGAAAUAUUUGCCAAUUAAUCUUUUAAAAAAGAGCCUUAAAUGAAUACCAUAACAUGAGAUUUAUACUGUAAUAAAUAGCCAUACUUUUAUAAUAGCCACAUACCUCAGGUUUUCAAUAAAUUUCAUUAAUUCUGUGUUUGUUGACUAUCCUCGUGAAGUUUUUUUUAGAGUAGUGUUUCUUUAAAAAGCAAGAAUUCACUGACAGAAUGUUUAAGAUAUGUUCAAUAUUUAACUUUACGUCCAGGGUGCUCUGUUUCUUUUGUAUCCUUUCUCUGCAUUCCCUCUAUUGCACAGCACUGGGGAACAUGUUGAUGCAGUAUAAAUACCAAAUAAUAAUUGAUGGUGGCCAAUUCCUUUGGCUUUUCCUGCAUUACCAGUUUUGGCCAUAAGGAGGUAUUCCAAAGUUCUUGCAGAGUUCUUACAUCAUAUCAACUUUGAUGAACAAAUACCUGUCCAUUAAAUAUAUGGUCUAGAUAUCAUUUAUGACUGUUAAUUAUUUAAAGAUAAUGUUAUUCUUAAUGCAUGCACUCAGUAACUGCAAUAUUAAAGUAUAUGUAUGUUGGAAGGACCUGUUUUUCCCCCUAGAACAGACAAAUUUCUCUGAGAUGUAGAAUGAACAAAGCACUUUAGGAACUUGACAAUUCUUACUGAAAAGCUUCACAAACGUUCUGCAGAAUUAUUUUACUGAUACACUUUCAUAGGUACAUAGUAAUAUAGGCAAAAAGAAAGCAAACAAAAAAAUAUUUGACAUUAAGAAUGUAGACAUUAUUUUACAAAUCUGUUGAGAAUGUGCUAAAACAACCUCUUUAGGCAGACCAUUCCACAUCUUUUAUCCUAUUACUGUAAAGUAUCAUCUGACAUAGUCAAAACAUUUUUUCUUUAAUUCUUAACAGAUUACGUCUUUGUAUGGUCCCGUUAAUAAACAGGUUACAAGAGCGCGGUUUGUAAUGGCCCUAUACGUAUUUAUAAAUAUAUAUGUAUGUGCAGCUCUUCUCUGGCCUGCUUUUUUAAAAGUAAACCAGUUUAAGCUUUGUAACAUUUCUUCAUAACUAAAAUCUUCCACUCCACUUAUUAUUUGUGUAGCUCACCUCUGCACUUCUCGUUCCAUAUCAUACAUUUUUGUAAUGGGUAACAAGAAAUUGGGUAUUAUCAUUGAUUUGUCAAAAUGCAUAAUUCUAUUUUUGUCCAGUGAAUACCCCUUUUUAUGCAUGACAAGAUCUGACAUUGCACAUUGUUGUCUAGUCUGUUGUCUAUAUCUAUUCUCAUUUAAAAAAAUGUCUCUACCUCAGAACCACGUAAGGUACGGAUAACUUGUGCAUUCCUCAUCCCAAAAUGCAUAACUUUGCAUUUAACUACAUUAAAUUGUAUUGAAUACCUGUGUGCCAAGUUCUCUAAUUUGACCAAAUACCUCUUCAGCAAUGUAAUAUCUUGCUCAUACUGUAUUACCUUACCAAGACCAGCGCAUGUUGAGGAGGAUACAAACAGCAAAACUUGUUAACAUAGACUGUUAACAGUAUCCACUUAAAUAAGGAUAAACUGGCAAUAAAAGGAAUGCACAUGGUAAUCAACAAUACAUAAAUUAAUUUUAUUUAUGGUACAUUCUUACUGCACAAAAUGUGUAUUACAGCAUAGUUUAGUUCCAAUAGAACUGGCAAAGUUUUUGCAGUUAGCUUUUCAAUUUUAUGAUCAUGUACCUGUUGUACCCUGAUGUUCUUAUUCUUAGCAGACAAGUGCAACCAAAAUAUCCUUAUUUUUCUUGUUAAAAUUAUGUUUCUUACCAACUCUGCUUACUGAAUGUGUUUUUUUAAACUCUAGAUACUAGCCUGUGAAAGUCCCAGGUCAGCUGUUUCUGAGAUAUUUAAACAUCAUGUGGUACCAAUAUUCACACUAUCCAGGUUAUUCACUAAACUCCAUAUUUAAAAAAAUAAAAAUAAUUCUGAAUAGCAGAACUGAGGCUAAAAUAGCCAAGCUCAGUGGAAUAAUUUGCCAAAUCAUCUAUGCUUGCCUUAAUUUUUUCCAUUUGCAUUUCAAUUUGCCUUAAUUCAGUGUAUAACCAAGGACUGACAAAGGCGAGUAG